CUUCAAUGGGGUGUAAUUUAAAGGGGUUAUGAUGAAACUCCUGACUGCAAUUCAAAGAUAACAAUGUGCAUCAAGGUAAAAUAUAAGCAUUCUUCUUUUACUCUUUUGCAAUGUUGCCAGGUGUUAUGACUACCCAAUCCAGCAGUCUGCAUGUUCACAUAUUGUACCUCAACAGAGGUUGUCAGACCUCCUAUCAUUAACCAAUCUGUAAACGCCUGGCCUUUUAAGAGGGUAUAUUGUUGUGAAAACUUUGUUUUACCAAUUUCCAAAUCAUAAGUGGAUAGUGGUCAGCAUGGCUUGAUGCUAAUAGCACACUGCCAACAUGUAAUGACAUCUUGCUAACUCAAUUUAGUCUCUUAGAAAUAAAAUCUCUGAAUAGCUGAGGUUUCUAUUUUUAGGUGUCCAAGUUGCUUCUGUUUGGGCAUGCAUUUAUAUAAAAUUUAAUAAAUGCAAAAUCUGGGAACAUAUAUAAACACACUACUUUUAACACAAGUUUAAGAAUGAUUUGAAACAGCUUCUAUCUCUUUCUGAAGGUAUACAUUUUCACAUGAUGCUCCCAAAAUCUAAAUUUCAUUAGAUCCAAGCUAUAUCCUGGAAACAGGAAUAAAUCUGUCAGGGGACACUCCUUCAGUAUUCUGUAUCUGAAACCCAUCCUAUAAUCACCAUGCUUUACGUUAGAGCGUAAUUUGCUGUCUGUUUGAAAUCACCUCUGUCAUAAUCUGUAACCCAAAAUAGUCUGUUUCAGUAUGUUCAUUCUUUCCUUGCUAACCCAUGUUAUUAUGCUCUUUAUAUUUUAAAUGUAUAGACCAGGGGUAGACAAUCUUUGGCACUUCAGAUGCUGUGGACUACAUCUUUACAAAUGAAUUAAGUAGGAGCACAACCCAUCAUAUGUAAAAUGUUUUUUUAAUUUUAUUAAUACAGUAGAUAUAAAAAUAGAACAGUAUGCAUUUAUUUAAAUAAACUGAGACAACUCACAAAUUCAGCACUAGAACACUGUCCUCAGAAGCACAAAUGCUGUUAAAUAGUCACAUAUUAUGAUCACCCCAUAUAUAUCAAACCAAAAUACAUAAAUGGAAAGCUAAUACAACUUCAAUAAAUUAAAAAUAAUUAAACACACCUGAAGCAAAUUAUACAAUGAGAAAAUGUGAGAGGCAAGGGAUGCAAAAGAUACCAACUGACACUUUACCCCAAUGUUUUGGCAGAUACGUUUUAAUAUUGUGGCUGAUGAGUGUUUAUGUAUUUAUUAUACAUGAAAAGCAAAAUAAAAAGUAUAAAUCCAUACAUUUUUAUCUGUUAACAGGGUGCCUCCACCUUGACUCCCUGUCAAUUAUUAUUAUACACUUUGUCCUUUGCACCUGACUAUCAAUGUAGCAUACAUUAAAGGGAAUAAAUGAAACAGUGCUUGCAAUUUGCAGUGUGUGCUGUGGACUGUACUGGAUUUUGAUGCAGUUUUCUAUUUUGUAAUAUAAAUUUUAAAGAAAUAAGCGCAUCACCUGAAAAAAAAGUUAUGCUAUUGGUAAUUUUCAAUGUUUUAUUCAUUUGUCCACGUUCCAGAGACGUGACUGCUCCCCCUUUUAACAGUGAAUUUUUUGUUGCAUUGAAAACCAAAUUUUGCCAAAUGUAGGACAAAAAACAAGUAAUACUCCUGAGCUGGAUAAUUCUUCCAACUGAUGGUUACAUUUAGCAAAUUAGAUUGUCUCCCCCUCUAUUACUUAGAAAUAAUCAGUCAGAAAAUAUGUUGUAAUGUAGGUAGAAUCCUUUACUUCACUAUUAUAGUAAUGGUCAAGGAAAUUGGUUAAUGUUUCAGGAAGGAUAAACAAAGUUGUUUUUUGGAAGAUUACCAGCAAAAUACAUUGUUCAGCUCUGUUACAGUGCAGCAUAGCACAGCAAUAUAAAUAUGUAAUUUUUUUCAAUUUAAAGAGUGCUUGAUUCAGCUGUUUUGUUUUGUCUUUUUGCAGGUUACCAUGCCUCACUUCAGCACCUUGACAAUUGGUAUUUCUGCAACAAGCUUUGUCAUAUCCCAGCUUCUGUUUCAUGUGGGAAGUGCUUGGUUUUCCACUCUUUUAACUUGUGGUUUCAGCAAACUUAAUCCAAAACAGAAGAUUGAAUGGAAUUCCAGGUAUGCAUCUAACGACUCUAAUUUAUCAUAACUUAUGUUCUGAUUUAAAAAGGAACAGUUGUUUCUAACCUCACCCCAUUGAAUAUACAUUUUGGCAUGAUGUCUGCAGGGGUAACAAUUAUAACACAAACGUAUAACCCUCCUCUACACUUCUGGGCAGUUGGUAGUGCUGUCUUUCUAAAUUGCUCAGUAUGAGCACACUAGGCAUCAUGGGAAGAUAAUUAAUUUGCAUUAGAUGCCAGGCUACCUCUUGUUAAAGGACCACUCUAGGCACCCAGACCACUUCAGCUUAAUGAAGUGGUCUGGGUGCCAGGUCCAGCUAGGGUUAACCCAUUUUUUUAUAAACAUAGCAGUUUCAGAGAAACUGCUAUGUUUAUAAAUGGGUUAAUCCUUCCCCCUAAUCCUCUAGUGGCUGUCUCAUUGACAGCCACUAGAGGCGCUUGCGUGCUUCUCACUGUGAUUUUCACAGUGAGGGCACGCAAGCGUCCAUAGGAAAGCAUUGUAAAUGCUUUCCUAUGCGACGGGCUGAAUGCGCGCACAGCUCUUGCCGCGCGUGCGCAUUCAGCCCAGGAGGAGGAACGGAGGAGGAGGAGGAGGAGGAGGAGAGCUCCCGCCCAGCGCUGGAAAAAGGUAAGUUUUUAACCCCUUUCCCCCUUCCAGAGCCGGGCGGGAGGGGGACCCUGAGGGUGGGGGCACCCUCAGGGCACUAUAGUGCCAGGAAAACGAGUAUGUUUUCCUGGCACUAUAGUGGUCCUUUAAUGCAAAACAAUAUUAUUAUUUUGGUUCGCUUUAGAAUCAGUAUGUCGUUCCUCUUUCUAUAAAACAUACUUUUUGUGUAAACGUGCUGCCCAUUCAUUCAUAAAAUCAUUUGUCUUUGUUUUCUUCAAGCAAAUAUUAUGAUGUUAUUUAUAUAGCAGCAAUCCAAUGAAUUGGGUUCAGGUUAUCAAUAUCUUUCUAUAAAUAUUAUGUAACAGAAGUUCAACUUUGGUGCAUGAACUUCUAUUUCGGUUCAUCAGGAGGCCACUGCUGUUUUCUAAAAGCCAUAAUCUUAGUUCAAUUAUUUUUUAAAAGUUUUUUUUUUGGUGGGAGAGAUAUAUUUGCAAGUUGUGUCAGUGGUUCAGCCAGCCAGCUCUUAAAAGCCAAUUGUUGAAAGGCAAACUGUGGCAGAACUUACAACCAAUUUAAUGUUUUACCCUUUUUCUGUUCGGGAGUACUGCAUACAAACGACACCCAUUCGUCUCCUGAACGAGGACCCCACAGUACCCCAUUAGAACGUUCACACCAGCAACUUAAAGGAUCACUAUAGGGUCAGGAACACAAACAUGUAUUCUCGAACCUAUAGUGCGAAACCCACAAUUUAGGUGGCUUGCCCCCCUAUAAAACUCACCUUAUUUCCAGCGCCGCGCGGGUCUGCCGGCGCUGGCUCCACCCUCUAUGUGACAUCAAAGUUGCUGAUUUUAAGCCAAUCCAAUGCUUUCCCAUUUGCUAAAAUCGGCACGGGGGCGGGGCCAAAUGCCAUUUGGCCAAUCAGGACCUCCUCAUAGAGAUGCAUUGAAUCAAUGCAUCUCUAUGAGGAAAAUUCAGCGUCUCCAUGCAGAGCGGCAGCACUGAGCCAGGAAGCACCUCUAGUGGCCAUCUAAGGAGUAGCCACUUGGAGGUGUCCCUAGGGGCAAUGUAAACACUGCCUUUUCUCUGAAAAGGCAAUGUUUGCAUGAAAAAAGUCUGAAGGGGGCUAUUAUACUCACCAGAAGAACUACAUUAAGCUGUAGUUGUUCUGGUGACUCUAGUGUCCCUUUAAGUGCAAAGCCACAAGGGAAGUAAUUAAUGAAUGUUUCCCCCCUGGGUGGUCAUUACGUAUAACCGAAUGGUACUUAGUCGUCGAGUGCCUGGAACUCUUUUCGACUAGGCACUCGCACGAACACAGGUAAAACUUAGAACGGUGUCCGUUCUACUUCAAGACCACCUAUGCGAACUAUGUUCGGGAGAUAUGAACUACCGAACAGGGGGAGCUUUCGUAUCAGGAAACUAAAAGAUUCCCUUGCAUGGUGUUCGCACAGAAACCCCCGAACAGAGACCAGCUGGAACACCUAUUUCCCUGGAACUGUUUUGAGCUUGUGCCAUGUGUCCGGUUGGUCAAAAUUUUACUCCGGUGGCAUUCCAGUUUCACCGAACUGAUCUGAGUGAUAUUUGAAUAUGUUAUACACUCAGAUUAGGGCUAUCCACGAUAUUACUUUUGUCGGGUUCCUGGUUAUGGUGGGGACACUUUUGGGGUACUGUAUAUUUUGUAUGGAUUUUUUGUACCUGAGAGAUAAUUGAAUUAUAGGUAUUUCUCAGGCACAGAGGAUCUUGGGAUUGAGAUCCCUGUGUUAUUGUAUUGGAGACCCCAUGUAGGGGUCUUUGCAUAAAAGCCGUAUAUAUGGCCUGAAUAAACUCAGCUGACUCCCAGGACUAUGUUUUGUCUGGUUACUGGGGGAAUGGAUGUCUGCAUGUUUUAAUGGUUCUAGAGUGGCUGAGUGAAAGAAUUAGUGAAGGAACCCGGUCGGGUUACCUAUGUUCCGCUACAAAGACCUUAUACAUUUUAUUAUUUGUUUGGAUGUAUAUAAUUUAUUGUUUUUUUCCCUCUUUAUUUUAACAUCCAUAAUAAAAGCAUCCAUUCUUCUCCCCACUUCCCUUCCCUUCAGAGUAAUGGAUUAAAUUUCAUGCAAAGUAUAGCAUAUAGACAUUUAUCUGAAUUGAUUAUUUACCUAAUUGCUUCAGUACUGCCACAGUUUGAGGCAGAUUUGGAUAUUUCUGUUAAUUGGCAACAGUAAUCUGCAAUAUUUGGCUGCCUGAUGAGCAAGCAGUAGUUGAAAAAUAAAUUAAUUGAAGCCAAGGUCCCCUUGAUCCCCAAUUAACUGUGAGGGGCCCGACAAUAUAGUACCUAUAGUAUAUUUCCUCACACCACGGGUGGUGGAGUGAGACUUAAGUGCUUGGCCACACUUCCAACUUGCUACCUCUCCAUCCCCUGCGCGAUGUCAUGUUGAUAUGUUAAUUAUUAAUUCCUCUCCUGAUGUUUUACAGGUGAAGGGUUGAUAACAGAACAAGUAGGAAGCUGCAGCUACACACUCUUUUUUUUUUUUCCUAUUCCCUUUGUGGUGGGAAUACAAAUAAUUAUUUGAGGGUCCAGAGGACCCCCUUAUUCCUGGAGGGAGGAUCUACCUGAUUGUCUUUCCCGUUAUCCCUGUGUGGAUGUUAAAGGGUUAAAUUAUGAUUAUUGGCAUCUAAUGGACCCCAUAUCCACAGGACUAUCUUGAUAUUCUAUUCCAGGAUAUGUCCAAAUUACCACCAAAGCUAUUUUUAUCCCUCGAGAAACCCAGUACACAUUCCCUUAUAUUUCCUAAAUUUCUUUAUAUAGCACCAAUAGCGCUUUUAAAAAAUAGUAACUUUUCGUCAUGCCCAUGUUACCUUCUCAGAUGCUAACUUACUUUGAGCUGCCAUUGUCUGCUGAUUUCAAUUCCACUCCUUCCUUCUCCCAAUGAAAAAUGAUAUAUUCUGGCAGAUUCAGAUGGAGUGUGAAUUAGGAAUGUGAACUUGGGAAAGGUGACUUAAUAAUAAUGCAGAAUUUGCAACAACAGGCUGAAAAGGUAUCGUGAGUCAGCCUCUACAACAAAAUACAAAGCAUAGUCAGCUCCUGAAGGUUAAUUAACCCCUUAAGGACACAUGAUGGAAAUAUUCCGUCAUGAUUCCCUUUUAUUCCAGAAGUUGUGUCCUUAAGGGGUCAAACUUAGCAAGACUCACGUUUAAAAGGUGACAAAAAGAUUUGCAAGAUGCCUUAUUUGUAAACAGGUUUGGUUUUGUGUAGCAAUGUAAAACUUUGUAUUUUUUUUAUUUUCGUAAAUGCCCAACUUAAUUUCCCCAUUGCUUCUAUGCAGGCCCUUGUCAGGCAGAGAAAUUAAAGGAACACUGUACGGGUCAGGAACACAAACAUGUAUUCCUAACACUAUAGUGUUAAAAACACGAUCGAACACCAUAUGAGGAGUGGCCACCAGAGACAUUCCUAGGCUGAAAUAAAAACACUGCAUUUUCUCUGAAAAAAACAGUGUUUACUUCAAAAAGCCUGAAGGCAAUGAUUAUACUCACAAGAACAAAUACAAUAAGCUGUAGUUGUUCUGGUGACCAUAGUGUCCCUUUAAGUUCUCUUUUAAGCUUUUUUCCCUCCUCCUUACCAGAGAAAGUGUUUAUGAUGUGCUUCUGUCCUGUGCAUUUAGUGAAUGGUUUCAUGAUAAGCGAGUGCCAGGCAGGAAAUAGACAUCAUAAUAAUGAAGUUGUUAUAGUGCCCAAAGUAUUCCUCUAAAAUACUAAAGUCUGACAUGUUAUGAGUGGAACUGUUCAAUAUAUUGAUAGCAAUCAUAUUCGUCUUUUAUUAGUUUUGUACAUAGGUUAAAGGACCACUCUAGGCACCCAGACCACUUCAGCUUAAUGAAGUGGUCUGGGUGCCAGGUCCAGCUAGGGUUAACCCUUUUUUCAUAAACAUAGCAGUUUCAGAGAAACUACUAUGUUUAUGAAUGGGUUAAGCCUUCCCCUAUUAGCUCUAGCGGCUGUCUCAUUGACAGCCGCUAGAGGCGCUUGCGUGAUUCUCACUGUGAUUUUCACAGUGAGAGCACUCCAGCGUCCAUAGGAACGCAUUGAUAAUGCUCUCCUAUGUGACCGGCUGAAUGCGUGCGCAGCCAGCCGACGGGGAGGAUCGGAGGCGGAGAGGAGGAGGAGAGCUCCCUGCCCAGCGCUGGAAAAAGGUACGUUUUAACCCCUUUCCCCCUUCCAGAGCCGGGCGGGAGGGGGACCCUGAGGGUGUGGGCACCCUCAGGGCACUAUAGUGCCAGGAAAACGAGUAUGUUUUCCUGGCGCUUUAGUGGUCCUUUAAUUCACACAACACAAUCAACUUGGAAAGCCUAAAAGAGAAUUCUUUCUGCCUUUGUUAACAGUUCUGGAGGAAUAGUUUAUAGCUUGAUCAAAGUUUACAAAUUGCUAUAAUUUUAUAAGUCAAUCCUAGAAAUGAAAUGAAGCAGGAUACUCUAUGUGCUGUAAAUGUUGCAAUUAUACAGAGUUAUAUUGGUGCUUUGAGUGACCUUUUAACUGGAACUUUAUAGCACACAAAAUUCAUAGAAAGCACUAUAAGAUUUUUAUUUUAUAAACACUCCACCCAUGAGAGGUGUGCUAUAAACCACUAUUGUAUAUUAGGCAAGGGAACAAUUUUCAUUUGUACAGUACAUUAAAAACAUGGGCAUUUUGGAUGCCACACUUGCCGUUGUGAGAGGGUACAAUUGUGCGUGCAUGUGGCCCACAAUAUGCUGUAUAGUGAAAUAAUAAUUGUGUCCUUCAAAUUUUGCAUGUGCAGGAGGAAAUAGUCACCAAGCAAGCGCCAUCCACAGGAUAUGGCAUACCAUUGCAAAAUGGAGUACUAGCCUUCCUUUCUAAAAGAUCCCUUUUACCCUGUACUAAUCUCCCACUUUGCCAUCACAAAAGCACCCCAGACCAUCACAUUGACUCUUAAUGAAUAGACUCUAAUCAAAUACAUUCAAAUGUAUAGUUUGAUUGAAUUCUGUAACGAACGCUGGUAUAGUAGCUACCCGUUCGUCUAUUUUCUCCCGAACUACCUGAGCCUGAGUGAUUAUAGCUCGCAGGUACUCGCUUCGGGUGUUGAGUCAAACAAUUCUCUAUACGAAUGGCAGUCUCCCAAGUGUAUUCUCCCAUUAAAGUAGACCGGUACCCAAACAUCAGCCAAAACUAGAUGAAGGGUGUAACAGGCAUGAAUUUUAAUGGCUUUUAUGCAAGUCUCCAUGCAUGGGGCACUCCCACAUGGACCUUGUGGGGGACUGGGACACAAAGCUUACAGCCAAUAAUAAUACAGUGACAAAGUGUGACACUCCCAAUACAAACAGAUAAUUCCCUCCUCUCUGCCUGUGAGAUAAUGGAGUCAGAUUCUGUAGUAACUCAAUUAUCUCCAGUCAGAAAAAACUUAAAAAGCACCCCAAAACACAUAAAAUCCCCAUAAAUGUCACAUACCUUGAUAGCCUUGAUGUGGAUGACCAACAUAUCCAAAAAUCACCCAGAUCAGUUCAGGGGUUUUGGAAUUUUAUGGAGGUCCAAUUUUGACCGACCACACACAAGGCUCCUGCUCAGAAACCGUUCCAUGAGUUUAGGCUGUGCGGUCGGUCUAUUUAGAAAAGUCUCAAUAAUGAAUAAAUGCACGAAUGGCACACCCUGGCUCAUAGCAGCGAUUGUUCCCCUAGUUCGUGGGAACAAAACUACCGAACAGCGCUCUCCUGGCUGUUCGGGAAAAGGCAGCAGGCGUUCGUAUAGUUUGACCGGUGUUCGGGAAGUCGAGUGUCCGAUUUUAGUUCCAGACACUUGACGACCAAGUUCGUGCGAACAAGAUGGCCGCCGUUUUCUCCUUCACAUGGCGUUCGACUCUACAAAUGGCGGCCACACAGGGAGAGCACUUAAUUGACUGUUAUCUUUGAAGAUAAUAAGCCAGGGGGGUGUUCGGUAGUUACGAACGAACAAAAUUCAAAUAACACUGUAAUUUCUUCACAAAUUCUAUCUGUUAGGUUGAAAUAUGUUGAGGCUGAGAGUUCUUUCCAUUUGUGCUGCUAAGAGAACUUGUGAGGCCAAGGCUCUAGAUUCAAACAUCAGGGAGUCUGGCAAUAGAAGCAGGAGGAAAGUAGAAGGACUAAAGGGCAAUCAUUGGAUAGGAAGCUUUAAGCAGGUCCUGCACCGGUUUCUUGAAUGGAGUAAUAUUAGUGCGUUCCACCAUAUGUGUAACUUCGUUCCCACCUGUGUGCCACAUCUUCAGCAAAAGGGAGAAGCCAACGGGUAUGUUUUGUGCAAAUGGCUAGGUGUUGGGUACCAUUGGUACACCAAUUUAUGAUGUGCUUCUAUAUAAUGGUAACAAUGUGUUAUCCACAUAAGUGUUUUGUUUAAGGAUUGUAUUCAUUCUCUAUUGGAUACGUUUAUCUCACACUCUGGAUUUCAUUUGUCCCAAUUGAUGUGUUAACCAUAGAUGUCCCUAUGCUUUUCAUUUGUAGAUAUGGGAAUAUAUAACUAGAAUGCAAUUUAUAUUGUAGUUGUACUUGUUAAAAUGGGAUCACAUCCCCCGAGAGAUGAGUUGUUUGCUCGAUGUAAUACCUGCUCCCUUACAUUUCUGUAGGGAUAACCCUGGACAUUUUGUCAUUCAUGCUGUUAUAGGGAAUUCUGGUAGGUAUUGUUUAUUUAACUCUAUUGAGUGGAAGAACUGGUCCCAUACAUUAAAGGACCACUAUAGGCACCCAGACCACUUCAGCGUAAUAAAGUGGUCUGGGUGCCAGGUCCAGCUAGGGUUAACCCUUUCUUCUAUAAACAUAGCAGUUUCAGAGAAACUGCUAUGUUUAUAAUAGGGUUAAUCCAGCCUCUAGUGGCUGUCUCACUGAUAGCCGCUAGAGGCACUUCCGCGCUUCUCACUGUGAUUUUCACAGUGAGAAGACGCCAGCGUCCAUAGGAAAGCAUUGAGAAUGCUUUCCUGUGGACUGGCUGAAUGCGCACGCGGCACUUGCCGCACAUGCGCAUUCAGCCGAUGACGACGAGAAGGAGGAGGAGAGUUCCCCGCCUGGCGCUGGAGAAAGAGGUAAAUUUAACCCCUUCCACCCCCUAGAACCCGGCAGGAGGGGGGCCCUGAGGGUGGGGGCACCCUCAGGGCACUAUAGUGUCAGGAAAACGAGUAUGUUUUCCUGGCACUAUAGUGGUCCUUUAAUAGUAAGCCCUGUGGUGGAAAAUAACAUAGCAUUUGUUUGUCUCCUUUGUUUUGGGAUUCAAAGAGUGUCUUGCAAUGAAUCUGGUUGGAGUUGAUUGUCCUCCCAGUCGUGUCUCUAGGGACAUGGAAUGAGACUACAGCCUGCAAGAUUGAUGCCUUGUGAUAUAGAGUAAAACAGGUUUUUGAAAAAACAAAACUGGUAAUCAUCCUUUAUGUCCUUCCCAGAUGUACUUUGAGCAAAUUGUUUGUAGAGCUUUACAUUAUGAGGCUGGUAUAGCUAUGAGUAGAAGUCAAAAUAUAUAUAAUUUAUGCUUGUAUUAAUAUAAUCUUGAUGUUAUUAAAGGGACACUGAAGGCACCCAGACUAUUUCAGCUAAUUUGAAGUGGUUUGGGUGCAAUGUCCCUUUUGCACCUAGUGGAACUGCAAUAUUUACUUUGCAUCAUUGUCUGCCCACAGUGGGUACAUUAAGUACCCACAGUAAAGUGGGUACUUAAAUUUGAGGUUCCCUUAGAGCAGAGGUGCCCAAAAGGUAGAUCCCCAGAUGUUGUAGAACUACGCCUCCCAUUAUGUUUUGCAUGCUUUUAGAAUGACGAAGCAUCAUGGACGCUGUAGUUUUAUCUAUAGCUAUUGAUAGCUGUAUAUAUAUAUGUCCUGAUGAAAGUCCACGACGAUGGACUGAAACGUUGACCUCUUUACCAACUGGAUUAAAAGUUUUUUUGCAUUUUUUAGCAUAUUGCAAGUCCUUGAGUGCUGACUCUUUUUUGAAAGUUAUACAUUUGUGCAGCCGAGCACCGGGCAAUAACUAAGGAGAGCUGGAGUGCAACUCCCAUCGUCCUCUAUAUAUAUAUAUAUAUAUAUAUAUAUAUAUAGCUAUAGGCACUGUCUCUAGAUGGAGAGCACUCUGUAUAUAUAUCUCUAUAGCUAUUUAUAGCUGUAUAUAUAGCUAUAGGCACUGUCUAUAGAUGUAGAGCACUCUUUGUGUAUAUAUCUAUAGCUAUUGAUAGCUGUAUAAAUAGCUAUAGGCACUGUCUAUAGAUGGAGAGCACUCUGUGUGUAUAUAUCUAUAGCUAUUGAUAACUGUGUAUAUAUAGCUAUAGGCACUGUCUAUAGAUGGAGAGCACUCUGUGUGUAUAUAUCUAUAGCUAUUGAUAGAGAGCUGGCUGUAUAUAUAGCUAUUGGCACUGUCUAUAGAUGGAGAGCAGUCUGUAUAUAUAUCUAUAGCUAUUGAUAGCUGUGUAUAUAUAGCUAUAGGCACUGUCUAUAGAUGGAGAGCACUAUGUGUAUAUAUAUCUAUAGCUAUUGAUAGCUGUAUAUAUAGCUAUAGGCACUGUCUAUACAUGGAGAGCACUCUGUGUGUGUAUAUAUCUAUAGCUAUUGAUAGCUGUGUAUAUAUAGCUAUAGGCACUGUCUAUAGAUGGAGAGCACUGUGUAUAUAUAUAUAUCUAUCUAUAGCUAUUGAUAGCUGUAUAUAUAGCUAUAGCCACUGUCUAUACACGGAGAGCACUCUGUGUGUAUAUAUAUCUAUAGCUAUUGAUAGCUGUAUAUAUAGCUAUAGGCACUGCCUAUAGAUGGAGAGCACUCUGUAUAUAGAGCACUCUGUGAUAGAGAGCUGGUUGUAUAUAUAGCUACAGGCACUGUCUAUACACGGAGAGCACUCUGUAUAUAUAUCUAUAGCUAUUGAUAGCUGCAUAAAUAGCUAUAGGCACUGUCUAUAGAUGGAGAGCACUCUGUAUAUAUAUCUAUAGCUAUUGAUAUAGAACAAGCUGUAUAUAUAGCUAUAGACACUGUCUAUAGCUAUUGAUAGCUGUGUAUAUAUAGCUAUAGGCACUGUCUAUACAUGGAAUACACUCUGUAUAUAGCUCUAGGUGGCUGUUGGGAGAGCAGUGCUUGUCUCAGUACAGCAAUCUAUCUCUAUCCCUUUGUUGACCUAGCUAUGGCCGGCAGUCGGUGAGGAGGGGACACAGAGGAUACAGAGAUCCCGGUGUGGAUCCCGGUCUGUUGCGCCAUGGUUCAACUUCUGACAGCUCGAGGAUGGGGAGUGGCUGGCGGGCCUACGGUGAUGGACGUGGCUUCAACAAGGGGUGCCCCGCCACAGUUUGAACUAGGUGACUUGCACUCGGUGGGCGGGGCAUUGGCUGGGCGUUCUGUGCUGGUGAAGUGAUUCGUGCCGGGGGGGUAUAUUUGCAAGAGCACUGACGCUUAAAGGAAUGGCAGAUACAUUUACAGCAAUAACCCUCCCUUGCAUGUCUCUGAUAGGGUUUGUGAAGGUGCAGGAUAAAUAACAGUGCUGUCAUUUUGUUUUUAAUUUUUUCAUUUAAAUAAAAUGAAAACCGCGGUGGAAGGGUGUGGGGGGUGUAAUUUUUGGCAGAUUUGACCCAUUUUCAGCCGAAAUUGGAUAGGCCCAUUUUCGGCCUAAAAUUUUGGUGGCCGAAAUUUCAGUGCAUCCCUAGCUUGUAGUGUGUGUCUACUAGGUAUUUGGUUUGGUUUCAUACAAUGGGGUUCCAUCCCAUAUUCCCGGUCCUUCUCCUGUACAUUUCCCCCCCUCUUUACUGACACCUUAAACGUAAUUCGCUUUUCUCUCUUAAAAAAUCAUCAGACAUUUUAACACAUUUAUAAUAACAAUUAUCAUAAUAACAAUUGUACAACCUGCCUUCCCAGUCCCAAACGAUACAUAAUGCCAGUCCCAUAUUAUCAAUUUGUAAUGCCAUAUGUUACCAAUUUGUAAUGCCUUAUUUGUUCUAUCCUUAUUCCCAGUUGCAUGUAACAGGUUUGUAAAGUUAGCUUUAGUUUUCAGCCAAAGUGGUAUACUGUGCCCAAGAAAAAAGUAAAAACAAUUCCAAACAAAAACCAAUAAAUAACUAUGUACAAGAUAUUGUUUAAACUUGCCAAAUAUCUUGAGCAUAAAGAUUUACGACAAAUAGAAGGCCCAUAUAGCCUUAAGCAGGGAAAUGACUCAUGGUCUUACAAUUAUUAUUGCCAGGAACAUAGUUGGUGUUUCGCCGUAGCCUGCAGUCCUGAUGUUGGCGGUGCACCAAAUCGAGUGGGAAAUUAGGUAGGUGUUUAAUGAGUUAAAUGAGAAUUGUCGGCAUUCGUAGGCAAAUAUAUGCCAUGUUUAUCCCUGUUCACCCAUCGGGUAUGAUGCCCUUACCUGUAGUGCCUGAUUUCCCUUCACUUUACCCAACAUAUUGAUGCCCUUAUCAUUAGGGUCUGGCAGCCACUUAUUAGCGGCUGCUUGGCGCUAGCCCAUAGGUACAGGAGAUCUUUUCGAGGAAGUACUUUUAUAAGAAACAUAGAAACAUAGAAUGUGACGGCAGAUAAGAACCAUUCGGCCCAUCUAGUCUGCCCAAUUUUCUAAAUACUUUCAUUAGUCCCUAGUCUUAUCUUAUUGUUAGGAUAGCCUUAUGCCUAUCCCACGCAUGCUUAAACUACUUUACUGUGUUAACCUCUACCACUUCAGCUGGAAGGCUAUUCCAUGCAUCCACUACCCUCUCAGUAAAGUAAUACUUCCUGAUAUUAUUUUUAAACCUUUGUCCCUCUAAUUUAAGACUAUGUCCUCUUGUUGUGGUAGUUUUUCUUCUUUUAAAUAUAGUCUCCUCCUUUACUGUGUUGAUUCCCUUUAUAUAUUUAAAUGUUUCUAUCAUAUCCCCCCUGUCUCGUCUUUCCUCCAAGCUAUACAUGUUAAGAUCCUUUAACCUUUCCUGGUAAGUUUUAUCCCGCAAUCCAUGAACCAGUUUAGUAGCCCUUCUCUGAACCCUCUCUAAGGUAUCAAUAUCCUUCUGAAGAUACGGUCUCCAGUACUGUGUACAAUACUCCAAGUGAGGUCUCACCAGUGUUCUGUACAAUGGCAUGAGCACUUCCCUCUUUCUACUGCUAAUACCUCUCCCUAUACAACCAAGCAUUCUGCUAGCAUUUCCUGCUGCUCUAUUACAUUGUCUGCCUACCUUUAAGUCAUCAGAAAUAAUCACCCCUAAAUCCCUUUCCUCAUAUGUUGAGGUUAGAACUCAACAUAUGAAGCCUUAGGAUCUACUGCUAUGUUCCAUUGUUGGGAGUGAUGUACAUCCUACUUGUGGAGUGAGGAUAACUUUGUCCACUCCAUUUCUCUUGACAGUAAUCCUGAUUAGGAAGCCCUACUAGAGAAAGCAGUGCUUUGGUUAUGUGUGCAAAGGCUUUCCUCUUUGCCAUGGUGUUUGGAGAGAGAUCAAAGUAGAGUUGGAUGUAGGUAGGCAUCCUGUCAGAACUUUGGUAGAUCAAGAGGCUUGUAUGAUUCCAUCCUUUGUGGCAUAAUAAUGAACUUUUGGGAUUAUAUCCCUUGGAGUAAAGCAGGGAAAUGCUUGGGUUUGGGUAAUCAGUGUGUGUGAUCUAGUAGGAAGUCUUUCUCUUGCUGGUCUGGCACUAGAAUGUUAAAAUGCUGUACAAUCUAUUUUUGGAAGAUCUUGUGGCACUGUCUCCUUCAGUAUACCUCUGAUUCUUUUAUUACUGUGGUGAUCGCGGACCUCAUGGUCUGACAUUUUCUCUUUUAAGGCUUGUAGCUUUUUUUUUUUUUAUAGUGCUAUACGUGUCCGCUAGGGAGUUGUGAGUUUCAGUCUCUUCUUCAACGUGUUCAGUACGCUCUACCAUAGCUUGUAUGUCUGUCUUGAUUUCACCUGCCAGAUUUGAAAUACCGUAGCUGCUUUAAAGGAAGCUUGGAGCUUAUGCUGCAACCCACAGAUGUGGCCGAGGUUAGAGAGUUUAUAAAAAUUGAGGUAAUAGCACUGUUUUCUAAACAGGCGGGGAUGGUGACUUAUCUUUGGGCUUCCUGAUCUUUGUAAUUAGACAUUUCUUGGCCAAGCUUCUCUCCAGCACUUAAAUGCUUUUUAAGCUUUCAAUUUCACUGACUGGUGUUUCUUGGUGAAAUCUGAUACAUCUUUUGGGAAUUUGAAGUUGCAUUUACCCUGCUCUCUGUAACUAAGCAAGUUUGGAUUGUGUUCUGUGAUCCAUGAUGAACAAUUUUAUUUUGAGUGUUAGUUACUGAACAAUAAGAUUUCAAAAAUUUAAAAAAAAACACCAUUUUGUAUGAAUAUUUGUUUAUAUAAACAGUCUUAAAACAGACCUUCUUCAAUGUCUGCUGAUUUUUCUGCAAAUAAUGAAAAAUUAGUUUAGACUUAUUGCUCAUUCAAUAUUAAAACUGUAACCAUCAAUAUUGCCAUUUUUGUACUACAACAUCUGGCAGGAUUUCUUGCUAAACAUUGAAUCAUGGCUUAAAUUACCUGCAUUAGGAUACAGAACAUCUUCCAUGGGAUGUUCCCUAAACACUUCCUGUACACCCUGGAAUUUUGUAGCUAAGAGUCAAAUUUUAUGGGUGAAUCUUAAAAAAAAAAAAAAAAAAAAAAAAUAUGUAUAUAUAUAUUUAGGAGAAUUAGGUCAGCUUCAAUUUGAGUCCCUUAAUAAAAGAAAAUACCGGUUGGAUUCUCACUUUUCUCACAGAUUUUGUUUUGUUAUUGAUUGUGGUGAUACAAACAUAGUUAAGGACUGUUGUCAAAGCUGAACAUGUCUCUAAUGUAUAAAACUAAUGUCUGAAAACUGGUUGUCUGUUAUACUUCAUGGUCUAAAAAUAAAACACAGUGCGUGGCUGCGUUAAUACAUUCAUGUUUCCCAUAUUGGGAAACGCUAUCAUUCUGCCUUUUAUUCCUUAGGGGAUGAAGUACUCUUGGAGACUGUAUAACCAUUUCCUACCAAUUCAAGAUGGAUCUGACUUCUUAUUUAUUUGACUGCCUUGUAAACACUGACUUUAUCAUCAAAAACAGAACUGUAGUCAUAGAUUUAAGUGCGGUGUAAGUAAGAAAGACCUAUACCUAUAAUUGGAGCGCUGAAACACGUAUCUUGCUUACCAAAAGUUAUUUCGUAUUAUGGUACAUGGAAAAGAGUACAAAAGAAUACAAUAUAGUGCAGAUGGUAUAUAUAAAGUGUAAAGGCUUUUUAGGUGCUUGGCAAAAUUAUUUAGUAGUCAGCUUCUUUUAUUUCUUACUCCCCCUCUCCUACCCCCCUGGGUGCUGAACACAUUGCAGGGUUUGUGUUAAACAUUUAAAGGGACACUGUAUGCAUCAAAACCACAACAACCUAAUUCAUCUAGUGGUUCUGAAGCAAAUAAAGUGUUUCUGAGAAAUGGCUGUUUACACUUAUCCCCAACGUCACCUCUAUUAGUUGUCAUUCGGACAACCACUAGAGGCAGUCUUUGCAGAUUGGUCUUUUGAUGUCUCCACGCUCAGCAUGGAGAUGCUUAACGCUUCCUAUAGAGAUGCCUUGAGUUAGAGCAUCUCUAUGAGGAGAUGCUAAUUGGUGCAUUGUGGUGAUUGCCACGCGUGUGCAUUAGCUCUCUAAUGCUUCCCUAUGGGAAUGGUUUUGAUAGGCUGAGAUCAUCUCUAUUGAUGAUCUCAACCGAGAAGGAGUGGCAGCUGCAGCGAAACUGGCAUGCUGCGAUAAUAAAGGUAAGUAGAACUAGUUUUUAAAUUACUUUUGGGGUGGUACAUCCAAAUUGCUCUUAAUUUAUAAUAACAUUUGAAAUAUGUGUUUCUUACUAACAUUAGAGUGUUCCUUUAAACUGUUAGUAAAUUCAAGAGGGAUUUAUGCACUAAACAGUGAAAUGCAGUGUAUUGAAGAACCACAGCCAUAACCACACACACAGAGAUUGACACACAUGCACAGAUCCACACACACAGAGAUUGACACAUAUGCACAGACACACACACUCUCCAGUUUUCCAUCCUUCAGUACACACUUGUCUCCCCUGGGUCAUGGUGAGCUUGGCUCCAAGUAAGUGUCUGUGCAGGCUGCAGCCCUAUCUCCCACGCUAUUUUCCAGUGGCAACUACUGGAGGUGCUAAUGUGGUCAGGAAGGCCCCGUGGCAUUCUUGAGACCACAAACUGCUGGGCCCUGGUGCAAUAGCACCUAACAGCUCCAUAGCCAGCACUUUGCUGAUUGGGAAAAAAUCCCUGGUAUCCUAGAUGCAGUAUACCAGAGAACUAACUCUGAUAGGAUUGUGAUUUCAGGCACUCCCUUUAGACCCAGGACAGUUUGGAAGUAUGACAAACACAUCAUGAGCACUUUGUGACAUUGAACCUUUCACUAUUUGUGGCUACUCUUGUAUUAGCAGCUGUUACCCAUAUAGUGUGAAAUGUUGACUACAAGUUUAACCGAUAUUACCUUUACUUCUUUAGGACCGUGUCCACUUUCCAUGCCUUGCUGGUUGGAUGCUUCUGCCUCUAUAUUUUAGUGUAUGAUGAUGCAGUUAAUGCUGACCCUGUUUGGUAAGUGGUGCUGUCUCCCUGUCACCUUCAUUGUAGAACAAGAUACGGGAGGUAUGUUCUAUUUAACCUUCUCACAAGGAAUAUGCUGUCAUAACUCUUAUUCAUCAGCAAAUAAUAUUUGCAACAGCAGGCUUCCCAAAAUAAAUCAAGUCGUCUGGCUUAAAAAUGCUUUAUCAACACUUGUGACAUAUUGAACCAUAAGUAAAUCUUUAAUAUAUCUUGUCUUUUCUUAAAAUAAUAUAAGACAUGGCAUUGAGAAUUUUUUUUUUUAAUUAUGUUGGCUCAAUAUAUAUGAAUUGAAUAGAGUUUUAAUAUAAAACUUACAGUGCUUUUAAAAGCCAUGAUAUCUAUAUUUGAGACUAACAUCCUAGCCAUGGUAUCUAUAUUUGAGUCUAAUAACCUAGCCUUGAUAUUUAUAUUUAAGAUUAAUAAAUUGAUGCAACCCCCUUGCCCCCCCCAAAAAAAUAGUAAUAAAGUUGGUACUAUUGUUAUGACCAAUUGUAUAUGAUGUUCAUGAUGAUCCCUUAUUCAUUAUUUAUAUCAUUACUGAGUGUUAAUUUGGGACUUUUUUUUUCCUUUCGAGUGGUAAAAAUUUGAAAUCUUCAUGUUAAAUGUAUUACUGUGUGUAUGAACAAAUAAAAAUCUCCUACAUGAUUUUUUUCAAACUAAAUUGAGAAUUGUCGGGAAUUCAAAUUGCAUUUCAAAUUUAAGGCACAUAUACACAAGCAGGAACAAUUCUUCAAGUCAGCUAUGGUUCCAAUUCAGCUACUCUGACCAUACAUUUCAAAUUUACUAAACCAUUCUCACUUAAGUGACAAACCCUGAUAGUAGUGAGUUUUGAGAAGUUCCUUUAAAAACCUGAGUGUAGGUGGCUAAUGGAUGGAUGUUGAGUGAACUUGAAGUACACAAUGUUUUUUUAUCUAACUCACAAAUGCUUUGCAUGCGUAAUCAAAGGAACUUUAAGUCUGUUUGGCAAUACUCAAUUGAGAAGCCUCUGUGCUGGAGCAAGGCUUGCUAAUGCUUCUCAAUGAGCUGUAAUAUAGGAUAGGGAAUACAGGCGUGCAUGUUUGUUACAUCCUUUACUUCCAGGGAUAUAACUGAAGAGGAAGAAAACCUAGGGAGGUGUUUCUGACCCCAAAUAAUUUCUAUUGAAAUUGACACUUUUAAAAACUUACACAAAUGUGACAGUCCCCAGGCAGUGCUUCAUAUGUGUGGUGUCCCUUUAAUGGCAUACAAUGUUUAUCUCUUUUCUGAAAUCUAGAUCUAUUCACAUUUUGUGGGGGAGAAUCAGAAGAAAAAAAAGUUAAAGAAAUAAACUACAACAACAAAACAUAUAUACAAAACAUAAUAAAAGUUUUCAGUUUCCCAAUGUAAACGAAAAGGCUCCAAAACAUGAAGAUAUGAAAACCAUGAAUAUUAUAUUUGCAGUAGGAACAGGAACGUAUUUUUUAAUUACCGUAUAUACUCGAGUAUAAGCCGACCUGAAUAUAAGCCGAGGCCCCUAAUUUUACCACAAAAAACUGGGAAAACUUAUUGACUGGGGUAUAAGCCUAGGGUGGGAAAUGCAGCAGCUACUGGUAAAUUUCUAAAUAAAAUUAGCUCCCAAUAAAAUUCCAUUAAUUGAAUAUUUAUUUACAGUGUGUGUAUAUAAUGAAUGCAGAGUGUGUGUUUGUGUGUUGUGUGUGUAUAUAAUGAAUGCAGUGUGUGUAUAUAAUGAAUGCAGUGUGUGUAAACUGAUUGAGGGGAGGGCAUUUUUAUUUUAAUAUUAUUAUUUUAUUAUUAUUUUAUUUUAAUAUUAUUAUUUUUAUUUUAAUAUUUUUAUUAUUUUUUUAUUAAAUUGUUUUUUGUACCCCCUCCCUGCUUGUUUUCCUGGCCAGGGAGGGGGGCUAUGUUAAUCCCUGGUGGUCCAGUGGAUGGGCUGUGCAGUGGGGGGGCUGGCAGCGAACUGUUACUUACCUUUCUUGCAGCUCCGUGCAGCUUCCUUCUCCUCCGUGCAGCUCCAUUCUGCUCACAGUGUAAGUCAACGCACUGACGGCCGUGGGUGUCGCGAGACUUACACUGUGAUCAGAACGGAGAUGAAAGGGGAGCUGCACAGAGGAGAAGGGAGUUGACAGGAGCUUCAGGAAAGGUAAAUUACAGCUCGCUGUCAGCCCCCAACAGGACCGCCAGGCUUGUAAUGAGCCCGGCGGUCCUGGUCUGUAUUAUGGCAAUGUAAGUUCCCAUAAUACAGACCUUGACUCGAGUAUAAGCCGAGUGGGGGUUUUUCAGCACAAAAAUGUGCCGAAAAACUCAGCAUAUACUCAAGUAUAUACGGUAUUUGUGCAUUAUGAUAAAUGUAUUAUAUGCGUUAAAAUCCCUUUUUAAACAAAAGUCUGACAUGUCACCCUAAAAUAAAUGUGAUGUUGAGAUCUGUGGUUCAACUAACUUACAAAUGUAUUUUCACUCAUAACAUGUAGACACAUUGGCUUAUUUAAUGAUAUACCAAUGCUCUGAAACCCUAUACAGUCCCUUUUGUCACAUAAUCAUGCUGUUUGGUUUAUGGGCUAAAGCUUAAAUUGCAAAUAUUCCUUGAAAUUUAAUUAUACUUAUACUAUGUUUUUUUUCUUAUAUUAUUUGAUUUGAGUUGAAAUUGUUGCAUUGCUUAAAGUCUUGAAAUAAUAUUGACCUGUCUAUUCCUUUAUGAUAUAUAAUGGCACAGUUCCAUGCUAUGUGUACAAAACCUAAUAAACUACAAAUUAUAAAGUAUAGAAUCCCUCAACGGUCACAAAUAAAUAUCCUUGUGAUUGGUAUACUGGCAUAUAAAUCAUUGUAAUAUCCUAUAAAUGAUCAGAUUUCUGCAAUUUUGAAUAUUGUAUUGGACAAAUAAUUUGAAAGAAAAACAAGUUCAAAUGUGUAAUGUUGUCCUCCUAAUAUCUAUUUGCAGGGGUGAUGCCUACAUGGUCAAGCUGAAUGUUGCAAUAACCUCAGGAUACCUCAUCUCAGGUGAUCAUUCUUCGUGCUUCCAUGGUCAUUAACCACUUAUGUGCCAAUAAGUCAAUGUUACUGUCCUUACUGUCGAGUUCAGUGAAGAUAGCUUGAAUGGGAGUUAUGGAAUGACAAGAAAAUUCUACAAUAUUGGAAGAAUGGAAUUAAGAGAGAUAAGAAGUGUGAUAAAUUCUAGGCAUUACAUAGAUAAAGGGAGGUGUAGAUCAGAUUAAGCUGAAGGAAUGGAGACAGGUUAAAGGACCACCCCACACCUACAAAGCUACCAACUACCGUCCUAUCUGUGUAUGCGAGAUUGACAGACCUCCUCGAGUCCAACUCUCUGCUUGACCUGCUUCAGUCUGGUUUCCGCGCUAAGCACUCUGCGGAAACGGCACUGACCAAUGAAUCCAAUUAUCUACUCACUGCAAAAUCUCGUGGUCACUACUCUAUCCUAAUACUCCUUGACCUGUCUGCGGCUUUUGACACUGUUGAUCAUCAACAGCUUCUCAUCCUCCGCAACAUCGGUCUACAAGAUAUUGCCCUCUCCUGGUGCUCCUCCUACCUCUCCCAGCUCUCUUUGAGUGUUUCUUUCUCUGGCUCUGCUUCUUCUCCCCAACUCCUCUCUGUUGGUGUCCCCCAAGGUUCAGUCCUUGGUCCCCUACUGUACUCCGUCUAUACUUGCCUCCCUUGGUAAACUCAUUAGCUCCUUUGGCUUCCAAUAUCAUUUCUAUGCGGAUGACACGCAAAUCUACCUGUCCUCUCCUGAUCUCUCCCUGUCUCUGACUGCCUCUCUGCUAUUUCUAACUGGAUAGCUGCCCACUUCCUUAAACUCAACUUGUCCAAAACUGAAAUUCUGGUCUGUUACAUUGCUGCCAGCCUCCCCACAUUUGUCUUAUUAAGAGUUUAUAAGUAUGUAGGGGCAGCACCCCUUCCUGUCUCAUCAGAGAAAUUUGCCUUUUAGCUGAUACCAGCAAGGUGAUUUGUAUGUGUUAUAGCCCUAUUCAGGGUUAAGUAUGUAGGGGUUUAUAAAACACCCCUUUAUGUCUCAUUAGAGAUGUUUACACUUUGUCUGAUACCAGCAAAGUUUAUUGUAUGUGUAGAAGCCCUAUAAAGGGUUAAAUGUGAAAGGGUUUAUACAAUUCCCCUUCCUGUCUCAUUAGAGAUGUUUACACUUUGUCUGAUACCAGCAAAGUUUAUUGUAUGUGUAGAAGCCCUAUAAAGGGUUAAAUGUGAAAGGGUUUAUAACUGGAGAUUCUUGACUGAUAUCAGCAUAUCUGAUGGCUUGUGUAGGAACUCACCUAUUGAGGCUUGACGUGGCAGGUGAGUUUAUAUAUUCAAAUGGGCAUUGGAAUAAAACUAAAGAGCCUCCAUUUUGUUUAAAUGUACAUGGGGAUUUAGGCCAGAGCGCAGGUAACUUCUCUUUGUUUUUUCUAACUGGAUGGCUGCCCACUUCCUUAAACUCAACUUGUCCAAAACUGAAAUUCUGGUCUUUCCUCCCUCAAGUGUUGUUACUCCUGCGUCUGUCUCCCUCCAAGUCAACGGUGCUACCAUCAGCUCCACCACUCACGCUCACUGCCUAGAUGUUCUCUUUCACUCCGACCUCUCCUUCAAGCCUCAUAUUCAGUCUAUCGCCAAAUCCUGUCGUUUCCAUCUCAAAAACAUUGCGCGCGUCCGACCCUACUUAACGCUAGAUGCGACUAAGGUGCUGGUCCAUUCCACUGUCCUUUCUGGCCUUGACUACUGUAAUCCGCUUCUCAGUUGUCUUACGUGCUCCCAACUUGCGCCGUUACAGUCCAUAAUGAAUGCGGCGGUGAGGUUCAUCUUCCUGUCCGCCCUCACUUCCUACGCCUCACCCUUCUGUCAGUCCCUGCAUUCGCUUCCUGUAAUAUAUAGAGCUCACUUUAAAAUUCUGGUUCUUGCUUUCAAAUAUCUACAUAAUGCUGCUCCCACCUAUCUAUCCUCCUUAAUACACAAGUAUGUCCCAUCUAGGCCCUUACGAUCUGCUGAAGACUUACGUCUAUCUUCUGUCCAUACUCCCACCUCUGAUGCUCGCCUUCAAGACUUCUGGAGGGUUGCACCGUUCCUGUGGAACUCGCUUCCCUCCUCUGUUAGAUGCUCACCCAGUCUCCACUCCUUCAAAAAAUCAUUAAGAUGCUCACCCAGUCUCUCACUCCUUCAAAAAAUCAUUAAAAACCCAUGACUUCAUAAAAGCGUAUCAAUUAAACUGUUAAUAGCUCCCGACUGAUUCCUCUCUGGCAACCUGUCCACUAGUCUAAUACUAUCCUUACCUUUUGUGUCACUUUACCCACUCCCUCUUGCAUGUAAGCUCAUUGAGCAGGGCCCUCAACCACUCUGUUUUUUUUUAAGUAUUUUCUCCCACCUGUUAGUGGCAUUGACUGACAAGGGAGAGCACAAUAGACCUCCCACAGGAGGUCCUACAGCUCUCCCAAGCAUAGCAACCACAGCACAUGGGCAUGUGGUUGAUAUGGAAACUCCUUAGCCGACGCUUCUUGCACUGGCUAGGGAGUAUGAGAACAGAGUGAUGUGACAUAACUCGGUCCCGAUGGUAGAAUGUUGGCAAAUAAGCAAGCAUGCUGACGUCACUGAGGAAGUUUUGCCCAGCUUCGGGAUCCGGUUUAGUCAAAAUGGCCUUGGUUACAUAAUGGGACUAUUUGUGACUUUUUGCACAACAUUAUAUUCAAAUUAACGAAUUGUUUAUUCUGAAUGGUGCAUUAAAAAAAAAAUCGAGCAUUUUAUAUUUAGAUUUUACCUUUUGCUGAAUUUUACGCUAGUUCUAUAGCUUUGAUUCUUUGCCUUUAGAUUUGAUUUAUUUUCCCGUCACUGCUGUCUUAUUUUAAUUCAUUUUCCAAUUCUUCCUAAAUUCAAUUCAAGCAGUAUCAUUAUUGGAGUCUGUACAAUAUACAUUAUAAAGUCAAUCUGUAUCUUUUCCUGACUACUUUUUGUUUACAUAGCAUAUUCCCUUGGUUUUAGAUUUUAAUCUUGUGGUACCAUCCAAACAUUAAAGGGGCACUGCCCAUGCCUGGAAGUGAUUAUUAUUAUUUAUUUUUUUUACUGAUUAAACAUUAGAAAGUCAAACUCUUCCAGAUACACAUAUAUAACAAUACCAAUCUGUGUGUGAUUGUUAAUGUCAUAACUUUCUUUUUAAAAGCUUUAACAUGUAAAAUGUGUGCAUGAGCGGGUUUCUUUGUACAACUAUUGUGAGUAUUUGUGACUAUCUCUCAGUAUAAUAAUGGGAAUGAUGGUGUUCCUGUGUGCGUGUGCAAUGCCAAUGUAUAUUUGUUUGUGUGCCAUGUUCAUGUAUAUGGGCAAUGUCAGUGUGUGCGUGUGUUGCUGUACUUUGAUGCGUGUGCAAUUUAAAGGAAUACUAUAAUCACCAAAGCAACUUUAUCUUAAUAAAGCGGUUUUGGUGUAUAGGUUAUGCCUUUGAAGGCUCACUGCUUAAUUAUCUACCAUUUAGGAGGUAAAUCACUUUUAUUUCAGAUUAUGCAGCCCUAGCCACAUCUUCCCUGGCUGUGAUUUACACAGCCUGCAAGAAAACAAUGGUUUCAUUUUCAAUCAGAUGUAACUGACUUUAGAAGAUUUUAUCUCCUGCUCUGCAAACUGAACUUUACUCAUACACAAGAGGCUCCUGCAAGGUCUAGCAGGAUAUUCACAGUGCAGGAGAUAAAAAAAAUUCUAAAUUAAACAGACUGAAAGGAAGUCUAAACAUUAGAUCUUACUUUACAGGAAGUGUUAAGUCACAUGCAGGGAGUCACAAGUAACAUGCAGGGAGGUGUGACUAGGGCUGCAAUAAACAAAGUAAUUUAACUACUAAAUGGCAGAGAUUUGAAAGUGAGACUGCAGGGGCUUGCUCUAUACACCAAAACUUAAUUAAGCUAAAGAUGUUUUGGUGAAGUCAAACUGUUCUAAAAUUGGUUUGACUCCUCACAGUGGGAAGACGCCAGGGCACUCCUAGCACUAUAACCACUACAGCAUUUUGGUUUUAAGCUAGCAGGUCUGUUUCAAACUAAUAUAAAACAUGAAUAGUUACAGUAUGUAUGGGAAUAAUGUCAGUAUUCCACCUUACCUGUGAAUGUUUCAAGAUGAGUGGCAUUAAUUAGUAUACAGUUCAACUAGGCAGAACAACUUGUACUUGAAGUAAAAUUACAUUCUUACAAUGUUCACAUUUUCCUUACUGAACUUUUUACAAAUUUAACAUAGCAUAGACCACUUUCAUUUAUUUAUAUAUAUAUAUAUAUAUAUAUAUAUAUAUAUAUAUAUUAAAAUGCAUAAUUCUUUUUUUAUUCAUUUUUACUUUUAUUUUAUUUUUUACAGACUUGAUGCUAAUUAUUUAUUACUGGAAGGCGAUUGGUGACAAAUAUUUUGUGACACACCACGUAGCAGCCCUGUAUGCUUACUACUAUGUACUGGUGAGUGCCAUAAUAAUUUACAUAUUAGUAAUACAGACAGACAAGAUUAAAGUGAAUGGCCAUGAAUGAACUUCGUAGACAUUGCAGUCCAGCAUUACGUGAGAUAAUUACUUCUUAGAGACGUAUUACCCCUGCUAAUACCUUAAAUCUUAAUGAGAUUUAGAAGAUUCAGUCUAAUAAGCCUUGUUUGGCCAGUUUUACUACUUGAUUGCUUAUUGAUUGCUUAAUGUGUGUGUAUUCUCUGCCUGUUAUUUUAACAUGCAGAUCAUGUUUUAGAACCCUCUACUGCACAGAUUGGGACAUCAUCCAUACAAUUAUUCCCUGUGACUAACAGACAAUAAAUGCAUGGAUUGAGAAGUCUAGGGUACAUACCUGGUCUGCCUGAAAAAAAGAGCGGGUUACAGCAGAACCUGCUGCCAUUUUAAUAACAGCAGCUGACAACUCUAGCCCAGGGCUGUUGUCCUGCUAAUCACAAGUAGCGCUAGAACACGUAUGUCCCAGGAAAGCCCUUCCUUAACUCCUACAGUGCCCUGGCACUUUACAAUACACGUGAACUUUUACAUUACCCUAAUACGCACGUAAAUUUAUCAUGUAAUAUAAAAGUUACAAACUUUUCCCCCCAUAAUAAUCAGUUCUUUUUUUAUGUACCCUUGUUUAUAAAAGCCAUCAAGUUUAUAGUCUAUACAGAAUUACAUUUUAAUAUUAUGAUCGUCUUCAUUUAAAUACAGAAGUUCAUAUGUGGUGAUUCAUAUUAAGUGGCUUUAGUUGUUUUAGCUAGUUUGCUGUCACAAACCUGUUAUACGUUGUAUGACUGUGUGGGUUCCAGUGACAACAAAGUAGUUAAUUGUGUUUGCAUGGAAUGCUGAAUUUCUUUUUCUGUCUUAGUAGUGUAGAUCGGACGAUGCAUGUUGCUAUGUUACUUUUCUUCAUUAUAACAAUAUAGAGAUUCUAAAGGUUGCAUGCUGUGUUCUUUGGAAUGCAUUGUGCCCUUGUGGAUGGUUUAUCUUUAAAAAGAUGCAUCGUAACGUGAUUAAUCUCUGUGUAUAUCAAGAACAGUGAUGGCUAAAUGUAGCUCAUCUAUUCAUUAGCUAUGUUUCCAGUGUGAUGUUUGGUAAGCAUAAUGAAACUAUAACGCAUGAUUGCUGGAGUGCUAAAGUUUAGCCAUUCCUGUUCUAGAGCAGCAUGUUAUACAAUAUAAAAAAAGUGUGAACUAUAGCCAAUUUUUGCAUUAACCAGUAAAACAUUAAAUCUGCUAUUUUCCUUGGUUGUUCUAGCAAAAACAAAAAAAUCCGAAACAAACAAUACAAUAUAAAAAGGCCAACAAACACCAUUACAAAGUAAAUGCCAAUUACAGCACAAAAUGUGUCUUUGUUCACUGCUUACCUUACAUUUAUCUUCCCAAUUUAUUUGAUAACAUAAAUAUACACAUCCCCCAUGCUAUAAUUUGUAAGCACAUAAAAUAAAAUGGAACACCAUCAUUGACUGUGCAUUAAAAUACAAUUUAUUUUUUCUGUUUAUACAUGUGCCCCCUACUGUAUUCUUUAUGUGUUAAAGAAUAGCAGUAUUGAAAUAUUGUGAAUUCUAAAUGCCAGCCUCCCUGCUAUGAAAUGAAUUACUUAUUAGAAACUAGAUGGCGAACAGGCCAAUUACAUUUCUGUUGAAAACAUCUUUGAUUUAGCUUCUGGUGCUAUUUUAAGGAUAAGUUAGAAAAUAUAUAUAUAUAUGACAAAAAAAAAGAUAUACAGUUGCAAGAAAAAGUAUGUGAACCCUUUGGAAUGAAAUGGAUUUCUGCACAAAUUGGUCAUAAAAUGUGAUUUGAUCAUCAUCUAAGUCACAACAAUAGACAAUCACAGUAUGCUUAAACUAAUAACACACAAAGAAUGAAAUGUUGCCAUGUUUUUAUUGAACACACCAUAUAAACAUUCACAGUGCAGGUGGAAAAAGUAUGUGAACCCUUGGAUUUAAUAACUGGUUGAACCUCCUUUGGCAGCAAUAACUUCAACCAAACGUUUCCUGUAGUUGCAGAUCAGACGUGCACAACGGUCAGGAGUAAUUCUUGACCAUUCCUCUUUACAGAACUGUUUCAGUUCAGCAAUAUUCUUGGGAUGUCUGGUGUGAAUCGCUUUCUUGAGGUCAUGCCACAGCAUCUCAAUCGGGUUGAGGUCAGGACUCUGACUGGGCCACUUCAGAAGGCGUAUUUUCUUCUGUUUAAGCCAUUCUGUUGUUGAUUUACUUCUAUGCUUUGGGUCAUUGUCCUGUUGCAACACCCAUCUUCUGUUGAGCUUCAGCUGGUAGACAGAUGGCCUUAAGUUCUCCUGCAAAAUGUCUUGAUAAACUUGGGAAUUCAUUUUUCCUUCGAUGAUAGCAAUCCGUCCAGGCCCUGACGCAGCAAAGCAGCCCCAAACUAUGAUGCCCCCACCACCAUACUUCACAGUUGGGAUGAGGUUUUGAUGUUGGUGUGCUGUGCCUUUUUUUCGCCACACAUAGUGUUGUGUGUUUCUUCCAAACAACUCAACUUUGGUUUCAUCUGUCCACAGAAUAUUUUGCCAGUACUGCUGUGGAACAUCCAGGUGCUCUUGUGCAAACUGUAAACGUGCAGCAAUGUUUUGUAUGGACAGCAGUGGCUUCCUCUGUGGUAUCCUCCCAUGAAAUCCAUUCUUGUUUAGUGUUUUACGUAUUGUAGAUUUCCUAACAGGGAUGUUAGCAUUUGCCAGUGACUUUUGUAAGUCUUUAGCUGACACUGUAGGAUUCUUCUUCACCUCAUUGAGCAGUCUGCGCUGUGCUCUUGCAGUCAUCUUUACAGGACGGCCACUCCUAGGGAGAGUAGCAGCAGUGCUGAACUUUCUCCAUUUAUAGACAAUUUGUCUUACCGUGGACUGAUGAACAGCAAGGCUUUUGGAGAUACUUUUAUAACCCUUUCCAGCUUUAUGCAAGUCAACAAUUCUUAAUCGUAGGUCUUCUGAGAGCUCUUUUGUGCGAGGCAUCAUUCACAUCAGGCAAUGCUUCUUGUGAAAAGCAAACCCAGAACUGGUGUGUGUUUUUUAUAGGGCAGGGCAGCUGUAACCAACACCUCCAAUCUCAUCUCAUUGAUUGGACUCCAGUUGGUUGACAUCUCACUCCAAUUAGCUCUUGGAGAUGUCAUUAGUCUAGGGGUUCACAUACUUUUUCCACCUGCACUGUGAAUGUUUACAUGGUGUGUUCAAUAAAAACAUGGCAACAUUUCAUUCUUUGUGUGUUAUUAGUUUAAGCAGACUGUGAUUGUCUAUUGUUGUGACUUAGAUGAUGAUCAGAUCACAUUUUAUGACCAAUUUGUGCAGAAAUCCAUAUCAUUCCAAAGGGUUCACAUAUUUAUUCUUGCAACUGUAUGUAUAUAUAUAUAUAUAUAUAUAUAUAUAUUUUUUUUUUAAUUCUGAUGGACCUCUAUUGAUAUUGUAAUGUACACUUACUGUAAGGAUUUGCUACAGUUAAUAUAUGGAAAAUGGAUGUGUUCUUAACUAAUGUGAGAAUUCAAGUGAAUUUUAAAUUUAAGGUUUAGAAUAACUGAGCCGAAAUGUUCUCUAGGUCAGCUUUGCUUUCAGUUCGGCCUGAAACUUGAAAUUUAUGUUGAUUUCACUCUGAAUUCUCACGUUAGUAAAUACCAUUAUUAAUUUAGAUUUUGUAAUUCUCUUUCAGUAAAAACAUAGAUAAAUUGUGGGAUAAAGGAGCAGGAUGUAAUUGAGACAGAGUAUUCAGCCAGAGUAUAUCCAUUAGUCUCUUUCCCUCAUAUAGCAUUGACUUCCAGAUUGAUCAUAGCACACCUUGCCGUUUUCCCAAACAUCACCGAAGCUUGAUGAAGGGUGAGAACCAAGUAUUCUGUGUUAGCACCAACACACAGUAUUUAUGCAUUUACAAAUGUGUAUUCAACCUCCAGGCGGUGAUCAGCAUGAAACUAGAUAGUUCCCUCCCAAGUCCCACCAAGUCUGUGGCUCAUAGUCUCCCACUUGCUGAGCUACAUCCAGCCAGGGUGCCAGGAAACAGAGCCCUAAAACCCCAUUUCCCAACAGAGGACCCCCACAACCCUCAAGUAGCUCAAUCCUUCAGCUAUCCACAGUCCAAAGAGCGCCAAAGAGGUCACUUCCUCUGCCUCCUGUCCUGCGAGUGAGGAGGAAGAGCAGCUUGACAGAAACACUAGGUAGGCUCUUCCCUGUACAGCCCCCUCCUCCCUGCACCCUCACAGAUCCCCUCUCCCCCUGCCUCCCCUGCACAGUACCCCUCCUUGCAUACCUCCCUGCACAGCCCCCUCCCUCCCUGACAGUCCCCUGCCUCCCCUGCAUAGAUCAACUCUCCACCUGGCUCCCUGACAGUCCCCCUCCCUCCCUUGCACAUAUCCCCUCUUCCCUUGCACAGAUCCCCUCUCCUCCUGCCUCCCUGACAGUCGACAUCCCUCCCCUGCAUAGAUCCCCUCUGCCUCCCUGACAGUCCACCUCCCUCCCCUGCAUAGAUCCCCUCCCUGCCUCCCUGAGAGUCCACCUCCUCCCCUGCACAGAUCCCUCUCCUCCUGCCUCCUCUGCACAGAUCCCCUCUCCCCUCCCUGACAGUCUCCCUACCUACAUAGAUCCACUCUCCCCGUGCCUCCCUGACAGUCCCUCCCUCCCUGCACAGAUCCCAUCUCCCCUGCCUCCCUGACAGUCUCCUCCCCUUCUGCACAGAUCCUCUCCCCCAGCCUCCAUGACAGUCCUCCCUGCAUACAUGCCCUCUCCCCUCCCUUCCUGACAGUCCCCCUCUCCCUCUGCCUCCCUGACAGUCCCCUUAGCUCCCCUGCACAGAUCCCUCUCCACCUACCUCCCUUGCACAGAUCCCUCUCUACCUCCCUUCCUGCACAGAUCCCCUCUCUCCUCCCUUCCCUGCACAGAUCCCUCUCUACCUCCCUCCCCUGCACAGAUCCCUCUACUCCCUCCCUGCACAGAUCCCUCUCCUCCCCCUGUACAGAUCCCUUUCCCCUUCCUCCUGCACAGAUCCCUCUCCCUCCCUCCCUGCACAAAUCCCUCUCCCCCUCCCUUUGCACAGAUCCCCUCUCUCCCUCCCUCCCUGCACAAAUCCCCUCUCCCCAUCCCUCCCCUGCACAGAUCCCCUCUCCCCCUCCCUCCCCUGCACAGAUCCUCUCUAUCCCUCUCCUGCACAGAUCCCUUCUCUCCCCUGCGACCUGACAGUCCCCCUCACUCCACUGUACACACUCCUCUCCCCAUGCCUCCCCUGCAUAGAUCCCAUCUCCCCCUCCCUCCCCUGCACUCUUGUGGCCUGUGUGCCGCGUGGAGCAUUGCCAUGGUUACCCGUGGCAAUGCUCUGACGGCAGUGGGACUCGCAAGAUUUAGACAGGGGAGCUGCUGGGAAGUGAAGUGAGUGUGGUGCGGGCCACCACUGUAGAGCCGCGGGCUCAGAGCACCAGGCCACCGGACCACCAGGGAAUGUGAUCUCCCCUCCUUCCUGGCCAGGUAGGAAGCUGGGAGGGGGGAGUAAAAUAAAAUGUAAAAAAAUUGAAUAUUUAAAAAAAAAAAAUUAAAAUGCCCUUCCCCCUCUAUUUUACAUACGCCGCCGGGGGCCCACAGGUACAUAUAUAUAUAUAUAUAUAUAUAUAUAUAUAUAUAUAUCUAUCUUGAAAACCGCUAUAUAUAUAUAUGUACAUAGGUAAUGUGGGGCCCAGAACUCCAAGAGCAGUUCGGACCCCCCAGAACCGCUGGAUGCCCUGAUGGCGUCCCUGGCUGUAUUUUAAAGACAGGAAGGAUUUGUUGAAGUUGUAUAGUUUAGUUUUUGCAAUACAAAUAAACAAUGUGAUCAUUUUAUAGUAUUGUGUUAAAAUCUGUUCAUAUAGUUAAAAGGAUAAAGGGUACUAAACGCUUUAAAAUAAUUUGGAUUGUGCUACGUUUGAAUAGAAUAUAGUAUAUUUUAUGAUUGAGUCAAAUAGAAAGAAAUAGAAAUGGUAUUGUAUACAUAAAUAUUCGUUUGAAAUUGUUUUUAUGUCACUGAUCAAUGCAUGCAGCAGCCAUAUACAAUCCUGGUAACACCGGUUUGUAAACACUUAGAAAUAGGGGCACAAAAACAAUUAUUGGAGAAAGUCACAAAAGGUGACAAUCCACAGUUGAAAUAGUUUUUCCUAAAUUAACUGGUAGUACAAGUAGGUUUUUGAAAAGCUUUCAAAGAUUACCAAACAAAUAUUAUAAUCCUAGGUUUCUACAAUUUUUAGCUUACGAUAAGCAAAUAAACAUGCAACAGAGUUGGAGCAAAAUAAACAUUUAUUUAGAAACCGAUUAUAUGUGAAAUAGCGCUUGUAUCAGUCAACAGUUCUCUACUGUAACGGUUUAUUAUUUGAUAGAUAUAUUAGUUAUGUGUAUGUAUACACUCUGAUUUGCUUCACUAACUAGAUGUUUUAGGCAACAUUUCCAUGUUUCCAUUUGCACUUAUCUUUUUGAUCUAUCCAUGCUCCCUGUGAUAGAUUGGUUCCAUAUAAAUUCAGUUGGUUCCCUUAUCUAACCCAUUGCAUGUAACACCACGUAAAAUGUAUAUGUAAAAAUCAGACAAGAUUAGGUGCUAAUAUCAACAAGAAGUUGUUUAACUGUUAUUAAAGGGACACUGUGUAAAUAAAAACAUAUGUUUGGCAGAUAUACCUCCUAUGAAAACAAUUACACUAUUUUUGAUAGGGGUAUAUCUAAAAACAGAUUGCAAAAGUUGCAGAUCUCUGGUAUGAAACUUUUGCAAGCCUUCCCCUUCUAAUCCAACACAGACCUUCUGUGUCUGUCCAAUCACAGACGUCCAAAUGCUGCUCAAUGAGGAGUCAGGUGCUCUGGGCUCUGUCCAAUCCAAUGCUUCUCUUCCGUAUGAUCAGCAUUAGAGGAUGUUCAAUGUUUUGAGGACAUUUAACGUCACAGAGUCUGACUCGGUUAUAGCAGUGGAAGCAAUCUCUAGUGACGGUCAGGAUCACUGUCAGCCAUCUUUAAAAAUGCAAUGUAUUAUACUGCAGUAAAAAAUGACAGGGCCACUGCUCCCAGUUCACUUCAUUGAGAUGAAUCGGUCUGGGUGCCUAUAAUAAACCUUUAAAUGUGCUUCAGUAAAUCUGUAUUUGUAUUUUAUUUUUUUAAUAUUGGUUAUAAUGCCAGGUAUGUAGCUUAGCUUUUAUCAUAUUUCCUGCUAUAAAAUAAUAACUAUGAAUCAUUUACUAGGUAAUAAAAGUAAUAGGUGGGGAACAAUAAUUACAUGUGAAAAGUUUGAUAUGUAACCUCCAUUGCUUCAUAUAGAUCAGUGAUAAAGAUCAUGAAGAUGCAUUCGUAAGUGAAAUCAAAAACAAAAUCACAACCCAAAUACUCAAUGUUUUAUAUUGUACCAUAGUAAUAGCGAAGCAAUGUGCAUGCAUUCCAUUAUUAGGUCCCCCCCUCCCUCAGGGCCCCCUUCCCGCUGGGCUGAAGGGUUUAAAGCUAGCAGCCUCUAGUGGCUGUCAGUCAGACAGCCACUAGAGGCUGGAUUAACCCUCAAUGUAAACAUAGCAGUUUCUCUGAAACUGCUAUGUUUACAUCUGAAGGGUUAAAACCUGGGGGACCUGGCACCCAGACCACUUCAUUAAACUGAAGUGGUCUGGGUGCCUAUAGUGGUCCUUUAAUAUUGUUGAAUACGAUUUUAAAAUGAUUUGAUAUUUUUGAAUAAAGUAAAAAAAAAAUAUAUAUUUUUUUAAACAUUAAAAUAUCAAAACUAUAUAUAAAUAUAUCGAACUAAUAGAAAUAUUUUUCAAAAUGGUAAGUCAUUUGAAAAGUAUAUCCAAAAAUAUGAAAUCAGUUGAAAAGCCUAUUUAAAAAUGUUAAAUCAAGACCAUUAUUUGUUAAAAUUCUGAGUGUAGUGAAUAACCCUAAAUUUCUUUAAUUUGCUGUAAAUCCCUUCACAGCAGUGUUUUGAAGCAGAGCUUGUAGCUCCGCCUACAAGCACCAUCAGUCAGAGAGCUGGGAAUAACACUUCCUGUCUCACCUACCAACUAACACCAGGCAGUUGCUAUUUCACUGCUGACUUGGUAGAACUUGCAGGCACUCCUCUUAAUUUCCCAUGGUUGCUUUUUCAAGUCUCUAGUUCGCCUCUACUUCCACUGAUAAUGACAAUACAUAAUAACAUAGUAAUUUAAGAUGUACAAAAAGUCUGUGAUGUUGAAUAAGUUUAUAUUCCCACUAAUUUAGCUUUUUUUGGUUAAAUCUCCUUACCACUAUUAAUAUUAGAUGAUAUCUCAUCCUUUAUAUAAUGCUGUUAAUUAACAGGUUGUCACAUCCCAUUGAAGAUUUCAUAGUGGUAACAAACUCAACCUCUAGAUUUGCAAUGCAUUUUGAUAUUAGAAUAUAGCCCUAAUUGUUUUGCAAGCAUGAUAUUUAUUUUUGUGUGUUAAUCCAACUAAUAUACUAAAAACAAAACAGUUGUCUUUUAAUCUUUUGUUCAGCUUCCACAAACAUUAAACAAGCCAGUUGUUUUGUCUGUGUGUAAUACUAAAGAUGUAAUUUAAGCAGUUACCUUGCUUGUACCUAUGGAUUUACCAGUAUGUAAGAGUAUGAGUAUAAAGGACUAUUAAUUGUUAAGUUGUAGUCACCCCUUACAUUUUAGGUAUUUGUUCAUUCCCGGAGCUGUAAGUAUUUAUUACCAUAGGAUUAAGUUAUAACAUGAUGAGCUUGUUAUAUUAAACCAUUGAUUGGUCUGUAGCAGACCUUCUGUCUCUACAUAUACCUCCCUAAUUUCUGAUCUUUUCUUUACUUAUAAACUUUUUCAAGGUUUGUCCUUUUCACGUUGAUGACAAGCUGUUUAGCUUUCUAUCUCUGGCUCCUUUUUCGUUGCCCUCCUGUAGUCUAUUUCUAUAUGCUCCAGUUCUUUUUUUCUCUGCUCCCUUCAUCCUGUAGUUUUGAUCUUCGAUGAAGGAGCCAUAUUUCUUAGGUUUUAAUUCCAACAUGGGUUACAGUUCUGCCUGUUUUCGUAGUUGGUUCUAACAGGAGUUUCAUGAACCAUUCAUGUGAUCUAAAGCAUGCCAAGGGUCAUCUUUCCAGCAGAACCUUCUGACACAAAAAAGUUCUAGUAAUAACAAUGGUCCUGAAUGUCCUUCUAAGUGUAGAAAAUGGAAGAUGAGUUGUCUAAUAAUGUAUUGUUGUCCCUUCUAGAAGUGAAAAGUUUUAUUCAGCUGUGAAUGCGCCUAAAUCAUUGUUUGGGAGUCUGUUGUGGUUUCACCUGAUACACUAGGACAUGGUUUGGAUGGGUAAUAUUUAUUAUAUUGUAUAGGAAGUGGCUCGUCUUUUGUUUGGGGAAAAAAUUAAAUGGUAAGAUGGAGAAUACCAAUUAAACGCAAUGUGUAUAGUUAUGGAUAAGACAAAAAAAAGCUAGUAAAUAUUACUAACGGUGUAUAUAUUCUUGACUUGUUGAAAUGAUUACAACCACUAUAAUUAUUAUUUUAAUAUGUCCAUGAAUUUCCCAAAUUGAGUUAAAAAACCCCACAGAUUUUUCAAUGCUUUCAAUGGCUGAACACAAUGUUCUUAGAUUUUUGUUUUGUUCUCCAAUAACAUUUAUCAAAUAUAAACCCAAUACUAUUGACAAAUAUAUCAGAGACAAAAUAUUUGUUUUCCAAGGUCAAAAAAAAAAAAAGAUAGUGAGACGUACAUCCUGGAGGUCAACUGAUGUGAAGCCAACUAAGCAGUUCCAAAGUCAAACUGCAGUUCUGUGAAAGACUUGUGAAUCUCACAGGCUUCCUUUAAAUAAACUGCAAAGCCUUACACUUGUAGUAAAAUAAUAACAAAGUUACAAAAUUUAGGCAAGAAUACCUUUGUAAUUUGAUUGUUAAAAAAAAAAAAAAAAAAAGGUUUAAACAGAGAAUCACUGUGAAUUAAUAUUUAUAUUGCAUCGUACUCAUGGAACUUGUUUAUUUCAAUUAACAUUAUGUGUACACCACAGCAGACCUCAUUCCAUGCUUCAGUAUAUCAUUUAUCAUUAUCGUACGAACAUAGAUUUCCCAACGAGCUCAUUCAAGGAUAAGUGGGAGGGGGAGUUUUUUUUAAUCUGUUUAUUAAAUUUCCCUCCUCCCACUUUUGCAUUAUUUUAUAUUUGUGCCCACAUCAUCAUCCUUAAAGUGAACCUGCAGUGAAAAAUGUCACUUACCCUAAAUCGUUCCAAUAUAUAUUUAAUACCCUAUAUGUCUCAAAGAUACGUCAUGUUUUCAAUGAAAAAUAUAAAGGUUUACUCACUUCUGGGCUGUCCUCCACCCCUCCAGGACUCUUCUUUGAUUUGUCCUGCUUGGGACACAUCCCCAAAUAGGGCAAAUCAAUGAUGUCAGCACGCUGGCUUUGUUGCCAGUGUGCUGGCAUCAGACCAGAGUGACGUCACAUCACUCUGUUCCUAUACGCCUUUGCCAGCAAUAAAAGCGCUGGCUAGGGUGUGCGCUGUGGUUGCUAUGGGUGGAGAGCAGAGGCACCUCCUGUGGGAGGUCUUUUCUUUUCUAGUCAAUGCCUCGGUGCCUGAGACAUUGACUGACAGCUGGGAGAAAAGACUAUUUUUAAAAAUGUUUUUCUCCUAAUCUAUACCUUUUCUAAACUGUUUGCAAAAUGUAUAGAUAAAAUCUUAUGUUUAAUCUAACGGGCAUGGCAGGUCCCCUGUAAAUUGAAAGGAUGGAGACAACCUUCUAUUAUAGAUCACUUUGAAAUGUUGCUCAAUACAAGCCGCACUGUUUAGGUGAAAAAUAAUAAAAAAAAAAAAUUAAAAAAAAGCUGAGCCAUUGUUGAAGCCAAAUGAGUGAUAUCACAAGGUUAGGAGAAAGCUGUUAAAAGAAGAAGAAGAAAAAUAAUAAAAAAAAAAAAAUCCACUUAGAAGGUGAACAAAGAUGGCACACACAUGAUAUGCAAACUAAGUAGCAUAACAUUUUCUUUUUAGUAGAGAAACUAACUUACUUUCUUUUAAUUAGAUUUGCACUUUAAUGCUCAUUUUAUCUUGGAACAUUUGUUGAUGUCUAGGCAUCUUAAAACGUUUAAUUUUAAUUUAUAUCAUUUUAGACUGUUGAGAAAAAUGCACUUAACUCUGUGUUUUAUAUUUAUUUUCAUAAGUGAUAUUUCUUGCAAUCCUUGCUUCUUGUCACAGGGUGAAGGAAUGUUACCAUAUUUUGGUAAUUUUCGACUUCUUGCUGAAUUCUCCACUCCUUUUGUUAAUCAAAGGUAGUUAUACGUAUUCAUGAGACAAAUGCAUGAUUUUAUUGUGCAUGUGUAGUAAAUGUGUUCUUGCUAAAUUGUCCGUUGUCUUUGUGAAUGAAAGGUAAUUAUACAAAUUCAUAAGAUGAAUGCAUGAUUUUUUUCUACGUAUCAUGUAGGCAAAUUGUUUAACAAAAUGUAUGCUAAGAAUACAAGGAAUAAGUAAAAUAUAUAUGAGCCGUGAGCCCUCCUGUGUGCUUUCUUGGCAAACCACAGUUAAAAUAACGGUGGGACACUCAGAGGUCUUAUUGAGUUAGCCAGUUCUCUCUUGGUUUGAACAGCCAUUGAAUCCUUAACUGGUAUUUCUAUCAAGAUCAUGUAUACAGUAACGUAAAAUAUGUAUAUAAAUCUGGUAAAAGACAUAUGAAGUACAGAGGAAGAUAAAGCAUGCAGAUUCACAUGGAAGCAGCUAAUAUUUGAAAGCAUUCAUAUCGAUAAGCACUGUGUUGGUUAAUUACGUAAAGCAUGGCUUAAUUUUUUUUUCUGCUGGUCUGCUAUUUAGCCCUGUGUUUAUUUUGUCUGUCAAAUAGUUAUAUCAGUGGUUCUUUUAGACAUUUUAAUUUAUUAGCACCUUGAUGGUGAGCUUUGUGGAUUUGCAAGAUUCCUUUUAGCCUUUGCACGUGCUUUUACUGCUUGAUUGGAAUUUGGAGCCAUGGACAGACCACAUAUAACACAUAACUAAAUGAAUGUGAAUACUUCUGAUCUUUUUUUGUAAGUAGACAUUUCUAGAUGGCAGAAUUAUUAAAAUAUUGUGUUUAGAGUUUAUUAUUCCAUUUUAUUUACUUUAUAUGAAUGGUGGUUUGUCCAAUCUAGUAUGUCUGUUAGGGAAUUUCAGACUGUCUUUCUGUCCAGCAAGUAUGCAUCUCAAGCUUUCUUGAAUACCUUUACUGUGUUAAGCCUUUAUAAUUAGACUGGACGAUAAUUUCUGGUGUUCAAUACACUUUCUGUGAUGUAAGAAUCUAGUAGCUAUACCGCUUAAGACAUUAGUCCCUAACACCUUAUGUUUCACAUAGACCUAAAGAUACAGAGUACUACUAAUUGCUUUUGGAUUAUGUACAAUGAAUUCCAUAUGAUAGAACAGUCAAAAAAAAGGAAUUAAGCAAGGGUUCUAAAUUUUGAAGUUACCUAUUAAAUAAGUCUGAAAAUACAGUCAUGUGUGGGUAUGUUAUGAAUAUAUUGUAGGUUGAGAAUGGUAUUUUAAAAUGUAUACAUGCAGUAAAGUAACCUACAAAAAUGAAUGUGCCAAAGCUUAUUCAUUACAGGUCAGGAACCCAGUCUUGGCAAAUCUUGACGAAUGUCUAGGUGCCCUCUACCUUUUAUGUGAAGUUGAUUUCCAUUAUUAUUAAAGCUUAUCGUUUAAACUCAAUGUAUUUUGAAAUUUUCAGGUGGUUCUUAGAGGUUCUAGGAUACCCCAAACACACGCUACCUAACAUGCUUAAUGGUAUCAUGAUGACAAUCGUCUUCUUUAUAGUAAGAAUAGCCGUUAUACCCAUCUACUACAGCCGCGUCUUUUCCACUUUUGGCACAGAAGCUUUUCACAGACUAGGACUUGGGGCACAGUGCGCUUGGAUCAUUUCAAGUGUUUCUCUGGACAUUAUGAAUGUCAUGUGGAUGAUCAGAAUUACCAAGGGGUGCAUCAAAGUUCUCUACCACAGUGAUGGGAUAUUGAACAAAACUCAGAAAAAUGGAAAACUUGAAUAGAAGGAACAUAUUUAUAAUGUCUUCCAACCAGCAACUGUUGGGGACUGACCCGUAAUCUGCAUGUCUUAUUUUCCACCUUCCAUCAGAUGCAUUUUUAGAGAUUUGAAUAGCGGGGGCGAACAAUUGGUAUGGUUCUCAAAUAAUAAAAUAUGUCCAUUAUAAUAUGUUUGUAUGUUUAUAACCGCCUGCACACUAACCACAGAUGCACUAAAUUCCAAAGACCUAAUUAUUAUUUUUCUCACAAAUAAAUUAUAAUUGGGGUUUUAAUAAAAAAGGUCUAUAUAAGGCAUGACGAAAGCAAUAUUUCCAUUUUAUAAGAGAGGUUUAACCCCUUAAGGACACAUGACGGAAAUAUUCCGUCAUGAUUCCUUUUAAUUAUUAUUAUUAAUAUUAUUAUUAUGAUAUUUAUAGCGCGCCGUCAAAUUCCGCAGCGCUUUACAAUGGGUGGACGAACAGACAUGUAGUUGUAACCAGACAAGUUGGACACACAGGAACAGAGGGGUUGAGGGCCCUGCUCAAUGAGUUUACAUGCUAGAGGGAGUGGGGUAAAAUGACACAAAAAGGUAAGGAUGGUAUCAGACUAAUGACAGUUGCAGAAUAGGAAUCAGAAUUUUAUUUCUGAAGUUGUGUCCUUAAGGGGUUAAAGAGUCCAGAAGUGUGAAUUCAGCAGGUGAUGCCUGUUGAUUACCCCUGUCAGACACAUAUGAUAAAUGGUGAGGUCCUUCUGAUGACCAUUUUAAGAGCCUGGUUUUAAUGGAGGACGGCUGUUAUCAAUGAUCACUUUAUUCAGGUUAUAUGUGAAAUAGGUCAAUCACUGUUCAGCGUCAGGAUGUGACGGGCAAUAACUGCAGGUAUUUAACUGUGAUAUAUUGUGUUGUUUUUUUUUUCUUCUAUUGUCAUACACUUAGGUUCGAUAAGAAACCUUUACAUUCCCAUGUCUUCUUGGCUAACAAAUUUAUAUUGCCUUGAAUUGAUCUGUAGACGUAACAUGAGACUGGAAAAAUCGCCAAUGACUUUCAACAUGGGCCAGUAAAAAUACUAUUCUCAUCGCCAAAAAUGCAUGAUCCACUCCAAAGGAAAUUAGCAAUGAUGGAUCUUUUAUUUUAGAGAAUCCUAUAAAUCUCCGCGUAUAUAUCUUCGCAUCAAAGUACAUAUACCUCCAAGGGGAUUUUGUUACUCCUGAAUAUUUAAAGUUGCAAGGGAAGGGAAGUUGGUGGUAAACUGCUAGGUAGCAACGUUAAUUACUAAUUGUUAUUAAUUCAUUUGGAACUAUUACAUUCUCUGGGAAUAAAUGGAAAUAAAUGAAUAAAAAAGGCACCUUCAAUGAGCAAGUUCCAUACCUGUGUGUUACUAGCAGGUAGAUAAUAUAUUCUUCACUCAGGAUUUUUUUAUAGUGCUAAUUUUAUAAAUCUAUGUAUGCUUUGAGAAUCUGUAUUGUUUAAAAUGUUUUGUUGGUGUUGAAAAAAAAAAAACAACAAAAAACAAACAAAAAAAACAACAACCAAUCUUGGCAUGCUUAGUCAUUAUUUCAAUCAACUAAAAAAAUAUUGGUUUACUUUUUCGAUUGAACCUUUAGUUCGAUUAUGUGAGUGAGCCAUAUAUUUUUUUUUUCAUUACUUUACUUGUAGUAUUUAAAUUUCUUCAUGCAUGAGCCAAGUACUUUAGGAAUUUUGUUUUAUUAUGUCAUCAAAUGACAUUCCGUAAACUUUGAGGUUUAUUCCCUUAGGUAGGAAUUGUGGAGAAUUGUCAAAGGCAUUGCAAAAUAUAGACAAAAAUAGAUUAGGAAAAGUGUCCGUUGCAACUGUUUUUUUUUCCAGUUCAGCCUAAAAUUUGCAUUUCACCAUCAAUUAGGUGGAUACAUCCCACUAGGAUGUGAUGUGACUUGACCAAUGUGUAACUAAUACGUAGGUAAAAAUAAAUGAGCCUGAGAUUUAUGUCCAACACAAAUAUUUGGAUCACAAGCAUACAACUCUGUUGAAGAACUACCACAGCUGCGUGUUGGGUGAAUAAACCUCUUUAUUGUAUUUUUUUUCCAUUGCGUUGCACUUUGACAAAAACUAAAAUGUUUGUAAACAAAAAUGGAGUUAUUCAUGAAUUGUUUCCUUUCGAUAGGAGGGCAAUAACUGAAAAAAAAAAAGAAGUUUUAUUUUCGUAAAUCUCUUAAUGUCCAAUAACCGUUUAUUGAAGGAAAUGCAACAUGGCAUUUAAAGGAUUAAAUGUAAUUUUUUUUGUCUGUGUGUUGGUGUACCACAUCUGGGCAGCUCCAAGGUCUGUAUUUGAGUUUCGCCCAUUUCAAGUUUACUAUGCUAUUUUGAAUAAGAAAUGCAAUAAAAGUUGAACUCUUGACUGGCCUCACUUGUAUUCUGUUGAAAUUCUAAUAUCCUGAGCUUUUAUGUAUUUCCAGGUAAUUUUGUGAUUAGCUCUAAAAUAUUGACUCCGCGAUAUAUAUAUAUAUAUCAGGUCUACUCUCACUUAAUUUCAAGAUCAAUUGCUCCUGUAUAUAUCCUUUGGAUUAUGGACUUGUGUAUAGAGAAAUGUUACCUGACUUUCUCUAUUGUCUAUCCAACAGGCACCUUCCAACAAUAAUAUCUAAGGAGAUAUAAAACAAAUAUAGGUUUACAGGUGAAAAAAAUAAAUCCAUGAUAAUUUUUUUCCUUGUCAUUUGAUGUACAAAUAUAUCUCCUUGUGAUAUAAUUACAAGAGGAAACAUUUAAAGGGCACCUGUCAUGGCUCAAACUAUUUUUACAAUUUUUCUUUUUUAAACCAUCAUAUUUCAUCCCCAACUGUUUUGAUAGGAAAUGUAUAGAUUUGGAGAAAAAAACUAUUUAAAAACUGGUCUUUUUCCUAGCUGUCAAUGAACUAUUUGGCAAAAACUUAAUGCCAAAUAAUUGAAUGACCGGAAUAACAGAAGAGACCUUCCACAAGUGGUCCUUCUGCACUCCAUGUAUUGCAACCACAGCAUGUGUGCUGUAGCUGCUAAGGAAACUUCCUAGCGACACUAGAGGGUUCUAGUUCUCUACUAAACAUAAGUUUGAUUAUAUGUACAGGUGCAAGAAAAAAUAUGUGAACCCUUUGGAAUGAAAUGAAUUUCUGCACAAAUUGGUCAUAAAAUGUGAUCUGAUCAUCAUCUAAGUCACAACAAUAGACAAUCACAGUCUGCUUAAACUAAUAACACACAAAGAAUGAAAUGUUGCCAUGUUUUUAUUGAACACACCAUGUAAACAUUCACAGUGCAGGUGGAAAAAGCAUGUGAACCCCAAGACUAAUGACAUCUCCAAGAACUAAUUGGAGUGAGAUGUCAGCCAACUGGAGUCCAAUCAAUGAGAUAAGAUUGGAGGUGUUGGUUACAGCUGCCCUGCCCUAUAAAAAACACACACCAGUUCUGGGUUUGCUUUUCACAAGAAGCAUUGCAUGAUGUGAAUGAUGCCUCGCACAAAAGAGCUCUCAGAAGACCUACGAUUAAGAAUUGUUGACUUGCAUAAAGCUGGAAAGGGUUAUAAAAGUAUCUCCAAAAGCCUUGCUGUUCAUCAGUCCACUGUAAGACAAAUUGUCUAUAAAUGGAGAAAGUUCAGCACUGCUGCUACUCUCCCUAGGAGUGGCUGUCCUGUAAAGAUGACUGCAAGAGCACAGCGCAGACUGCUCAAUGAGGUGAAGAAGAAUCCUAGAGUGUCAGCUAAAGAUUUACAAAAGUCACUGGCAAAUGCUAACAUCCCUGUUAGCGAAUCUACAAUACGUAAAACACUAAACAAGAAUGGAUUUCCUGGGAGGAUACCACAGAGGAAGACACUGCUGUCCAAACAAAACAUUGCUGCACGUUUACAGUUUGCACAAGAGCACCUGGAUGUUCCACAGCAGUACUGGCAAAAUAUUCUGUGGACAGAUGAAACCAAAGUUGAGUUGUUUGGAAGAAACACACAACAAUAUGUGUGGCGAAAAAAAGGCACAGCACACCAACAUCAAAAUCUCAUCCCAACUGUGAAGUAUGGUGGUGGGGGCAUCAUGGUUUGGGGCUGCUUUGCUGCGUCAGGGCCUGGACGGAUUGCUAUCAUCGAAGGAAAAAUGAAUUCCCAAGUUUAUCAAGACAUUUUGCAGGAGAACUUAAUGCCAUCUGUCUACCAGCUGAAGCUCAACAGAAGAUGGGUGUUGCAACAGGACAAUGACCCAAAGCAUAGAAGUAAAUCAACAACAGAAUGGCUUAAACAGAAGAAAAUACGCCUUCUGAAGUGGCCCAGUCAGAGUCCUGACCUCAACCCGAUUGAGAUGCUGUGGCAUGACCUCAAGAAAGCGAUUCACACCAGACAUCCCAAGAAUAUUGCUGAACUGAAACAGUUCUGUAAAGAGGAAUGGUCAAGAAUUACUCCUGACCGUUGUGCACGUCUGAUCUGCAACUACAGGAAACGUUUGGUUGAAGUUAUUGCUGCCAAAGGAGGUUCAACCAGUUAUUAAAUCCAAGGGUUCACAUACUUUUUCCACCUGCACUGUGAAUGUUUACAUGGUGUGUUCAAUAAAAACAUGGCAACAUUUCAUUCUUUGUGUGUUAUUAGUUUAAGCAGACUGUGAUUGUCUGUUGUUGUGACUUAGAUGAUGAUCAGAUCACAUUUUAUGACCAAUUUGUGCAGAAAUCCAUAUCAUUCCAAAGGGUUCACAUACUUUUUCUUGCAACUGUAUAUUUUCUGUAGCACAAGUUUAUGAAGGAAAAAAGUAUAAAGCAAGUGAAGAUUACAUUCCUAAAUCUUGUACAUCUGUGGAUUUCCUAUUGUUCCUAUUGCAGAGAGAGUUCCAUAUACCAUACUUCCUAAUGCUUUUUUUUUCAUUGUUAGAGUGACACCUAGUGGUAUACAGUCCAUAAUACAAAACCUAAAUACCCCUUAUGUAUGCCAAGUUUUGAACUGUUCCUAAUAUGGUUGUUGGGUAAGAAUUAUUAAACUUUAAUAUACGUAGGGAAAUUAAAGGUGCAGUAUGUAUUCAAAGCCAAACCCCUACAUUGGGCAAAUGUAUUCCUAUAAGUUGCAUUUGGGUUUAAUUUAAUGUCGACUGUCUUUGCAGCCAUGUGACUAAUAGAUAUAGUGUUAAUUAUGCCUUUGCCAACAUAAAUCCAAUAUACAAUUACAUGAUUAUUUAAUAAAGUGAGAAUUCAAAGUGAAUUUCAAAUUAAAGAGUUUCUCUAAGCACUGUGACCACUUCAGCGAUUUAAAGUGGUUUUCGUGCCUGGAGUGUGUAUGUGUUUUUUCACUUUGAAAUCCAUCAUUUUAGCACUUAUUAAAAGUAUUGUUAAACAAUUUCUGGCAAUAGAUCAAAAGGUUCAAAUUAUGAUUGUGUCCACUUUGUUUGAAUUAAAGCUGUUAAACAAAAACAAACCUUUUCAAAAGAAAACUGUAAAAAUCUGCAGUGGAAGAAAGUGAAAAAUUGGCUAAAAUCCAAAUAAUUUAAUCAGAGUUUAAGACUAUGUUUCUAAUUAUUUUUAAGUUUGUAGAUUGGUAUAACGCAGUCUUGAAUAUGGAAAGAUAAUGAUAAGUCUUUUAAAACACCAUGCUGGUAUCACAAAUACAGUGCCCUUCAAAUUACUGUGUGUUGUUGUUAUGAUGCCAGGAAUACCCAAGCUCACCUCCUAGUAUUGUGGCAAACCGUGUACUCUCUUACCUGGGACUCUGCCAGGAACUGAGAGCCCUCUGUGGCCAGAUGCUGAUCCUACCAGCCUUUCACAAGAGCAUCAGCUAACAAAUAACAGCCAGUUAAUGCAACUGUGCUUAGAAUAUGCACAGAAUUGACAUUAGCCUGCCCAGAACUCAGGCUAAUGAUGUCCCAAUGACACUGCUGGAGGUGGAGUUACAUGUCUGGUAGGAAAUGGGUUCAAUUCUGUGUGUGUAGUAUUUCAGAGUGAAAAGGCUCCAGGCACCAGAAUACUGAUAUCAUGUUGCUUGGAGUAAUCAUUUUAACCCCUUAAGGACACAUGACGUGUGACAUGUCAUGAUUCCCUUUUAUUCCAGAAGUUUGGUCCUUAAGGGGUUAAAUCUCUUGAGAAAGACAACAGACUUUUUUGUGUUAAUACGUUUUUUAUUUGGAGUGCAUAAUAAAAUCAAACAUAUUACACGCGCAAAGACUUGUGUUUGCCUGCACAAAGGCAUAGCAGGUCAACAAAAGAUUACAUCACAGUAGUGAACUUUCACAGGGGUGCAUGGUGACCUAAAAUGAACGAUUAGGUGUUUGAUCUAGCGUCUUUGGACGCCAAACAACUGUGUAUGACAGAGGUAUAGGAAGCGAUUGAGAGGCAUAGGAAGCGAUUGAACAAUAAAAAUGAUAAGGCAGGUAGAUUAUGCAUGUGCUAGGCCCAAUAGGACGCCUGACCCUGGUCUAACUCCCACACCUGCCCAUGCCUCCCCCCCUACAGUCCCUUCAGCACAGUGGGCACUCAGGUGCCUAGAGUCCCCAUGACCCCCCUCAAAGUCUGCAGAUCCAGUGCCCCCUGCACCUUACCAGCACUGGCAAAGUUCUGCAAGGUUUGGCCAGAUGCCUCCGCAUGUCUCACCCAUCAUCACCCACAUGCGAGACAAGAAGGAUGCCACCGGUCCGCAGGAGGCCAGCACCACCUUGUUUCACCAGGUUCAUAACGGUGGUGACAUCUCUCUCCAGGUUCCCACAAGCAACCUAGAUGCCGAGGACCCAGACUCUCUGGCUCUUGCCACUCAUGCGCAUUUGGAUCUGACGUUGGCAGAGGGUGGAGAGUUCACCACCACAGAGGGAGCCCAGUGCUGGAGAAAGGUAAGUGGCUGAAGGGGUUUUAACCCCUUCAGCCCAGCGGGAGGAGGGCCCUGAGGGUGGGGGGAACCUAAUGACCCUAUAGUGCCAGGAAAACAAGUUCGUUUUCCUGGCACUAUAGAGGUCCUUUAAUAUAAGUAAUAUUUUAUUUUUUUCACUUCCCCCUUCUAGCUCCAUCUUAUGAACUGUUUGCUUGUGUGUUUUUUUUUCUCUUCCCCCUCACUCUGUGAUCUUCACACAAAAAUAUUUACAACCCUCUGCAAUAAUGGUGUCUAUUUUCUAUCAAACCAUGUUGUCUUAUCUGGGUCCCAAAUCGUCUGUGGUGGCGUGGAGGCCUUUAAUUAAUAGAACAAUUCCAGGAAACAGGAGCAGGAAAAGUAAAUGAAAAUUGCAGUCAGGCAGCUGGCAGAAGUAGUCGAUCAAUCUGGAGUUAGGUCAGAAAGCAGGCGGGAGCAAUCGUCCAGGGAAUCAAGGAUGAGGAACCAGGAACAUAAGCUAGAAAUUAGGGCAAUAGGCAGGUAUAAAGCGAUAAGCAAAAUAACCAAGCACUCACUGGAAGGUGUGCUGGGUUUAAAUAGGUGGCUGGAAUCACAUGACCGGCCACCUCCUAACAGUAGGUAGAGCACACGGGUUAUAUUAAGAGGUCAGGGACUUGGCACCAUCUUGUUUUACACCAUGAUCUCUGACCUAUUCCUCCCCAUAUGGAUCUGCAGCUCUCUUCCUUCUCCCUGUGCAAAACGCCGGGUCCGCAUGGUGCCUGCCAUCUUGCCAUGACGACGUGCUCGCGACAGACCUAGGCGGUGAGAGGGAUAAAAUAAGCCACCGCAGACCCGAAAGGGGAGCCUUCAGGAGUGGUGAGAACUGUGAUUCUGCCGCGGGGGGCGGCACAGGCGCCCAGGGGCAGGUGAGUACCCGGCCGUGCCGUGACAUUUAGACUUGAGAAAGGAAGGUUCCUUCAUGUUGCAAGGAUCUGUACAUAAUUCCUAGAAGCUGAAAACAUCCCAGUUCUUGCAUGGCCAACAUACUCACCGGACAUGUCACCCAUUGUGCAUGUUUGGGAUGCUCAAGAUCGACCUAUACGCCAGCGUGUUUCAGCAACUUCGCACAGUCAUUGAAGAGGAGAGACCCAACAUUCCACAGGCCCCAAUCAACAACAUGAUCAACUCUAUGCGAAGGAGAUGUGUUGCACUGCGUGAGGCAAAUGGUGGUCACACCAGAUGCUGACUGGUUUUUGGACCCCCCUAGACCUCACAUUUUAGAGUGGCAUUUUAUUGUGGCCAGCCUAAGGCACACCUGUGCAAUAAUCAUGCUGUCUACUCAUCAUCUUGAUGUGCCACAUCUGUGAGGUGGAUGGAUUAUCUUGGCAAAGGUGAAUUGCUUACUAACAAAGAUUUAGACAGAUUUGUGAACAAUAUUUGAGAGAAAUAGGCCUUUUGUGUAGAUAGAAAAAGUCUUAGAUCUUUGAGUUCAGCUUAUGAAAAAUCGGGGCGAAGACAAAAGUGUUGCGUUUAUAAUUUUGUUCAGUGUAUAUACACACACGUACAUAUAUAUAUAUAUACACAUGCAGAUACACAUAUACACACACUGGCACACAUGCAGAUACAAACACUGACACAGAUAUAGACACGCAGAUACAAACAUUGACACACAUGCACAAACAAUGACAUAAAUACACAUAUAGACACAAACUCACAAAGACAUACAGAUAUAAACACUGACACAGAAACAAACACUGACAUAAAUGCAGAUGUACAGAUAUACAGACUGACCCAUAAGGUUGGACAGACACACAUAUACAAACAUGCAACACAUGCAGACACACACACACACACACACACACACUGACAUGCAUGCAGAUACAUAUACACAGAUGCAAUCACUGAUACAAAUACAGAUACAGACACACAGAUACAAACACUGCCACACAUGCAGAUUCACAGAUACAUAGCCACAAAUACACAGACACACUGUAUCUGUGUAUCAGUAUGUCUGCUUAUUUGCAUGUGUCAGUGUAUGUGUGUCUGUAUUUGUUUCAGUGAUUACAUCUGUAUAAAUGUAUCUGCAUGUGUGCCAAUGUUUUUAUCUGUGUGUCUGUGCAUAUGUAUGUGUGCCUAUGUGCCUGAAUGUGUGUUGGUGUGUCUGUGCAACUGCAUGUGUGUCAUGUGUAUCAAACACUGCCACACAUAAGGAUACAUAGACACAGAUGCAAAUACUGACACAUAUAGUUGCACAGACACACGGACACACAAGCAGAUACACAUUUUUGCGUACCCCCAGGGAAACUGUAUUGUACACCUGGGGGUAAGCAAACCACAGUUUGGGAACCCCUAACUAGAAUUGUACAGAAUUAGUGAACCCAGGACAUACUUGAAAACGAGAGAAAUCUCAAUGUAUCCAUCCUGGUAAAAUAUUUUAUAAAUAAAUAAAAAAGAAAUGUUCUGCUUUAUUCAUUAAGCUGGAAAUUGUUGUUGUUGCAGGAAUAGCAGGAAUAAGCCGCAGAAGCCACACACAGAGAAAUGGAAGCAGGUUCGUUCAGGAAGAAAAAGGUCUUUAUUGUUACCGAUCGGGUCUCAGAUGAACUCCUGUUCUAAAAAUAUCUGAGCCCAGAGCAUAGUUUGCACAGGCUAUUUAUUAACAAUAACUCCUCCUAUUCCUAGCUUCACUCACACAUACCCUUAGACCAAUCAGUGAACAGGAUAUUCAGGAUCACCACAUAUGUGCAGACCGUAUGACUCCUUUUAAGGAUAAAGGAAUGUGACUACAGUUGAUGCACAUGCUCAGUACAUUGAUGACAGUAUCUUAGCUACAUGUAACUAACUAACAGAUACAACAAACACCUGUACUUGUAUAUGCCACAUGGAGAUUUCAGGCCUACUAAAUUUUGAACCAUGUUGAAAUCCCAUCACAUUGUGAUUUAACUUCCAAUUAUAAAACUGAGCAAUAUAUGAUAACAGCUGAGUUGGAGACAUUUUCAAGAUCAGUUCUAUUUUCCUCAACUUUGCAACUCAAAAUUUUAAUUCAAAGUUCAGUAAAUGCAAUUAUAAAAUGACAAUUGUCAAGAAUUCAAUUUUUUUUUUUUUUUUUUAAAUAUUAGAUCAAAAUAUCCACACUGGAAACACAGUUUUCCAAUCCAGAUAUGUGGGUAUAAAUGUUUAAAUUCACUCUGCAUGCCUAUCAAUUCAUAUUUCAGUGGAUAACCCAUAGGUCAAAAAAAAGAAACCAAAAACCUCCUACAUCAAAGUGAGGCUUGGUACGUGCUGAACAAUAGAAAUAUACUUACCCUAACCUUGGUUAUGAGAACAUUAAGUUACACAGCCACAUAAACCAUGAGAGCCAAUCCAUGUUUUGGUUCAUGAGCUUUUACUGUUAUCUACUAGAAAAAACAACAACUGUUUAUUAAAUUACACCGCAUUAGCGAGGCCAGUGUUUACAACCUAAAACUAAUGAACUUGUGUCUCUAGCAUUUUGCACUCUAUGAUGUCACCACCGUGCGCGGCUUGCCGUCCAGAACGAGGCUUGACACGCUGCUCGUCCCCUAUGCUUGGUUUGUGGCGUCAGAGACGCGCGACUCCUCGUGCCAGCUUAGAGGUUGCCUGGUUUGAAGCCUGUGGCAGUCGGGAUUUGUCCCAUGUAAGUAGAUGGCUGUGAAGGAGACAUGUUGUUUUAUUUUUGGUAAUGUUUUGGUGUAUCUUGUUUGGAUAUUAACCUACAUACUGUAGGGAGUAUGAUAACCACCUCACUGCCAGUGACCUCUGGGAGAAUUGGCCAUGGCUUUUACUGUAGGGACUAAUUUAAUAGACUCAAAGUUAUUUACACUUAACUGUCAGUCACCAAGAUUAAUCUCUUCAUCUGCUGUGACAGCUGCUGCUUCAUAUAUAUUUUUAUAUUAAGCCUGAGUAUUAAAUGGUUUUUACUCAGCCAUGUAUGGUACAUUGCACAUUGUUUUGUUUAUGUUAUGGUUAAUUAAACUGUAGGUUUCCUGUCUGACCUUGGGUUGUUGUUUUUGUUGUUGUUGUGGAAAUGUCAGUUAUGUAUAAGACAUUAAUCUUGUGUAUGUAUAUAUUUACUUUGUUAAACUCAGGAAUGUAUAUAAAGUACAUUAAAUGUUUUUUUUAAUAAAAUAAAUGUCUUUGUGUGUAGACCCAUACAUACAUACACACACAUACAUACAUACAUACAUACAUACAUACAUACAUACAUACAUACACACAAAAAGCUGAACUUGGUGACUAUGAUGUGAAGAAAUUGAAACUCUUUCACCAAUUUUAUAACUGAGGUGGGCAAACGUCAGGCCCCUAGUCGGGUUACAUACAUAAUGAGAGUUAUGGCUCUGCAGAUGUGGGUCUACUUAUUGGCCACUUUUGAUAAAUCAUGUGGGUUUGUUGGUCUACUCUAUUGGGCCACUUCAAAUACACAAAAAAUACUUGAAAGGAAAGUGCUAGUGUAAGCAAACAUAAGCGUUGCUCAAAAAGAAGAGUGUCUGAAUUGUGACUUGUUAAGGAAAGUUAAGAUCAUUACUUCGCACUUUGUUUAAAAUGAUUUAUGUAUUUCCAAUUUAAAAGCAAUAUAAUUAGUAUUCCUGUAUGAAGUUAUUUCCUGACCUUUGUUAUUUCAGACCUUUGCUGCAAGUGUGUUCCAUAACUGUCAUUUAAUUAUUAUUUAUUAUUUGAUAGUGAACAGAUAUGGGUGCGUCAACAUCAGCUUCAACAACUCUGCCGAUCUCAACAGUACCAGAACAAACGAAAACUUCAUUAUCUCCACCACCAGGAUGCCCCAUGCAUCAAAAGGAUAUGUCAGGUACCAAUUAAUUUGGAAAUUAUGAAAAAAUGAUUUUCCUUAGCCUCAGUGUUUUGGUUGAUCAUUUAGUUUCUAUCUGCACUACAGAUUAUUGUAAAGAGUCAUACAUAAUAUGUUCAGCAAAUCUUGUACCAUAUUAGAGUGAUCAAUGAAUGCUUUGUUUGACGUGUUGUAUGCAAAUUGUUGUUUAUUUUUAAAGCAAUGAUAAUUGUUGGUUGUACAUCAGUGGGUAGCUUAAUUUUAGUGUACAUCUGACUAGCAGUGUAAAUUUAGUUUUAGUCCUAAUCUUUUGACUAAAAAGCCAUUUUAGUUUGUCGUAUUUUAGUCAUCUGUAUUGUUUUAGUUGGCUAAAUCUAAAAAAUUUAAGUAGACUAAAAUUUGACUAGAAUUGUUAGUCGACAAAAUUAACACUAGGUUGCAUGAGUCAUCUAAUUACAAGGCAUUAAAGUGAACUUGCCUUGGAAGAAAAUCGAGGUUUGCAGAUUUCUAACCAUCUGGCUUGACUCAUUUUAUACAAUUAUGUGUUUCUUCCAUUAAUAUUGUUAAAAAGAUCUUUUUUUCUUUUUUUUUUUUAGGGAUUCUAUAGUCACCAGAACAACUACAGCUUUAUGUAUUCUGUUUUUUAUAGUAUGUCCUUUAAGUACAGUUCAGAGAAAAGGCAGUGUUUACAUUGCUGCCUAGGGGAUACCUCUACUGGUAGUCACUCGGAUGCCCACUAGAGGUGCUUCUUGGGUCAGUGCUGCACAGUACGCAGCACUUCCUUGGUCAAUGAAUCUCUAUGAGGAGAUGCUGAUUGGGUGCACUGCAGUGUUUUGCCGUUAGCUUUCCAAUUCUUUCUUUUAGGAAAGCAUUGGAUUGGCUGAGAUCAUCAAAUUUGAUGGUCUCAACCAAGGUGAAUGGAUCCAACUGUGGCGGACCAGCGUGGCACUGGGAUAAAUGUUAAGUCUCCAACACUUUUUUUUUUGGGGGGGUCUUUGUGUAUAUAAAACUUAUGUUCUCUCUCUCCAUUUUCCAAUUGCUUGUCCAAAUUUGCUGCAAUAAAUCAUUCUGGCUGUUUCUCUCCUCUCUUCCACAUAGCCUGCUCCUUCUACUUCUUCUCCCUGCAGGCAUUGGUUUUCCUUUGACUGAAUUUGAGCAGGAGAGAUGCUUAGAGGGUUUUCCUGAUAAUUGACAAGCAGAGCACAGCUUUCUCAUCUGUGUGCCGUUUGCAUAGGUCCAGCUUAGACUGAACUGACUAAUAGGAGGAAAGGGCAUUUUUUAGCCUCUGAUUUUAGAUAAAUCUAGACAUUUUCUAGCAAUUCUGCUAGCACAAUGUACAGAUGAAAUUAAAUUCUCUAUCAUUCAUUUAAAGCAGGGCUUGACAAAUUUGUUUAUAUUAUAGGAGCCAGCUAAAAAAUUAGGAGCCAUUUUUUUAUUUUUAUUUUUUUUUGUUAAACUAACAAAGUUUACGAGAAAAAUGCAAUUCUUAAAGGGACACUAAAGUCACCAGAAUCGCUAAAGUUUAAUGUAGUUGUUCUGGUGUCUAUAGCCUCUCCCUGCAGGCUUCUCAAUGUAAGCCCUGCCUUUUCAGAGUGACUGCCACUUAGUUGACCACUAAAAUUCUAGGUCAGAGCUGCACAGUGUGCAGCACCCACGUUCAGCAUCUCCAAGCUCAACAUGGAGGUGCUGAAUGUUUUCAUUGAGAUGCAAUUAUUUAAUGCAUCUCUGAGGAGAGUGCUGAUUUGCACAGCGUAUUUUGCUGGGCAUGCACAAUAUGCUCCCAGUGUUUUCCUAUGGUAAAGAAUUGGCUUACAGGACCACUAUAGGCACUCAGAUCACGUCAGCUCAAUGAAGUGGUCUGGGUGCCAGAUCCCUCUAGUGUUAACCCUGCAGCUGAAAACAGUGAGGGUUAAUCCUGCCUCUAGUGACUGUCUCACUGCCAGCCGCUAUAAGCGCUUCUGUGCUUCUCACUGUGAAAAUCACAGUGAGAAGACGCUGGACGUCCAUAGGGAAGCAUUGAGAAAUGCUUUCCUAUGGACAGUCUGAUAGCGCGCUCUUGCCGCGCAUGCGCAUUCGGCGCUGACGUCUGCAGAGGGAGGAGAGUUCCCCAGCACCGAGGGAGCCUGCCGCUGAAGGGGUUUUAAUCCCUUCAGCCCAGCGGGAGUAAGACCCUGAGGGUGGGGGACCUAAAGACCCUAUAGUGGCACUAUAGUGGUCCUUUAACUGAGAUUAUUGAUUACAUCAGCCAUGGAGGUGGCAAAACUGGCACGGCGUGGGAAAAAAGGUGAGUAAAAACACCUUUCCUAUUCAAUUGGAGGGGGCAGAUACCUAUGACAGACAGACAGACAGAGACACACACUUUAAUUUAAAUUCACCCAGCCUCCCUACCUUUGGGAAAACAGAGUGGAUCUUUCCCUGGGGUCCAGUGUGCUGCUCUCUAAUCUUUCUGCACUUCCUCUCUGCUCCCCUGCACGCUCUCUGUAAUGAUACCGGGGCCGUAGUGACGUCAUAUUCCAGCUCCCGCCAUCACUAAACAGCGCCUCCAAGCUCCCCUCGGCGGCCAGCCAGCCAGCUUCAGUGUUUCCUGCACAGCUUAGCUAAAGGGCUGACAAAUCCCAGGCGCCAGGCCGAACAUUUUAGCCAACCUGGCGCUUAGGAUUUGUCGACCUCUGAUUUAAGGGAACACUAUAGGGUCAGGAACACAAACAUAUAUUCCUGAUCCUAUAGUGUUAAAAACACUAUCUAAAUAUUAAAUCAUUUGAAAAUAUUUUCCAAAAAUAUUAAAUGGCGACCAAAGUUGGUAUUAAAGCACAGGUUUUAGGCUUAUCAGGUCAUAUUCUUCACUCUGUAACUUUAUUUUGGUCAUUUUUCUAUACCAUGUUGUUAAAAUUCUAUACAUCUAAAUGCAUGGUGAUUUAAGAUAAAACCAUUAUAUGUAAAACCACGCAAAAUGAAUUGUAUCAGUACAAAUGCCCAGCGGCCUCCCCCCCUCCCCCCUUUUCUUUUUUUCUCCACAGUUUUCUACGCAUUCAUCUAUUCAGCUCUUUUAUCGCAUAAUUUAUUUUAAUGUGUUUAAAUUAGAAUUAUCCUUUUUAGAGAAAUACAGCUGACCGUAUUAAAUGGGAACUGUAGGUUCCCAGGUUUGGUUUUUGUAUAUGUAUUUGUGAGUUAUUGAAAAAUAGAAUUCACAAAUAAAUAUUUGCACCUCUUCAUCCUGCACCUGGGCAUCUUUAUUGUCUUCAUCUUUGCACCUGGCAGUCCGCGUGGAGAAAGCAUACAGAGAAAAUGAGAAAUCCCCUUUUAAUUUGCCAUGUGUGCUCUGGCUUUGCCUUGUCUGAACUAAGUCAUGAUGUAAUUUGCUAAAUCUUUAAAGGAACACUCCACACUAAAAUUUGUGGAAGGGGGGGAAGAAAAAAUAAUCACUGUUUUUUUUUUUUUUUUUUUUUCAUGAAUGUAUAUCUUAAAAUAGCUCAUGGGUUGAGAGUGUCAGAUGUUAAAGCCAAAAAGUAAUUUUCCUAUGAAGUGCCCCGCAUCAUAGUUAAUAUAGCAAGUAGGUUCUCGCAUUUGGUAUUUGUGGCUCAAUCCCAAACAAGGUAGUAAGUGUAGAGCAAUUGCUGCAUAGCAAGGGCAGUUUGCUUAAUUCAAUGCCUACAAAUGGCAUCUAGAUGCACGCUAAGCAGACUAUUCAAGCAAAUUCGGUACUUCGGUACUACGCUACAAUAAUCAGAAGGCUGCAGUAAAUGGGAUGUAUUUAUGUAAUUUGCCAGAAGAUGUCACUAUUUUCUCAGCAUGCAUGUUAUGUUGCAAUCGUAAAAUAGAAAAAGGAAAAAAAAACAAAGAAACGUAAUGACUGACUAAAAUCUAUUUCCCCAAUACCUAUCUUUUUUGUUUUUCUUCUUCUCUCUUCUCCCACCCCCUUUAUCAAAGGCAAGACUGUAUUGGCCUUCAAUGGUAAUUACAUAGGAUAAGUGAUUCCCUACACAGAGCUUGCCAACUGCAACCUGCCCAAGGGAUCAUGGAAAAUAAAUAGCCACAACUUGAACUGAGUCAAGUAGGGAUAAAACCACAUCACCGCCCAUAUUAAUUUGAAAGGGAAAAAAGUUUGUUCCCCUCCCCUCUUUCCUCUCACCCCCUCCCUCUCUACACACACCUUAAGAAACAAAAACACACAAAGUAAGAAGCAAGUUGUCAUGGUGUGAAGAGGACCCAGUCUGCCCUUGCACCUCCCAUUAAUGAAUGAGAUAUAUACCUUUUUACUUCUUUUAGCUUCUCAGCGGCACUUGAUCCGAUGCUUCCCCAUUGAAGCCUCAGGCAUUGAGAGGAUGUUCAGGGGAGAGUGACUGGGCGCCAUCGUCCAGACUUUGAGGUUAAACCGUUCAUUUCUGGAGAGAAGACUGUGUCUGGUACUCCCUUGCACUAUAGCAACUUAAUUGCAAUUAAGUUGUCAUGGUACCUGGAUUAUCCCUUUUAAUUUUGCAUACCAAGUUCCAUUGAUGUGUGUGUGUGUGUGUGUGUGUGUGUGUGUGUGUGUGUGUGUGUGUGUGUAUGUUUCCUAUAAAUACUCACAAGUGAUUGUUUUAAAAUUUGUAAUUUUUGUUUAGGUUAAAUAAAAGAAGAAAUUCUCUGAGUAGAAUAGCAUAAUUUUAGUGAUUAAUUAAGUAUAUCAAUGUUUGUUUCCUAGAAGAAACAAAAAUCUCUGAAAGAAAUUAACAUAGUAUGUUCACUUGCUGCAUGUUUCAAUUUUAACUGGGUCACAGUGCAUUAAAUGACCGUUAUAAGAGCAUAUUCAUCAAUACUCUCACCCAUUCCAGGCAUAUAUUUUUUUUAUUUUUUUUUACGAGGGCUUUUUGCUUACUGUUACUAUUUUCUUUGGAAUUUGUAAUGUUCAUGUUUUACUUACCAAGUCGUUGCUAUUAUAUCUUUUCCUUUUCCUAAUUGUUGCAGGAUGCCCAAUGAAUAAAGAAACCCCAGAAACUGCCGUUGCCGAUGCCAGCUGCUCUGGUCCAUCACAUCAGGAAAGGGCGUAUGAGUUUGUCGGGUGUCCAAUGAAAGUGCAAAACAAAGAUGACAUUGAUCCCAGCAAUAUGGUAAGGUGUUAACCUUGUGAAAUAAUUUCCCUUGUCUCAUAAACAGUUAUUGUUUGUUACUAAUUUAUAGCAUAUAAGGAAGAUGCUAGAAUGUUUUGCUAUUGCUUCACAGUGAAUAAAAUGCAAAUUGUACUAGUGAAAGUUGCUUGCAAAUGUAUAAAUUCAGAAUUUGUUUUUGGUUAGCUUACUUACAUGUGAUGCAGCUCAUGUACAUGUGAUAUAUACGGUUUAGCGGGGAUAAUCAAAUUUACAUAUUGUGUCUAAUGUGUCUGGCACAAUAUUUAAAGUGGUAAAAUAGAAACAUCUUUUAUUUUUAUAAAUGGGGUAGCACAAUAAAUGGCUAGCUUUUUCUUGGCUAUUCAGUUUGACACGUGCCUGUUCUACUUUAAAUAUGUACACUGGUCUCUAAAUAACAAUAUGCUUUUAGUAGAAAUUAAAUUGUUUGUUUGUCUGUGACGUAUUUUGGAAUUUUGCAUAUUACACUUGAUUAUUUCCAUCACUAAUAAUGAAUGAUUUUUUUUUUUUUAAAUAAUUGUAUCAGCUACUGCAGUAUGAUAAAGUCUUUACUAAUCAGGGCAUAAAAAUUAAUAUUUUUUUUUUUUUUUGAGAGCGUAUCUUACUAUAAUUAAAUUAUCUUUCCGUUUGCCGUAGAUGAUGCCACAAACAUUUAAUGUCUAUCGGUUAAUUGUUUGCAUAUGAACUCUGUAAAUGUGUAAACAACUGCUCCAAGCAGAUUUUUCACAUUAUUAGUACAUUGAUUAGUAACAAGUUUACUUGGAGUCUAUGAGUUUUAACAAAGUACUGGUACAUACCUGUUCAUAAAAAUACAGUGUGGGACAUUUAUCAAAGUUUUGGGGAAGUCGUUAAGAAUCUGUUCCACUUUAUCAAGCAACUAUUCAAAUAUUUUGGAUUAUAUUAAAACCUAAAAAAAUAGAACACUUUUUAUGUGAACAAGAAUAAGGUUAAAUGUUAAUUAAUGGAAUAUGGUAUCUAAACCAUAACACACCAGGAAAAUAAGAUGGAAAACAUGUAAAUGUAGCAGUAGAAAAAGGCAGAAUUGAUAAUUUUGCCAAAAAAGUCACAUAAAGGGAGCAGAUAUUUGUGUGACACUGUAAUAGACCCCCAUUCUGGCCAGUAUCUUUAGAAGGUGGAUAGAGUGGGUGUAGGCCUGUGAGAAUAGAUCACUGCGAGGUCCUACUUGGGGCCUUGUUUAUCAUCCUGAUAGUAUCUUGGCUACCCACGGGAGAAUAUACUGCACUGGGGGCACACUAUCCAUUUUCCUUCUUUGGUCCUCAACUGGUAGCAUAUAUUCGAGACUUGGGCAGGCCUGCUGUAGUGGUAAAGAAAUAUAACAGAACUGCUAUCGACAGACUUCAGGUAUGGUGUGCUACUGGUUAAUUAAAGGCUUACUCCAAGCCCAAUGACCAAAUUUAGUGACUUGAAGUGGUCAUGGUGCUUGGACUGUGUUAUUAAUUAAUUAAUUUAUUUAUUUUUUCCUCUGAUAAUUUUCUUAAAUUUGUAUAAUGUUUUCCAUUUUAGAUGCCUCCUCCGAAUCAGUGUCCAGCUCCAGAUCAACCAUUCCCUCUUGGUUUGAACCGUGAAGAAUCCACCAUUCCGCGUGCUGACAGUGAUAAAAAAUGGGUUUAUCCUUCUGAACAAAUGUUCUGGAAUGCAAUGCUAAGGAAGGGGUAAGUGCCAUAGUUCUGUAAAACUAGUAUGUGGGCUUGUGUGUAUGUCUGCAUCCUGAUCUAUAAUCUGCUUUGUUAGUGAAUUGACCAUGCUGGCAUAUUGUAUGCAAGGCUCUUUGUCAGAUGUUCUAUUGGUGGAUGUCAGGAUACUCGAAUCAUUCCAAUUUAUUAUAUGAUUAAUUAUUCCUGCACGGAGAGAGGGCAUAACACUAGCAUUGUAAGUAUAGUGUAAUGCUUACGCUGAUUGGGGAAAACCCUUCUAAACAGUUUCUUUUAGGUUGCGCAUUGGGCCCACAAGUAGUUCACUUUAAUCCCUAUAUUGAUAGAAAAAAGUAUACUGUCAAUUUUGCAAUGUGAGCGUUUUCCGUUGUGUUUUGAAACUUUUCCGUUUCAAAAUGUACAGUUGCAUAGUUAGGGCUGUGUACUUAACUUUUUAAUCUGUGCGCAUGUUUAGUUACUUUUAAAUAUAAUGGAAACUUAAAGGGCAAUUGACACAUCUGAGGUUUAUGCACAGUCUGAUAGCAUAGUUCAUUUAAAAAAAAAUGUAUUUCUCUAAUUUGCGAUGUAUACCUGGAGGUCUUGGCCCAGCCAAAGCAUAGCACUCAAUAUAACUUAACACCCAGAGAAACAAAUGCGUUCGGAAAUCUGUGUGUGUGGCACAAUGGGAGGAAUUGUGCAUGCACAAUUACAGCAUUUAUCUGCAGAUGCACAGGACAUCACUGGGUGAUAACUUCACUCUGAACACACGUGCUGCGGAGGUAUAUGGGUUUAGUAGUUGUUUUUUUAGUUUUAGUUUUUGUUGUUUUGUUUUAUAAUGCUUCCACUGCACCACUUGUCUCAGUAAGCACUUGAAUGGCUUUUAUGGAGAAUUAGGCAAUGCUUAACAGCCCUUCCAAUGAAGUGACCUUUCCCCUGUAGGUUUUCUGUUUCUGUUAAAGACGCUGUAAUGAUUGUCUGUGAUCAUGCAGAUGGGAUACAGUACAUCUGUCUAUAGAUCCACCCCAUGCAGGCAUCUGCCCAUUUAACCCAUGCAAGACCAACAGCAUAUUAAGGAAAAAAGUAAGUUAACCAUUAUCUUUAGGAAAACAGUAAAUGGCCUUUAUGUACCUAUGUAUAUUGAUCCACCGAAUUGAAUGUCAUGAUGAGUUGACUGUUGCAUAACUUAAUUACCCUUAAUUCUGAAAUUGCAUCACCGUAGUACAAUAAACAGAUGAGUAGUGAAUAAUAACUUUGAAGAAAUAAAAUAAUGUAAAUCGCCACCUUUACUUUGUGUCUAAACAUCAGGUGGAAAUGGAAGGAAGAAGAUGUUAACCCAAAGGACAUGGAAAAUAUUAUUAAAAUUCACAACAAGAAUAAUGAGCAGGCGUGGUCCGAAAUCCUGAAGUGGGAGGCCCUUCACGCAACGUAAGUUCUGUGCGCGUAAGUUCUGUGUAGACAUUGUAUCAUAUAUAUGUGUCUAUAUACAAUACAUGUCCUAUAAAGACAUUAAAGGAACACUGCAGACACACAAAGCUCUUCAGCUUCAACGAGAAGCCUCUGAUCGGAUUAUUCUCCAGCACAGACUGAAAGCCCCUGUUUAGCAAAGAAAGGAGGGUUUGCAGAUAGUGUGUGUAAUUACAUUUUCUUUUUGUGUUUGUUCCAAUUUGAAUGUUAGACCUAUUCUCCUUAACUCCGAUUUUGUAUGUAUUCCUGCAUGGACCAUUAUAUAAAUAUAUCCUUUGCUUUCAACUCUGUUCUGACAAUUUGUAUCUCUCUGCAUAUUUAGGGAAUGCCCUUGUGGCCCCACUCUAGCUCGCUUUGGAGGCAAAGCAAAGGAGUAUUCUCCUAGAGCACGUAUCCGCUCCUGGAUGGGGUAUGUAUUUACUUUUAGCUCACACGUUCUGUAUUUAAUUAUUCCUUAUUUUAUUGUAAAUUCCCUGUCUUGAACUUCCUUAGGUAUGAACUCCCGUUUGAUCGCCAUGACUGGAUUGUAGAUCGCUGCGGGAAAGAAGUCCGAUAUGUUAUUGAUUACUAUGAUGGCGGCGAAGUAGAUAAAAACUAUCAGUUCUCCAUUUUAGAUGUCCGCCCUGCUUUUGACUCUAUGGGGGCUGUUUGGGAUCGAAUGAAAGUAGCAUGGUGGCGCUGGACAUCUUAAACUGUUCAAUGAAAGGGCCAACAUUACUAAAACGUGAAUUGAGUUGAUGAGUUACUUUUGUUACAAGUGCUAACCAAUUCAGGCAUAGAGCUAUCCUCUAAGGGGCAAAUUCACUGCAUUAGGGAAAGCCAAAUCUAAUUCUGACUGUUUUGGAACUACUACUCUCAUAAAUCUCUACCACCUACUAGCAACUGUCUGGUGGACGUUCAUGUGAGUUGUAGUUCUGUGAAGCUGGUGGAAUGCAUUUAAUUAUUUCGGCACUAAAGUGUGAUAUGUUUUCUCUUCGUUAAGAGAAACCUGAUUUCAUUAUUUAUUGAAUGUACAUUAAAGCUAAUGAGACCUCACACACACAAACCUAAGGGAUUCGUUAGGGACGGUCAGUCAAAAUGUAGAAAUACAACAGCAAUGAUGCUUUGCCAGCCUUAGCAGGGAUUGUUAUACACAGGUAGGGGUGUCUUUUUGUCUAAUCCUGGGUUUGACAACUUUGGAUAUGUCUGUAAUAUAAAGAGCUUUCACCAAAUGAUCACAGCUUAAUGCAUCUCUCCCUUGGAGUAUGCAGCCCAAUUUCACCAUUUAUUUAGAAAAAGCCCACGGAUUAAAAGAAAAUACAAACUGGAAAAUCCCAAGUGUGAAUGUGAAACUAUUUAUUAUUUUAAGAUUGUGCUUUCUGAACCAUUUAUUAAAUUAGUAACCCACUCUUAGACGAAGGCAAAGUUUAUAUUUCUGGUUUAUGGUGGGUAGGAGUCAAAUUAGGCUUUCAUUUCUAGUUAGGGAGAUAUUUUCAAUAAAAAAAAUGUACCAAUAUAUAUUCUGAACUACUAUAUAGCUGAGGGCUGCUGUAUGCACGUUAAAUACAUAAAUAAACUUCUUUUUAAUGUUUUCCUCUGCGUUUAUUCAGAAAGUAUUAGCAUUGUGCUUUUUUAUUUUUUAUUAAGCAGUUAAUUGUGGUGAACUAACAACUUGAUAACACUUUUAAUUCUUUCAUUAUUUCUGCAUUAUUACUGAUUUGGUAAACUCUUUUUACAUUUUACCUUUCAAGAUAGAAAUGGCAUCUGGUCAGCAACUUUUAUACAGAGUUAAAGUUUAAUCAACAGACCAGAAAAAAAUGGCACUUUAUUAAAAUUGAUACUUGAGUUGUAAUGUCUACUGAGCAAGAUUCAGAACCUCUUUAUAAUUUGUGUUGAUAUUAGUCUCACAACUGUUGUACUCUGCAUUAUACUAUAAUCCAUCAAAGAAUUUUAUUUGUUUUUAUUCCAUUUGGAGCAUUGGCCUACUAACUGAACUUUGGACUUGUCACGGGUUCCAGGGUCUCUUAUGCCUCGUUUCCACUGAGCGGAUCGGUUCGGGUCGGUACAGUUUGGAAGGUUUGGACAACCAAAAUAUGGAACCGAACCGAUCAGUGGAAAUGAGGCAUAAGUGUCCCUUGGUCGCCGCUUCUCUAAUCCUCCUGGAUUCAGCUACAGCAUACAGUGAUUGUAGUCCUCUGGAACUGUGUAAAAUUCCCCAAUAUAGUGGACAAGACCAGUCGUAUUGGGUAAAACAAGAGAACUGUUUAUUUCAGAGAAAAACACAUGCAGGGGGUCUUCAGUCAGCACAAUGCAAACCACUCCCUGGUGUCUUGGACAUAAUUGGGUCAUAAGACAUGAUAACUUCAUUUCAUGCUGGACACAAAGACACAUGGCAAAAUAGCUUUUACAUAAUACAAUUAACACACUAGCUUUCAUCCAGCUGAACAUUUUACAUAAUAACUCAACAGUAACACAAUGUACCCCCAUAUCCUAUAAAGUCUGUGACCAGGCCCAUAGUCUGUGGGCAGGUUAGCUGUUAUGUUUCUCCAGCAGGCUGUGGCACGGGAGUUUCCGUGACAGGACUGACUUGCUGCAAUAUGUAGACCAAAGUAGCAAGCAGAGUUUAAUGAAGUCUAUCUUGUCUCAAGUGAAGAUUUUGUGUUUAUAUUACUGCAAUUUCAUAGCAAUAGUCUCUCGACAUUGGCAUUCGCUUUUCUCCUGCCCUUUUUAUAAAUAUCUGAUGUAAAAUCACAAAUUCGAAAAACUUGUGAUAAGUCACUCCUUUAGCUACGAAGUCUGCACAAAAACACGAAAGUGGUUCUCUCUCGAUCCCAACUUAGACAAAUGUAAGCUAAAACUGUCAGACAAUUGUAGGUGCGCUCGACAAAUGGAAGGCACAACUUUUCAUGUGUCAUACAGACACUUUUUUUUUUUUACAUUUUUUAUUUUUCCUGUGCAUAUACAUUUAACAUACACUUAUGAGGUACCCUAAAGGCAACCCUCUAGCGUUUCACAUUUAAGUAUUACAUUGGGGUAUAUGAGAGACGUGCACAUUUUUUGUUAUUAAGUCAUAUGUGUAACAUGCGCAGUGUUAGUAUAUGAUCAUGCUUGGUUGGUUAUAUCAUAAAGAACGUUAUGUUAGCAGGCUGAUUAAACAUUAUGUUCAUUUUAAAUUAACAAUCUAACUGAGGAAAACAGGCUAGGGUUAACUGUGAUAUAAGAUUAGUUACGUUUGGUUAAUUUAAGCUAUCCACAAGAUAUAUCUACUUGUCAGCAAGCUACAGGUUAAGCGUUGGGGGAAUAAUCCCCUGUGAAUAAUUAUGGGCUAGGGGCACACUUGCGGCGCUAUAGUCCUGGCAACUGCUGGUGUGAUAACCGACAUAAGGGUAGCCAACCGGUAGAUGAGAUUCUGAGCCAAAUAAGAUGAACAGAGCUUGAGUGUGAAGAGAGUCACUGUUUAAUAGACGUUGCUUGAAGUGGUACGGCUUUGGGUCAAGGGGCUUGGUCACGGAGAGGCAGUGGCCGUCCAGAUAAUGAGCAAUACACUUCUUGAGUGGUAUAUAUCACUCCGGUUGUUAGUCCAUGCAGGUGCCCGGUCUUGCAUGUGAGGCCAGUGUACAGGACGCUGCGUCAGCCUAUUCCUUUGUUGGGUCGUGUGGCUGUUGGAGCGUGAACGGUGCUGAGUGAUUGUGAGGGCUUUUCCCCAGGCCCAGGCCUCUUGUGCUCAGACGUCUAUGUGAGCCGGGUCUUUCCACUUGUGGGUGCCGUGGAUGGGCCUGGUGUUUCGCUGGCGGCCGGCGGGCUUCCGGCGUGGUGGCUGAAGCUUUGGAGUACAUCUCCGUGGGACCUCCGGCCUGGGUGGGUAUUCAGUGGUCGCAGCGGGUGUGGAGGGGAAAGCUUUACCUGGGAUCAGCCCACUCCUUCCCCAUCUCACCUCCUCCGUCCUGUCUCUGUUUGCAGGGGGGGACCUGGCUAGGAGUCAUUCCAGAUGGGCCCAGAAUUUUUGGAAAAUCCGGUCCAGGCUGGUAGGCUGGGGCAAUGUGAGUUUAGGCCUGCAUACAGCAUCCGCCAUGUUGCUGGGUUUGGCCCAUCUAGCACCCCAGUCCGGAUGGUCAGCUGCAGUCUGUGUUGCUUUGCAUGCCGUAUUAGUGGGGACCGGGAUAACCCCCGCCGGUCGAUAGGGGGGGACGGGGAUGGAGGCUCGAGCUGUGCUUUUCAGUGCUUUUGGACGAUGGGAGAGCGGCCGCCUCCCCCAUGUCUGCAUCGUGUGUAGGCCUCAAUGGCUGAGUAGUCAGAAUUCUUAAAACAAAAGUGCAUUAAUAUUUAGCACAGAGCUUGACAAAUCCCAGGUCGCCAUGGUGUUUCUCAGCCUGUUCCCCACUGGCCCAACACCAACCCCCAUGCCAUGGUGGCCGCAAAGGAGCUCUAAUCUUCCUGCUCUUCUUGAUCUGCUUCCCCACAUGUACUGCGUUGAUGCCAGGACCUGGGAAACUACAUCACUUUGGCCCUGCAUCACUAAACAGCGCACAAGCUAGCAAAGCAAGAAGAUCUUUAAGAUUACAUAAUUACUGCAGCUCCAAUGGUCCCCAGGUAAAGGAUCCACUCUAGCUCUCCCGAAGGUAGGGACAAAAAUAAUUUGUGACUGUGUUAGAGAAUGUUUGUGUAUGUCUGUGUUAACCCCUUAGUGACCAGACCGCUUUUCAAUUUUCUUACCGUUAAGGACCAGGGCUGUUUUUACAUUUCUGCGGUGUUUGUGUUCAGCUGUAGUUUUCCUUUUACUUAUUUACUGUACCCACACAUUUUAUAUACUGUUUUUCUCGCCAUUAAGUGGUCUUUCUGAAGAUACUAUUAUUUGCAUCAUAUCAUAUAAUUUACUAUAAAAAAUUAUACAAUAUGAUGAAACAAUGUAAAAAAACAAAAAAAAUUGAACUUGGCCCCCAAAAUCUGUUACGCAUCUACAACCACCAAAAAACACCCGUGCUAAAUCGUUUCUAAAUUUUGUUCUGAGUUUAUAAAUACCCAAUGUUAACAUGUUCUUAGCUUUUUUUUUGGGGAGAAUUAUAGGGCUAUAAAUACAAGUAGAACACAUAUAUAUAUAUUUUUUUUAAAAGAAGGAAACCUAAAGUAUUAAUCUUGGGGUAUAUUGGCUCUUUUUCAUACAAACAUUUUACCAAAAAUAUAUGCCAAAUAAAAAAAAAAAAAAGAAAUUGGUGAUUUUUAUGACAUAGCACUUUGAGAAUACAUGUACUGAGAAUGUUAAGGGUUACUGCCAAAGAACACCCCAAUAUGUGUUCAGCAACAUCUCCUGGGACAGUGAUACCACUAAUGUAUAGGUGUGUUGGGUUCUCUGGGGGCUAAAAGACCUUAUUUGGAGGGUGCGUAUUCCAGUUUUCCAACUUGGAAUUUUCACAGCUGGUCAUCAUGCACCCAUAUCCUAUUUGGGACAUUUUUGAAGCAAAAAUGCAAAUGCAAAAAACAAUUAUGAAUGCUAACUUUGGCCAGUGUUUGUGACUAAGUGGCUACAAAAAAAGACUGAACAUACCCCAUUUGCAAUACCUUGAGUUUCCUUUUUUUGCAAAUAGCAUGCCAUCAUGGGGGUAAUUCUCAUUCCUGGGCUACCAUAUGCUCUCAAAGGCAACAUAACCAAUCUGGCAAAUUUCAAUGUGAAAAAACUGCGUUAUAUUUGACUCUGUAACUUUCAAAAACACUAUAAAACUUGUACUGUUAUACUCAGGAGACUUCACUGAACACAAAUAUUAGCGUUUCAAAACAGCACCCUAUUUAUGCAUGUUCAGGUAAGUGCAGCCCCUUUGUUUCAUAUAUAUUUAUAAUAUAUUUGGGAGUCUAGCCAAAUCCUUGGUUUUGCCUCAUCCCUAGGCCCUGUUUAUCCUUGUACUGCAGAGAGCCCCAGAUGGAAUUUUUUACCCCAAGUAAGUGUGUUAAUCUCAUAAGAGCAGAUAUUAAGCUGUUAGAGUAGGACCUGCCAAAAAUGGGGUACAUUGACGUUGUGGCAGGCUUAUGCAAUGUAUGAUCAUAUAAUGUAACUAAACCCCCAUUAUUUUUGCCUAGAUUAGGUGUUUAAAAAAAUAAAUAAAUCAGUGACCAAUGCACACACACAUUCACUGACUCAGAGUGACAGACACACACUGGCCCAAGCACACAUACACUGACUCGUAUAUAUAUUAUGUGUGUGUGUGUGUGUGUAUAUAUAUAUAUAGACACACACACACACUCUCUCUCUCUCCCCCCCCCAAGCAGACACACACACACAAACACUGACUCAGACUGACACACAUUCUUUAGAACAUACACACACUAAGUUCCCCUCUUGCCUUCACUUCACAAUGACUCAGUCUCUUCUUGUGUCCCAGGCUUCUGGACUGCACCUGGCUGCAUCCACUCUCUCUGUUCCGCCCCCUGCAAUCCUCCAGCCCACUUGACCCCGAGUACAGGGGAAGGGGCGGGAGCGAUCUAACGAAGCUCCCCUGCGCUGCUGUCAUGAGAGGUGUGUGGGGGAGAGGGGGCGGCUCUGUGAACUUUUCAGUCUGAGGUUAAUUGCACCGGGUGCUAGUCUGCAGCUACAAAAGUUGCUACCUAGCGCCCAGUGCCAUCACCUGUGGCAUGAACUACAGACUUUGUCCCACGUAGAGGGGCAGCUCAAAUCAGCAGUAAAGCUGCUGCUGGCGCCCCCCUUUGAGAAGGACCCCAGGCGGCUGCCUAAUCGGCCUAUAGGACGUGCCGGCCCUGCUCCCAUAAUGCUCUCCCUGCCAUAAUACUAGCAAAGCAUCAGGGGAAAUGUAGUGCAAAACAUCUAGGGUACCAAAAUUGGCCUAAACCUGCUCUAAAAACUGGCUAGUGGUCCUAUAGGCAUAUGGAGACUCGAUGUUAACUAUUUCAAGUUUAUGAGGAUAAAAGGAAUAAUGAAAUGUGCAUCAUUGCACAAAUACUGAGAAUUUAGAUGUAUGAACAUAUUUGGCUUUGAAAACAUGCUUUAAUUGGGGAAUGAGCUUUAUGGUUCAGUAUAAAUUGUGACACAGUGCUGUGCUCCUCAAUUUGGAAGCAAUUAUUGGAUUAUUUGACUCAUUUCAUCUCUAUUUUAAUGAACAUUUAUUUGUUCCAUUUUUAUUCUUGAUGUAACUGGACAUAAAUCAUACCUCCAUUAGGCAUUGUCCCUCAACUUUCAGUUCCUUCAAAGUUCACAUAACUUGUAUUUGCCAUGUUUGCGUAUCGGUACAUAUGGAUAUAUAAUACAUAUCCUAUACUAGUAAAUGCUUAAAGGUCCACUCUAGGCACCCAGACCACUUCAGCUUAAUGAAGUGGUCCGGGUGCCAGGUCCAGCUAGGUUUUAACCCAUUUUCUUAUAAACAUAGCAGUUUCAGAGCAACUGCUAUGUUUAUAAAUUGGUUAAUCCAGCUCUCAAAUCCUCUAGUGGCUGUCUCAUUGACAGCCGCUAGAGGCGCUUGCGUGAUUCUCACUGUGAAAAUCACAGUGAGAACACGCAAGCGUCCAUAGGAAAGCAUUGUAAAUGCUUUCCUAUGAGACCGGCUGAAUACGCGCGCAGCUCUUGCCGCGCGUGCGCAUUCAGCCGAAAGGGAGGGGAGGAGGAGGAUCGGAGGCGGAGAGCUCCCCGCCCGGCACUGGAGAAAAGUACGUUUUUAACCCCCUUCCUCUCCCCAGAGCCAGGCGGGAGGGGGACCCUGAGGGUGGGGGCACCCUCAGGGCACCAUAGUGCCAGGAAAACGAGUAUGUUUUCCUGGCACUAUAGUGGUCCUUUAACUCAUUCCUCUAUAAAAGGACCCUUAUGUACUCAUAUUUACUUAAUAACAUCUUUUCAUCACUUAAGAUAUUUUGUCACAAAAAGAUUUUUUUAUCAUAUGUUUAGUGAUCAAAAGCUGUUUGUUGAGGUGUCAAGAUUAUGCAUCAAUAGCAGCUGUUUCUCUACUGCGCUUAUUUACAUAAAUAUACAUGUAUGGAUGUACACUUUGCUUGAAUGAGGUAUGAUAUAUAUAUAUUUACAGUCACAAACUACUGAUUUUUUUUAAAGAUUGUUCAUGGCUCUUCAAGAUUCCAUUCUUUUGCUCCUAUUACAUCUCAUCUUUAUCCAGAGGCGUAACUAGCCCUGGGCCCCCCCCACCCCCCCAUACGUACGUCUACCCCCCCACCCCACUCUGACUCCCACCUUUCUUCCUCCCGCGCGGGCUCUGUGAUUGAAGGGAGGAAAUGGAGGCCAGGUCGCUGACCAGGCCCCCAGGGAAUUAAUUUCCAUCUGCUGGCCCUAACAGCAUGGGCCCCCUGAUGGGCCCUUUAACGUGCGGCCCCGGCAGUUAUACUGGGAAGGCUAGGGCCGGAACACAUGGACGGCGGGCACCCAGUUGUAGAGGUCCACAGGGCGGCCGGGCCCACUGGAGUGACAGGCCUGGUCGCAGCUGAGACCCCUGCGACAGCGAUAAUCCUGCCACUGUCUCUGUCUCUAUGGUUGGUAACUCUGUAGGAGUCCCAAAAUGAUCACACCAGUAAACCUCAUUUUAGGGUAGCUGAGCUUGAAAAAUAUUCAAAUCUUUCUGAUUCUGCAAUUGUGACCUAAAUAUGCAAUUACUUUCUCAAUAUUUCCAAAUUCCUUCCUUAUUGAAUAAACACAAAGUGAUAUUCUGUUAAAUGGACAUUCCGCUGCUCAAAUAUCUAAAGUCACUGUUUAGUUGAUAUGAAAACAUGAUGAAAACAUAAAUGCAUUUAAUGACACAUUUUUUUCAUUGGGGAAUAGAUCUAGAAACAGUUUGCAAAACUUGCUGAUCUCCUGUCUGCAGCCUUUGCAAACCCUCCCCUUCUAACCCCGCCCAGACGUUCUGUAUCUGUCCAAUCACAGGAUUUCCAAUGCAGCUCAAUGAGAAGUCUCUGAAGGUAGGUAUUCUGAGCAGUUUCUGCCUCUUGAGUUUAGCUUCACUGAGCCUCUCAGCUCCUACCUUAACUCCUCAUCCCCUACAAAUCUCCACUGCUGGAUCCGACCUAAAGUGCUGCCUCUUUCCAAACACCUCUCCCAUCCUCAGGUACAAUGAAAUCGCCGGUUCCUCUUAAUCUACUGUUCCAGAAUGAAAUGUUGGUCUUGCGUUCUAUUGCACAGUGCUGUCGAGUAGAAAUAAAUGUAAUUGUAAACAACCAGGUAGAAACAGGACUUGUUGUCUGAUUGACAGUCAAAGGGGUAACCAGGUUAAUUUAAAUCUGCACUUUUUGCAAAAUGAAAUGAAAUGAAAAAAAAAAAAAGAAGGAAGCUGAACUGCUUUUUUGGUCCAGAGUGUCCCUUUAAAAAUCAACCAGUAUAUCACAGACACUAUGUAGCAUGUGCUUACGCUAUGAACAUCUUAAAGCACCAAGACUAAAUUCCAACCUGUCAUAAAUUGACUUUCUGGCAAGUAACCCAUGACCUAAUCUUUCUUUUUCUCUAUAAUAAAAAUGUCAUGUAGCUUCCAUACCUGAAGGAUCAUCAAAGCAGUAUAAUUACAGUGAGAUCAGGAAGGUCAUGUUUUUAUUACAGAACUUAAUUUCAUGUAUAAAUAUUUCUAAUUUUGAGCUACCUUGUGUGCAUAUUUUGUGUUACAAUUAGAUUUUGACAGAUGAGCUUUCAUGACUGGCAUUAUAAUAUGUAAUUUAUUUCCGAAUGAAUACAUCAACAGGCCGUGGCUUACUCAUUGCUGGGCACUGACAGCUGUGAAAGGUAUUUAAAGUCAUUUUCUGAUGUAGAGUAUGUUCUAUUAGGUAUGGCACCUAGCAGGCACGGGAAGAGGGUUUGAAUACAUUUUACUGUCAGUAUCGGAUUGUGUUAUCCUUUCUUCUUUUGAGUGCUUUGCAAAAGAAAUGGCUCGCUUGGUCGAAGGGCUGGAAAACCUCUACUGUGUGACAAAACAGAAAAAGCACUUUAAUCUUGUAAUGUAAAUAUUGCAGUUUCUGCAACACUGCAGAGUUUAAAUGACAGGGCCACUGCACCCAGACCACUUCAUUGAGAUCAAGUGGUCGGGGUGACUAUAGUGGUCCAUUAAGCGUUUAACUCACCCAUCGUACACAAUACACUGAGAUCAGGUAUGAGUGCUACUGAUGACAGCUCUGACUAAGCUUUUGGUAGGAUUUUUACCAAACCAUGCUCUAUAAGCCAGAACUGUGACAUACCAGAGAAAGCAUUGGAUUGGCCAAAAUCGGCAUGGGGCCAGCCAAUCAGCACCUCCUCACAGAGGAGGUGCAUAUUGAGGACAAUUCAUGAGGACAUAAGGAUAUGAGGACAAUUCAGCGUCUCCAUGCAUAGUGUGGAGACACUAAAUGGCUGUGCUGCCUACUGUGCAGCACUGCCCCAUGAAGCACCUGAGGAGUGGCCACUAGAGGUGUCCCUAUGAGGCAAUGUAAACACUGCCUUUUCUCGGCAGUGUUUGCAUGAAAAUGAUUAUAAUCACCAGAACAACUACAUUAAGCUGUAGUUGUUCUGGAGACUAUAGUGUCCUUUUAAAGCUUCUAGGGGAACACGGAGAUACUCAUUGACCAGUACUCAAAUAGUUGUUUUUAAACAGUCCUCACAGCAGUAUUUUGGAACUAAAAAUUCAAAACAGACAAGAAACUCCUGUUUGUUCCUGCUACAUGUUUACACUGUGUAAUAUUAGCAGCAUUCACAACCUGUAUUGAAACUAUGGUUGAAUUUAGAAAUGAAAUAAAAAAUAAAAAAAUGAAAUGUUAUUGUUACAAGCAUGAGGAUUUGUAAUGCCCAGGUUUUUGCUGUCAAAUAAAUAAUUAUAAUAAAAUAUAAAAUGCUGUUUGACACAGCUUGUUCCUAUGUUAGUGCCCUAGUGUCAAUAGAAACCUUGCCUCUUUUAUUUGUUUGCAGCCAAGACUCAGUUUAAUUCUGGGACUCUGUAGUAAUAAAUUGGGUCAGGAGAUGACAAAAAGAUAAUUAGGCACAUAAACAGUGCCCAAAUAUCUCCCUUCGAGUAAACGGCCAAUUAUCUUUAAGAUGUCAGCAGUUUCGGUUGAGCUGAGAUGAGCUGGGAGGGUUUAAAAAAAAAAAAAAAAUGCAACAUGCCAAAAGGUGUCUGAAAAUUCUUCCAAUUAAUUACAUUCCCCUUUCUGUUAAAAAAACAGACAAACCCAAAACAUGUUUAAUCUUUGCAAGCAAUCGUCAAGGCAACUUAGAAUCCCUGCCUAGAUUACGGAUCAUUAUUUAUCCCAGUAUCAUUUUAUCAUAUUACUUAUAGCUGCAGUCAUUUGUGAACAUUGCAGCACCUGUAACCUUGCACCUACAUAUUUUACUGACGAAAUAUAAACUGGGGGCAUAAUCUGCAGUCCCCCACUCUUAGCAAUUCUUCCUCAGCUUUAUACAGCUAUUGAGUGUUUAUUGUUAUUAGGCCUACCUCCAUAUAUUGAGAGGUAGAGGCCAGGUACACUCUCUGGCUAGCCCCAUCCAGGUUGCACACCCACAGGGCAUUCAUAAAGAGCUCGUCCAUGGGCUGAUUGCUUUCAGUUUACUUUGGUCAUACUAGCAGAUAUUGAACUUUCUGUAGAUCAGGCAUAGGCAACCUUUGGCACUCCAGAUGUUUUGGACUACACCUCCCAUGAUGCUUUACCAGCAUUAUUGGUGUAAGAGUAUUAUGGGGGAUGUAGUCCACAACAUCUGGAGUGCCGAAAGUUGCCUAUCCUUGCUGUAGAUAUUUACCUUGUGUCCCCAGAAUAAAGGAUUGUACCAAAUAUUCAGGACUGUCUGGCUGAGUUUGGGACAGUUGGGAGUUAUGCAUAAUAACCUUACUGGAUUCACAGGGCACCUGUGCUCUAGGUGCAGUAAGAGGGGUUCACCAUUCCCACACUGUAGACAGUUGUUUGAUGUUCAUUAAUUAAAGGACCACUCUAGGCACCCAGACCACUUCAGCUUAAUGAAGUGGUCUAGGUGCCAGGUCCUUCUAGGGUUAACCCAUUCUUUUAUAAACAUAGCAGUUUCAGAGAAACUGCUAUGUUUAUGAAUGGGUUAAGCCUUCCCCCAAAGCCUCUAGCGGCUGUCUCAUUGACAGCCGCUAGAGGCGCUUGCGUGAUUCUCACUGUGAAAAUUACAGUGAGAGCACGCAAGCGUCCAUAGGAAAGCAUUGUAAAUGCUUUCCUAUGAGACCGGCUGAAUGCGCGCGCAGCUUCUGCCGCGCGUGCGCAUUCAGCCGACGGGGAGGAACGGAGGAGGAUGGCUCCCCGCCCAGCGCUGGAAAAAGGUAAGAUUUAACCCCUUUCCCCCUUCAAGAGCCGGGCGGGGUUGGGACCCUGAGGGUGGGGGCACCCUCGGGGCACUAUAGUGCCAGGAAAACGAGUAUGUUUUCCUGGCACUAUAGUGGUCCUUUAAUAGCGGGGUCUCAAAGACCCUAUGAGCUGCCCAUUCCCUUACAAAAUUGGAUGAAGGUGUAAGAUCAGUUAUAAUUAUAGAGAGAAGAUUCUCCAAUACUGUCUACUCACCAAAAUAAAGUCUGUGCAUUUUCCCAUUCCCUCGCCCAACUUGUAGUGACUAAUAGGUAAACUGAUUGUUACCAAUCCAGCCUAGUGUGAAGGUCGAAUAUAACAAAGUGCAAAGUGUUGCCUCCUCGGUGUAAGUGAACAUAAAAAAAAGAAAACAAUUAAAUGUGUAAAUAGAGGUCAUAUUCUCACAGCUCAAACUUUGGUGCUGGUAAAUAAAGCUCCAAAAACAGCGAAUAUAUGGAAAACAAACAAAAAUAAUAAAAUGUAACACGCUCAUUGGGACUUCUGAUACACUGGAAGAAACUUGUAUUAAAAUGCUGUUUAAUAUCCAGAACAAUAAAACACGGGGCUGGACUAACAAAAUAUAAGCAUAUAAGAGAAAUGUAAGAUCGUACACACACAAACAGUCAAAACAGGAAAGUGACACACAAAAAACAAAAGUAAAAUCUCUAAGUGAAUAGAGCGCAUAAAAUGAAGCGUCUUCACAUUCUAUUUACUGAGUUUUUCCCUUUAUUUUUUUGUUGGUUUCCCUUUCUUGUUGUGACUGUUUGUGUUUACAAUAUUACCUUCCUCUUAUACAGUUAAAUUUUGCAUGUCCUGCCUGGUGUGUUUUUUUAAUUGUUUCAUGUUAAUAAACAGCAUUUUUAGACAAUUGCCGUCCUGUGCAUCAGAAGUCUUCAGGAGGGCAUUAAAUUUGACUUUUUUUGUUUUCCAUAUAGGAUGAAGGUUGAUCCAAAUUGCAUUUAUUAUGUUAUUAUUUAUAUAGCGCCAUCAGAUUCCGCAGCGCUUUACAGUGGGUGGACGAACAAACAUGUCAUUGUAACCAGACAAGUUGGACACACAGGAACAGAGGGGUUGAGGGCCCUGCUCAAUGAGCUUACAUGCUAGAGGGAGUGGGGCAGUGGCGUACAUACCAGGGUCGCAGGGGUCGCGGUUGCGACCGGGCCCGGCCCACCAGGGGGCCCGGCCGCCCCUGCGACCCGGUAUGUAGCCACUGGGCCAGCCUCUUCUCCUAGGGGGCCCAGGAGCCGACCACCCCAGGGCCCCCCGAGGCUGGCCCUGCUGACCCCAGCUGGCGGGUGGCCGGUCGGGCAGGCGGGCGCGCGAGGGAGCACUCAGUGCUUCCUCUUCAGCUCCCUCGCGCGCGGCACUGAUACCGGAGCCGGAAGAUGACGUCAUCUUCCGGCUCCGGCAUCCCUACGCGGCGCGCGAGGGAGCUGAAGAGGAAGCACUGAGUGCUCCCUCGCGCGCCCGCCUGCCCGACCGGCCACCCGCCAGCUGGGGUCAGCAGCACCACUGGACACCAGGGAAUCCCCCCAGCACUUCAAAAGGUAAGGAGGCUGGGGGGAUUACAUUAAAAAAAAACAUGUUAGAGUGUAUGUGUGUGUUAAUGUUAGAGUGUGUGUGUGUUAGAGUGUGUGUGUGUGAGUGUUAGAGUGUAUGUGAGUGUUAGAGUGUAUGUGAGUGUGUGUGUUAGAGUGUGUGUGUGUGUUAGAGUGUGUGUGAGUGUUAGAGUGUGUGUGUGUGAGUGUGUGUUAGAGUGUGUGUUAGUGUGUGUGUGUCUGCUAGUGAGUGUUAGUGUGUGUGUCUGCUAGUGAGUGUCAGUGAGUGUUACUGUGUGUCUUACUGAGUGUGUGUGUUAGUGAGUCUGUCUGAUGUCUGUUAGUGAGUGUGUGUUUGUCAAUGAGAGUGUAUGUUUUGUAAGUGAGUGUGUGUGUGUAUGUCUGUCGCUGAGUGUGUCUCUGUCAGUAAAUGUGUGUGUCUGUUAGCUAGUGUGUAUGCGUCUCUAAGUGAGAGUGUGUGUGUCUUCAGCACUUACCUUUCUCCAGCGCCGGACUCCCUUGGCGCUGGGGAUCCCUCAGUCUCUCAGCUCCGAAUGCGACCGCGCACGCAUUCAAACCGCCCAUAGGAAAGCAUUACUCAAUGCUUUCCUAUGGACGUUCAGUGUGCUCCUCUAGCGGCUGUCAGUGAGACAGCCACUAGAGGCUGGAUUAACCCUCAGUGAAACAUAGCAGUUUCUCUGAAACUGCUAUGUUUUCAGCUGCAGGGUUAAAACUAGAGGGACCUGACACCCAGACAACUUCAUUGAGCUGAUGUGAUCUGGGUGUCUGUAGUGGUCCUUUAAGUGUGUGUGCAUCUGCAUGCACUGGCGUACAUAUCACGGUCGCAGGGGUCGCAGCCCUGUAACCCCUGCGACCAGGUGCCCACCGCCAUGUGUUGCGGCCUGGCCCGCGCGCACGGGGGGGCCAACGGAUCAAUUUUCGCACCGGGGCCCCAUGGGUCAUGUGUAGCCACUGGAGUGGGGUAAAGUGAUACAAAAGGUAAGGAUAGUAUUAGACUAAUGACAGUUGCAAGAGAGGCAUGAAAUAGUAUGAUGAUUGUCAUUGCAUCAAAUAAACUAUUAUGUAAUUAGUAAGUUGUUUGAAAUGUUGGAUUCUAUGAAGAAAUAAUGAAUUAAAAGCUAUACUAAGUUUUGACAAGUAUGGAAAGUGUAAUAUUGCCAACAGAGUUAAGAUUAUUUGAUUGUUUUUGCAAUGGAACUAAUUACAGUGGCUCCAAAAUUGACAAGGACAGUGCAUAGGUCAGAGAAGCAAUGACAAAACUGUAAUUCAACUUUCCAUAAAAAUCACUACCAAACAGCGCCGCCUAGCGGCUAUUAUUGAACACAUAAAUAUACAUACGGUACGUAAUAACAUGUUUAUCUGCAGUGACAUUGCCACCUAGUGGACAUAUGGUGUACUGCCGUUUGCAGAGCAGACGGAAAGGGAAGUAGAUUUAAAAAGCUGGUGGCACUUACCAAGAGCUGAGCUCUGCAUUUUACAGAAAUUAAGCUUUUUAUCCUGUGCAGAGAUGUCUGAGGCUGCACUGGAGGAGGUCUCAGUCCUGUCAGCAAUAUACUGUGAGGAAGGUGAAUUUGAAGUGCUCUCACAUUCAGGUGAAUGAAAUAGUUAUAUAUUAUACAGGUUGCCAAUGCCAUGUGCAUGCAUAUAAAUACUUACAGCUUUAAGCUGCUUUGGGUUACUCCAGUGGCUUGCUCAGAGUGAUGAGAGAGGUAUUUCAUAGUAAAAGAUAACAGCCCCAGCCUGUCAAAAAAUAUAUUUAUAUAACCCUUUAAUAUCUCUCUCUUGCACUAAUUUAGCAAGGCUUUAUUUGCAAUUAGAUAACUAUAACACAAAAUAAUUAAAAAUAAAAUAAAAAUUAUACUGCCUUUGAAUGUUUGGUUAGUUUCCUUUUUUUAAAAAUAUUAAUCUUACAUUACUUAUUUUAACCUCUAUUGCAUUUUUAUUCUUCCAUCUUAAUUUAUUCAUCCAUUUUGCCUGGAAGCUGGUAAGUAUUUGCAGAAAAAAUUGCAAGAAAGCAUAGUGGACCUCCCUACGGUCUGUCUUGACUUGGACCCCUGUGAAGUAUUCUAGGCACACCAGAAAAAUUCCAGUGCAAUACAAGCACGUCAUGUCAGAGUACUGCAUUGCUCAACUGGAUUGGUUUGUAGGGCUGCCUGAACCGGUUCAUAAAUAUUGGGCUGAAGCACCCAUUGCCUGCCCUCUGACCAUCACUUUCAGUUCUGCUUUCUGGAUGACUCAGAGGUAUGGGAACAGACCUGUGGGAUUUAUUUGUGGAAGUCUCAAUACAUUCUAGCCAGAAUUGCUAUUUAUAAUUAAAGGGACACUCCAGGUACCCAGACCACUUCUGCCCAUUGGAGUGGCCUAAGUGCCAACUCCCACUACCCUUAACCCUGCAACUGUAAAUAUUGCAGUUUUCAUAAACUGCAAUAUUUACAUUGCAGGGUUAACUCCUCUUCUAGUGGCUGCCUACUAGACAGCAACUAGAAGGCACUUCUUGGUCUAUAGCACAGGUUUUCUGUGCUAUAGCGUCGCUGGACGUGUGAGGACCUCCAGUGUCGCUAAAAUCGUCAUAGGAAAGCAUUGAAAGCAUUUUCAAUGCUUUCCUAUAGGGAGGUCUAAUGCCGCGCAUGCGCAUUAGGUCUCAUCCCGCUGGCGGCCACGCAUGUGCAAUUGGUCUCAUCAGCCGGCGGGGAGGAGCGUGGGCGGAACCUAAACCACUGCCGAGGGACAUCGGCGGUGGUCUCAGGUAAGCCACUGAUGGGAUUUUCACCCCUUCAGCAACAUGGGAUGGGGGAUGGGAGGGAGAGGGGACCUGCAGUGCCAAAAAAAUGGAUUGUUUUCCUGUCACUGGAAUGUCCCUUUAAUCGGGGAACAUCUGGAGACAAAAAUCCUGUAAUCUUCACCAAAUUUUGCCUUGCCUGUGCCCACCUGGUAUAUAAGAGAUACACAGGUCGUGUUUGCACUCUCAACCUUUGCGAUCCUUGGUAUUUCACAUCAUUGGAAUAAAGCAAGUUUUCAAAUGUAGUUUUAAAUGGACAUUCAAGCCACCAUAACCACUCUAAUUUAUAUAAGUGGUUAUGGUGAUAGGCCACUGACCCUGCAGCCAUUUUGUUCUAAUUUACAUUUUUUACAUGCAUAAAUUGUUAUUGGUAAGUUGCCUAAAUUUUCUCAGAACAACCAUGCUUCUGGCCACAACCUGACUCCUAAAAUAAGUGUCCCUCUUCAUUUGAAAUGUUGGUAUUCCUCAGAGUAUCAUUUAAUAACCCAGAGUAGGGUUUGCAUAAACAUUUUUAUUUGCAAUAUGACACUGCAACAAACACUAUUACAUUGCAAAAAAAAAAAAUGACAAACAACAAGCAAACAAGUUUUAUUUCUGGGAUGAAGCAAUCCAAAUGCUAUAUAGUUUGACAGUGACACUAAGCUAUUUUUUUUAAAUAGUUUUAUAGGCUUUUUCUUCUUCCCUUCUGUCAUAUUUGAAUUUUGGCCACGUUUGCAUUUUAUGUUAAUCCAUUAGAGAUUUUCCAUUCUGAAUGUUCUUAACAAAUAUGCUGAUAAAGACACAUUAACAAAAAAAAUGUCAUCACAUUUUUAUGAGGUCUGUCUUUAUUAGAACAAUAAAUGUCAACAGAAUGAUAAUUCACGUGUUUAUUUCAAACAAUGAUAUUAUACUAUAAGAAAUGUUUCGUGCUUUGUAAUGUACAAAAACAGAAAUGAGUCUUUAAUAUGUCUAUAAAACAUGACCUUUCUACUGCUAGACAUGUGGUACUUUUUUUCAGAGUGGCCUAUCUAUCUAUCUAUCUAUCUCUAGACAAAACUCAGUAAGUCUACCACUCAUACUAAAUAUGACAAACCAAAUAAUAUAUAUACCAAAGUGCUGCAUGCACAGUGCAGAAAGUAUAUUCCAAUACAAAAAUGAGAGCGCUCACUGGGUUACAAAAUUCUAAAUCGUGUGUUACAUGUUGCAAAGAUGAUCAACGUUUCGACCUUUCAGUCUUUAUCAAAGGGACACUCCAGGCAGACUGAAAGGUCGAAACGUUGAUCAUCUUUGCAACAUGUAACACACGAUUUUGAAUUUUGUAAUCCAGUGAGUGCUGUCAUUUUUGUAUUGGGGUCUGUGUGUGUGUGUAUGUAUGUAUGUGUGUGUGUGUAUAUAUAUAUAUAUUAGUGAAAAUGCAGAUAUGCCAUAUCUUUAGAAUUUAAAUGUAGUACAUUUUAUUGAGUAGAUUUGUGAUGGCAAACCUAUGGCACACAUGCAUAGUGGAGCUGUUCGUUCUGGAGGUAUGAGUCAAUAUUGCAUACUAAAUUGCUUGAUGCAUCUUGACAUUAAGUAAGUAACAUAAUUCUGGUGUUGGUAUUAUCGCACUUCAAGAAUUUAAGGGGUGCAGAAAUCGGCAGCAGACUGGUAGGGAUCACCUUACAGUGCGCUGUAGUGGUUAUGGUGUUUGAAAUAUUCAUUUAAUAGCAACAUCUAUUUCCCAGAAACAUUCCAUUUAGAACGUGUGCUGAUUGUACUUGGUGUGAGUUAAAGAGGUUGUAUAAGUUAAGAGCCUGCAAAGUAGUAGACUUUCAGCCUUGUGCACUAAUUCUGUGUCUAACAAAAAAUUAGGGGUCCCCUAGGCUCUCUUGGUUCGCCUCCUUGUUUGCUCAUUACUGGUAUGAUUGUAAUACAUCAAAUCAAGAACAUAACUGCUGAUGGAGCUAUUUAAAGAAAAAGCUAGCCGUGUAAUGUAGUGCGAUACUUGUGCAGCUGACACUCACUCAUGGGUAAAUAAAAUGUAUCUGAAGGAAACAAAAGACGCAAAUUUCAUACGUGAAAACGAGAGAAAUCUCAAUGUAUCCAUCCCGGUAGAAUAUUUUAUAAAUAAAUAAAUUUUCGCUCCUAGCAUUCUUAUUUUUUAUCACUAUGAAUAUUGUCUCUACCGUCCUGUGGUUUUGUGUUAAUGUGAUGAAUACUGAUAAGCAGGAUAUUAUGUGUUCAAAUAACUGAUUUUAAUUGAACCGUAAUUUGGUGUUUUCCACUUUUGUGUGAGAAUUACAUUGAAGAAGCACUGGAGGGGACGGGGGGAAGGGGUUGGAGAUUAAUCCAUGCUCCUGUAGUGAGCUGUAGGAGAGUUUAUCGUAUGCCUGACGGUUAUUUUUACUUUUAUUUUCCUUUCCUUUAGAUACAUUUUACUGUAUCAGUGUUUUCUUAAUGUUUGAAUGGCAGUAUAAGGCUGAUGUCAAUAUUGCUUUGCCAGGUUUUCCCCAACUGUCUGCUGGAAAAUGUUUUAAAACCACGUUAAAAUUAAAUAGGCAAUAUUUCCUGCAGUUUCCAAAAAUGAGCGUUUUUUUAUGACCAUCGAAAACUACCAAUCACAACACUCUCACUUAAUUUAAUAUCGUUUUUUUUACUAUUUUGUGGUUGAAACUGCUCGGAACGUAAAAUCCACGGCUGAGUCUACCUAAAUGACUGACUGAAGUUCAUGACCACGAAAUGGAAGUGUACUUACAGUGCUCUGUAAAGAAUUACACGCUCGGCGGAAUAAAGGGACGGGGGUCAGUGACUUGAAAUUAAAGUGAGGAUAGCAGUAUGACACAUACUUCAAUAUGACAAAAUAGCAGUACAAUUCAGCAAAAAGGGUCACAAAUCAAAUGAACUAAGCAAUUGUUAUAACACAAAUGCAUCUGGCUUGGCUUACUGAAUAUUGUUUGAAAACAGUUCCCCGCUACUGUCUGUUUGUUACUGUGUGUGAAGGUGAAAUAAACUACAGAAAGAAUCAGGACUUCCUAUCGUUCGGCUUUAUUGUAUAUUGUGCAAUGUAUGUGUGCGCUAGAACAUGACAGAUUUUUACAUUGAUCAUCAACCUAAACACACUUCUAAGGGAGUGAAUUAACUAGCAUCUACUGUAAAAGAAUGAGAGUUUUCUUAAGACUAGCUAAUGAAAUGUCUCUCACAGCCUCAACAGUUACAUUCGGAGGUGGCUCUGUUUGCUUUGUUAACUAAUAACCUAAGAUAAAUGCUGAUAAAAGUAGCUCAUUUUGAUGGGUAAAUACAUUUCACAUGGCAUCUCUCUAGUGGGUACUAGUGAUGACUUGUUGUGUGUGUGUGUGUGUGUGUGUGUGUGUGUGUGUAUAUAUAGCUAUGUGAUGGUGUGCAUGCUUGUCUUUGUAUGUAUCAAUAAAAUAUAACUCUCCUACCUUGUGUAUGUAUCCUCCAUAUUUUAAUGCUAUAACCAUACUCCUCCCUUCAUUAUACCAGUCCAUUCUAUCUUCUCUUCCUUUUUAUUACAUCACUACUUUUCUCUCAUAAGUCUAUUACAUUUUCUUUCUAUGCCGGAGUCCUGUUUCCCUUUGUCAACCACCCUUUUUAUUUCCUUAGUCUAUACCAGGGGUAGGCAACCGUCGGCUUUCCUGAUGGUUUGGACUAUACCUCCCAUGAUGCUUUGCCAACAUUUUAUGGUUGUAAGAGUAUUAUGGGAGGUGUAGUCCACAACAUCUGGAGUACCAGAGGUUGCCUACCCCUGGAUACAAUGAACCCCUGUUCUCCACUCUCUCUGUGCUAUUAACAUUCACUUUGGCUUCCUCCAUUUUAUACCAUUUCCCCAUCCUCCCCUCUAAUCCCACUCACUAACGCUUCAUGAUCUACUUAAUCACACACAUUCACUGACCCAUGAAGACACACACACACACACGCACACACACACGCACAUGCAUUCAUACUAGCACAUUGAGCCAUGCAGACACACAUUGAGCCAUGCAGACACACACACUACAGCUCACUUGAUGCCUUGCCAGCUUUAAGGCUUGGUAAAGCGCCACAGUACCUUAAGGUUUCAAAGGCAUCAUGGGAGUUGUAGUACUACAGCAUCUAUGGACUCAGCGGUGGCUGCUCUGCUUUUGUACCAGGAAUGUGGAGGCGCAGAGGGGUGCUGUGUGGAACAAGCCCUGGGCCAAGGAAGCUGUUUGAGAUGCUGGAAGAGAGGUAAAAGGAGGCCAGGGUCGCCUGUUUGCUGAUCUAGACUAGCAUGAAGUAAGGGAAACACUGCCUGCAGCAUAGCUUCCUGUCUCUUCAUGCACAACGUUGGGCCCCCAUGGUUGGAGAAUGGACUCGCCUAUGAGGGAGAUUUAUUUUUAUCCCCACUGACUAUGCCGCCCCUUUCCUUACUACAACCCCAAGACCAUGGCAUUGUUAGCUUUGUGGGUAAUCAGACCUAUCUAAAAUACUCUAAUAUGAGUUUACAUAUAUAUAUAUAUAUAAUACAUAUAUAUUUAUAUAUGAGUCUACAUAAAUGGGAAAGUUUGCUUGUGAGAAACUAGGUAAAGUAUAUCAUUUAUAGUCAUAACAUUUGUAAAUAGACAGACUGGCAGGUGUGAGUAGACCGCAGUUCUCCUCAAUACAAAAUCCCAGAUAAUCUCUGUAAUCCUCAAUUUAUAUUAAAGAAAAAGUGGAUGGCAGUAAGACUGAUUGCAGGCGAUGAAUGCAAUCGGCUAUCUACAAAUGUAGUUCGUUUCUUGAUUUAUGACUGUCCGAUAACAGCAUUGUAAGUGGUUGAAAAAUAGUUGCCAUGUUUUGCAGAAACUGGAAUAACGAUAAUAAUUCAGACCAGUGCACGAAGGACGACAGACCUGGAAAUUAAUCUCCGGUUUGUAUUUGAUCUGCCACCUUCAUAUCCAUCCUGCCUACCAAACCUUUCUAUCAGCUCCCAAGAACUUACGCGGGCUCAGUGCAAAACCCUACGAGAUAAAGUACUGGAAAAAGCAAAUGUACAUCUCGCAGAACCCAUGAUACAUGAACUUAUCCUGUGGACCCAGCAGCAUUUCAACAGCUUCAUUGAGGUACCUGAAACAUCUGUCUUGGCUGUACAACAACCUCCAUCAGUAGACGUAGUGACAGACGAAGGGAUCUGGACAAUGCUUUUGCAUUUAGAUCAUAUGAGGGCAAAGAACAAAUAUAUCAAAACUGUAGAAAAAUGGGUGAAUGAAUUGGAGUUGUGUGGAAGAUUGAUGUUCAUGGGCAAGAUCAUUUUGAUCCUUCUUCAAGGAGACAGAAGCAGCAUAAAGGUUAGUGGUUAGAUGGAAUAUUGAUCCUGAAAGAGUUAAUAUGGACGAGACAACAUUUUGUAACACUAAUUCUUUUACCUGUAUUUAUGAAUUUAAUUAUUCUACUAAACCAUUGAACAGUUAUUAUUUGUGAUGUGCCACGAUUUAUUAAUAAACAUUUUAUUAGUUUGCAAAUAUUGCCAUAUUAUAAUGUUACAAGUUUAUUUUUUUUGUGAAUAUGUUUUUAUUGAACUUUUUUUUUCAACAUGGAAAAGAGUAGCUAGUUUGAUCAUGUAGCUAGUUUGAUACUAUAAGUCUGGAGCUCGUGAGAACCGUUGCACUGAGUGCACACCAGAUGCUCUCCAAACUGGUCCACCAGGUAUGGGCUUGCCCCCUCUCCCCGGCACAAGGUAACAAGAGAGAGGGAGGAAUACUCUGCAUUUUGAUUUAUUAAUAUAUAAUAAUUAUUAUUAUUAUUAAGAAUAUCUACAUUAUAAGUAUUAUCUACUACCAGUAUACUGCAAUACAUUUCUUUUCUAGCAAUAAAAAAUCACAUUUCUUAUUUUUAUAAAAAAUAUAUAUAUUUUUUAUAGUAAUAAAAUAUAAACUGUUACCGCAAGUCCAAAUCUCACCCUGUCCCACGCAGAAAUCACUCCUUGCACGCAAUACACAUACCUACUGCAUCCCCUACACACUAGUGACGCUACUGCCUUUAAAUAUCCUUUUUUGACAUCCAAAUGUUUUUCCAUAAGUCAGCUAUGGAGAUUUGCACAUCAUAACAAAAGAAUUGUAAUGAUGUCUACUGUAACUUUUUUCAGAUGUGUAUUAGAGUAGUUUAGUAGAUGAUACAUAUUUUGUUUGUUAUGUUUUCUAUAGUUAUUAAAAUGCAUAUCAUUUGUGUAUAUGUUAUUCGGAUCUGUGCAAUCUAUUAACUAAAGUGAGAUGGGUAUUUUUGUCUUUACCAAACUGGCUUCUUUGACCUAAAUGUUCCCUUUAAUUACUCCCAUAAACUUGCUGUGUAGUGAAUUAACCCUUCAUUUUCUAAAAAUCGAGAUUUGUAAUCCUAGUUGUAUUGAAGAUUUUAUGUUCUAUAAAAUUAAUAUGACAUCUUUCAAGGCAGCAGUUUUAACUAAAAUACUCUGCUGCACACCUACUGAGUUAAAUAGUUUUUUUUUUUUUUUUGCCAUCAUCUUCUAUAAAACACUGAUUGCUGCAAAUGCAGCCCAACAUAACCACUUUAUCUGCCUGAUUUAUUCGUAGUUCUGCAUCACAGAUAAAAUCAGUGUUCUUUAAAUCUGCCCAUGUUUGUGCAUAUUUAUUCACUAAGGGUGGUUGCUGGUUAAUAGAGCUGAACUGAUGAGAACAGCUAUUAACUUGAAUUCAAAUUUAAUAUCAGGCUUUAUUUAUUUGUAAACAGGACUCUUGGAAGUGCAAGUAGUUUUUUUUUCAGCACAUCUUAGACUGGCACUAGCCUAAGUAAUAAUUCUUCAGCCUGUUUAAACCAAUGGCCCAUUUUCCGAGUUGAUUUAACACAUAGGGGCAUCAUCCCUCCCAAUUGGCCCUAUUUAGGACUACAGUCCCUUUUUAAAAUGUCUUUCCUAAUUCUCUUUUAAACUAUUAUAAAAGUGAUUAAACUGUCUAUGUUUAUCUUAUUCUAAAUUCCAUUUUCAGUCACUUAAACUGUUAUGACGUUGUUUAAAACAGGCCUCCUAACCAUCCAGUUUUCAGUGAGACCGACCAGAUUUCAGGAUCCUGUCGCGACACCAGUCAACUGUCCCCAAAAAGUAUAGCGCAAGUGCAUCAUUAUACUAACUAAACUCAGGACACCAGGACCUUGCAGGGAGCACUGGAACAGUCAUGCCAGGAUGACCUGCCAAUUCUUCGUGUGGGACUGCCCUUUUCCUUUGGGUGGCACCAGUGAUGUGAUUUUACACAAUCAGAAAAAGCAGAAAAUACAAAUAUUAGACAAUAAGAGUAAAAACUAUAGUUGACAUAAAAACCAUUUAAGGCUACAAAAAAAAAAGGGGGGGUGGAUAAUUCAUAUUCCGUAUUCAGACUCAUGGCCUGCUGCAAUAAGAAAAUACUACUCGUAAACCAGCAUUAAAUCCAGUACUUCUGUAAGGGAAGCCCUCAAUUCCUUUAUCUGCUCUGAUCGAGCUCUCAAAGUGAGUAAGGAAGAGGUCCUGGUUGUUUUACUAAAUCAUAUUGAGGAUGAAACCUAGCACCUUCAUAAAAAUGCCAGUUUCUUUUGAGCAAGCUGAAGUACUAUCAGGGUCCGAGAUGUUCCUUUAAGCCAGUGUGCCCAUGAUCUGCUAAUAUUGGAAGCUUUUUUUUAAAAAAAUUUUUAAUAGAUUUUUAUUUAUUUAUUUAUAAAAUAUUUUACCAGGAUGGAUACAUUGAGAUUUAUAUUGUUUUCAAGUAUGUCCUGGGUCUUUGUCCUCAAAACAUUGCAUUGAUACAAUAUUACAAAAAUACAAUAUACAAAAAAAAAAAAUAUAUAUAUAUAUAUAUAUAUAUAUAUAUAUAUAUAUGUGUGUGUGUGUGUGUGUAUAUAUAUAAUAUACACACACAUAUAUAAAUGUAAUACAUAACAGGUAAUAAAUAUAUUCAACCAUGACAGGUGCAUUCUGUGCUGAGGUAUAUUGCCAUAGAUCUCUUAAAAGAUUUUAGAUUGAAUGAAGAUUUGACUGUGUCCCUGAGGUUAUUUCAUAAUUGAGGUGCUCUGUAGAAAAUGAGGAUCGAGCCAUUUUAUUUUUGUAUUGUGGUAUGCUAAAUAUCGUGCUAGCACUGGAUCGGAGGUUAUAGGAGGUGGGAAAAAGCUGGGGAGAGCAUUCUGCUCCGGUAGGGUGGGAGCUUCCCAGAAAUGCUCUUAUGCUACAAAAUAUUGUGAGGCAGCUCUGUUUCCUUAGUUACCCAUGUCUGUUUAUUUAAGAAAUAUAGGAAUAUACAUGAUUUAUAUGUUUAAUAUGAUUGAUCCUUUAGGAAUAUUUAGUUCUCCAGAAAACCUGCAAAGUAGAUGUUGAUUCGAGUGGAAAGAAAUGCAAGGAGAGAAUGAUCAGAAUCCUGUGGGAAUCUCGAUUACCAGAGGAAAACAAAAGGUAUCAUUCAUUAUUGUUCACAAAAUAUAUACAAAAUACAGGUUUCACUCAUCUGAAUAAAUCAACAGAUAACCAACACUUUUCUUUUUUCGUUCUUCAGGUUUUCUGCGUUUGAAGUUAAAGAAUAUUCCUCAAUGCUUGGUUUGCAAACUGAAUUUGAAACAGCAGGUUUGAAGACCGUUUUCACAGAAUUUGUACAAACACUUUUUUAAUAAAAACUAUCAGUAGUGGAAAGAUUAUUUUAUUUUUUAUUUACACAAAACUUGAGGUACAGUAUUCACAAAUAGUUUGAUUUUAUUGCCAAUGCUUGCUAAGAAUAAGCCAGGCAUCAACAGAGUGGAGGCUGGAGACUGAGCGACUCUUGGUACCUCCCAACAUAACUUAAUGGACAGGCCAUAAGGGUGACGUUGCGAAUGAAGAUGAUGCAAAUAAUGGACAUCAGUGUGGGGAAGUAUGCACAACUCCAAUUCCUUCAAGAGUCACACACUGUCUAGCCUCCACCCUGCUGCGGAAGUGCUCUCUUCAAGGUUCUAGUGCCCGUACACAGCACAAGCGUGUCUAAUGAUACGCUUGUUCUCUGGUUUCACUAGAUACAAGACACUAGGGAACAUAAUUGUAAAGGCAGGGAUAGACCCCAAAAUUGGAAUUGUCCUGCCAGAAUCAGGGGCUCUGCAAUGUGUACACAUGUGCGAGUAUGUUAUAUAGAUUAACAUAGUACAGCUCUCUCUAUUAAAAACUUCUCUAAUUUUUAUAACCCACCUAUCUUAGAUUUGAUAUUCCAAUCAUGCCCCUAUUUCCUUUUUUAACACAUUUCCCCUCAGUAUAAACAUUUUGGGGCCCUAAACACGCUCCAGAUGUUUGAAUUUAAAUGAUUUAUUUUAUUUUAAAAUAUUUUUAUUUAUCCCAUUCACUUCCACUUUUAUAAAAAAAAACGGUGCACACUGACAAUUUCCACACAGGGUUAAUUUUUCUUCACCAAUUAUUUGACUCUCAAGUAAAUCAGAUGGCCUUAUAAUUGGAAGAAUUUGUGUUUGUAUUCAUUAGUCCCUUAGUGCGAGCAUGCUGUGUAGCUCUGAUCUGUCUAAUCCUCGUCACAACAUUCUAUGUUCCAUAUGGAGACUGGUUGUUUCCACUCCCUGUAACAUACUCUGCCGCUGUGGAGUGAGACCGGUUGUCUCCACUCCCAAUAACUCACUUGGCCGCUGGGGAGUGAGAUCGUCUGUCUCCACUUCCAAUAACUUGCACUGCCACUGGGGACUAAGGAUGAUACGCUUCUCUCCCUGGACCAUACUCUGCCGCUGGGGAUGGAGGACCAUACGCUCCUUUCCCUGGAAUGCACAUGGCCACUGGGGAGUGAGAUCGGUUGUCUCCACUCCCUGUAACAUACUCUGCUGCUGGAGAGAGAGACCGACUGUCUCCACUCCCAAUAACUUGCACUGCCUCUGGGGACGAAGGACGAUAUGCUUCUCUCUGGAUCAUACUCUGCUGCUGGGGACAGAGACCGACUGUCUCUUCUCCCUGGAUCAUACUCUGCCGCUAGGGAGUGAGACCAGUUGUCUCCUCUCCUUGUAACAUACUCUGCCGCUGGGGACAGAGACUGACUGUCUCUUCUCCCUGGACUGCACACUGCCACUGAGGAGGAAGGACGACGCGCUUCUCUCCCUGGAUCAUACUCUGCCACUGGUGCGGGGUUAUCCCCCACCGUGCCAACUCGCUUGCCUGCUCUGGUUUGUGCUGCAGGUACCUGGCCACAGAGGUUGGGUCCAUAAAAAGCUAGCAGCUCCUUCACCAUAUUGUCAAACUCCGCCUCAGAUUAGCUGGGUACCAUGCAUGUUCAGCUCUGAGGAAAGCUAGUUCCUCUCUAGAAAAUGUGCAGGAGUCCCAGGGGUGUCCUGGAUGUUUUCCCCAAGGCUAGGAAGCCAUCCCACCACUGCCACCACUUGUAGCGGAGCUCCCUGUACCUCCGCCAAAGACCUCUUCCUAGCUGGAAGAGGGGAAAACUUAAACGCUUCUGCCCCAGUGGCCGUGGCUUGACUGGGGUCCUCCUGGAGCAUCUCCGUCCUACAGUUAUAGAGUGUCACGAAUGCACCCUACUUCAAGAGUUUGCGUGACUUAGUUAUGGUGGGGGAAGGGUUAAAGUUCACUAUUUGUCUGCACUAGACCAGAAAUAAUGAUAAUAUCCCCCUUAACACCACCCACAUUUAAGCAAAAUAAUAUAACUAUUAGAACGCUGACACCAACGAGACAAUUUAUAAAUGGGGUGCCUUGGUCCCCCCAGGUAACGUAAUAAUAAAAACCCACCAAAUGUAACUUAGCACAAUAUUUAAGCAAUUACAAACACUAAUUAGUCUCUUCAGGUAACGUGACUCUUUACCAGACAAAGGCAGAACUUAAUAAAGGAAUAUUUAUUAUGAGCAAAAAAUAGUCAAAGUGCAUACAAAAAUAUAGAUGACAAUCAAAAUUAUUUACACCAACAACUGAUAAAAAGAAAAGGGACAAAAUAACAGAAAGUCCUAAUCACUUACUCAGCUCUUCAGAGUAAAUACUCCUGCCCCAGGGGGUCUCUGUAGGAAAGAUGGUGACUCACUUAGAAUUAGAGUUUGGCCCUCAAGCAAGCACCAUGCACCAUUCAGUAUCAUUAGAGAUAUACCCUGUGGAGUUAAGGCGUAUCUAUAGAGACACUAAGUGACCAUCCCCCUUGUGUCCAGCCCCACAUCAAUCCAAAUGGAAACAUUUGGUUCUAUCUCCUCUUAUAUACCUGCCAUAGAAAUAAUAACUGCAUCUACGAAAUUAUUUUCCCAUUCCAUAGGUAUGUCACACUUCUUACUUGUGAUCCAAUAUAGUGAACAUCACAAUCCCUUCCCCCAUGGUCAAGGUAUGCCAAUCAUGUUUGGGCUUGUUUAGAAGAUGGCGCUUGUCACAUUCCAAAUAUAACAGAAAUGAGGCUUAAUUAUUAUUCUGUGGGUCAAUAUUAAUGUUUUUCUUUUUUGGAUAUGAUACUGGAACAGGGCUAAUGGCCAUUAACAUGUCAAAGGACCCCCUAUCUAAGAGGGAACCUAGACGUAUUGUGGUGGAAUCUCGGUAAAAAUAAAUUUAGUAGGCCGAGAUUACCACGUGGCAUGUGUACGUGCAUAUGCUGACGUAUCGAUCAGUUGGUUGCACGAGGCAAGAUACGAUCAGUAGUGUACGGAGCAUGUGCAAGAAUACAGGAUGUAGUAUUCCCCUCCUCCAUUGUGCUGGACAAGCCAUGCGGUCAAGCAGGAAGUUAAUUCUUAUUUGUAAUGAUUGGUCAAGAGAAUGAUUGGUCAAGGAAUGUGCGGGUGGAGCUUAAUAUGGGAGGAGUUAUGUGCCUAUAUAGGGAGCCUGCACUAUUGUUCAGGGCUCAGAACUUGCUGUAUUUUUGGUGACAUUAGUCCCUCUGAGUCCCGAUCGGUGAUCCAAUAAAGAAUCUCUUCCUUCCUGAAGAAACCUGUGUCCAUCCCUCUGUGCUUUGCUUCCGUCAGUUUCUCCGGUAUCAUUUGGUGCAUUGGCCGGGAAGCUCAUCGUUCAACGGUAGCUGAGAGGCAGAGGCGUGAGACGGUCUAUCUUUGCCCACGUUCUCUACGGCUGCACCCCUGAACUUCUGCGUGGACCUCCCUUCGUCUCGGCGCCACUGGUCUGUUGUCCAGGAGAUCAUCGGCCUCUACGUAAGAAGUGCUGGGGUGUCCCCGUCGAUGAGUGUGAACUCAGGUUCAGGAACGAGGAGGUAAGACAACUGCUGUUUUAGACGGCAGACCCACUAGGGGUAUACCGAUUGUGCGGUAGGCCCAAAAGGGGUUUAAAUCUGUGUAUGGAAUCUGCCCCCUCUGUCGGAGGGAAGGAGCGAAGGCGCACCGCUCGAUCGAACGCUCUUUAGUAAGACCGUUUGAUCUGGUUAGUCAGGCGGGGUCCUGUGUAAAUAGCCCUAGCCGGACACCGGUGUCUUGUCUAGACUAGCGUUCUAGGGUGUAUAUUACGUUCGCUAGGUCGGAGGGACCGGGAGACUAAGCGGCGCCUGUGUAAAUUCGGUUCGCUAGCUCUCAACCUAUCUUGGCUAAGUGGGAAGGCGUGUAAAUUUGGAACCCACUAGACUUUUGAUAGAGUAAAUAGACUAGAAGGGCAAUUUUGUAAAUUUCGCCCUCUAGUUCGCUAUAUGUGGUGUUUGGGCAGUGUGGCUAACCAAAACGGGUGUAUAUAGUUUUAGGUAGUCCAUUCAAGGUACUGGCCAAUAGUUUAGUUGGGAUUGUAAAUGUGUUAAAGAUUGUUAGUAAAGUGUAUAUCUUGUUAGAUAGCGCGAGCUCAGCCGUCUAGCGAGAGUGUUAAUAGUGUGUUGCUGUAUCAUAGUGCACGGUACCAUAACCCUGUAUAUUUACUGACACUGUAUAUAAGUACUAAUCAUUGUCGUCUAUUGCAUGUUUAACACCGUAACCACUAAUAAUUGUAUUGUGACCUUAAAUUGUGCUUUGACCUAUGCUAACCGUACUGUAACCGAUACUAGUAAAAGACGAUGUUACUGGGGUGUGUUAUAGACGGGUAAUUCAUAUAUAGAGAAUUAUAGCGUGGGUGACUGUAUAGUUUCGCCAAAGGGCAUAAUAUUGAUUAUUUAGUGACUGGUGUAACAGCUGUGUGUGUACGGGAAUUCCCUGAGUGAUUAUUGUGUUAUUGUGUACGUUUCACUCGGUAACUGUACCACGUGGUGCUGUUGCCAGAGGAAACGGGUGUGACUGUUGAAUAAGAACGCGUGCAUAGUAUUCGUUGUCAACGGCGUUCCAUUGAUAAGUAUGGGCGCGUCAGAGUCAACGAUUUCGGAUCCCUUAGGUUGUAUGGUAAAGAAUUUUAAAAAGGGAUUCAAAACAUGUGAUUUUGGGGUUAAAAUGUCUCCUGUACGUUUGGUCACUUUGUGCACUAGGGAGUGGCCUAUUUUGGUUGCGGCAUGGCCGCCGCGUGGCAGUUUGGAUCCAACCCUGGUACAGCGUGUACACGUGGCUGUGUCAGGUAGGCCUGAACUUUACGGACAGUUUCCAUACAUUGAUUGUUGGGGGCAGGCCGUAAACGACUCGCCAAAAUGGAUCCGGAUAUGCCACGAGGAGCAAUGUCGCCUCAUGGUGGCCAGGACUUGUUUGCCCACUAGGACUGGUGUUAGGCCCAUUUUGGACACGCCCCCUGAGUCCGAGAUCCCUUUGCCGCCUCCUUACUUUCCUUUAAGAGGAAGUGACGCGAAUGCAGGAAGCUCUGCACCCCUUCCCCUAUUGCCCCCAUCCACUUCCGCUUCCUCCUCCAGUACAGAAUCCACCCCCCCUCGUAUUAAAACUCCCCUUCCGGAACCAGGACCAACCCCCAUUAGAUUUGAAUAUCCUGAUUUGGCGCCACUUCAAACUUCCGGUCAAGCUUCUUCUAGCUCGGCUCGGAGUAUACUAUUCACUAACUUUUCCCAAAAUCAAGUUCCACAUCCUCAUGCCCUUACCUCUCGACCGGAACCUUUAACUGGCGCCCCUCCACGUAGCCCCAUACUAACCCGACAACUGACCGGUACCCAACAAUUAAAACAUUAUCAGAUGCCUCUUCGUCUGAAUCCUGGGUCAGCCUAUAUCGAUGCCGCAGGUCAAAUGGCAUGCUGACCCAGUUUUCGUAUAUGUCCCGUCACGACUAACGAUCUCUUGAAUUGGAAGACCCACAAUUCCUCGUACACUGAGAAACCACAAGCUAUGACCGAUCUGUUCACCUCGAUAGUUCAGACACAUAACCCGACAUGGGCUGAUUGCCAGCAGUUAUUAAUGACAUUGUUCAAUAAUGAGGAAAGGACAAGGAUUAACCAAGCGGCCAUUAAGGCGCUAGAGGAGAGAGCCCGUGCUUUAAAUCAAGCCAAUCCGGCAGCAUGGGCCGCAACACAUUACCCUAACACCGAUCCUGACUGGAAUGUAAAUGGCGCAGAUAUGGCUCAACUUAAAGCCUAUAGAGAAGCUAUAAUUGCUGGCAUGAAAGCCGGAGGGAAGAAAGCUAUUAACAUGUCGAAGACAGUUGAGGUGAUUCAGAAAAGUGAUGAAGCGCCCAGUGUCUUUUAUGACCGAUUAUUGGAGGCAUACAGCUUGUAUACCCCCUUUAAUCCGGAAGACGCUGAUAAUUCCCGAAUGGUAAACUCCGCCUUUGUCAGCCAAGCUUACGGAGAUAUUAAGCGCAAGCUACAGAAAUUAGAAGGGUUUGCAGGUAUGUCUAUCACCCAACUAAUGGAGGUAGCGAACAAAGUAUAUAUGAAUAGGAAAACAGAAAGUAAGAAAGAGGAAGAGCGCAAGAUGCGUAGAAAGGCAGAUAUGCUAGCGGUAGCGAUCGCAGGCGUAGAUAGACGGGGCCCAGAUAGAAGCGAUGGUAGAUGGAAUAGGGAGCCUUUGAGUAGGAAUCAGUGCGCGUACUGCAAGGAAGAAGGGCAUUGGAGGAACGAGUGUCCGCAAAGAGAGCAGUAUGAGAGAGACUUACCCAGGGCAGGUUACGGAAACUUUAGAGGCAGAGCGAGAGGUAGAGGAGGCCCCGGAGGGAGUAAUGGUAAUAGAGGGAGUAAUGGUAAUAGAGGGAGUAAUGGUAAUAGAGGGAGUAAUGGGAACAGAGGAAGUGUAAGGGAAGAUAGGUACUAUCCAGCAGCGCAAAGGUCCCGCGAUAGAGAAGGUAGGGACUUUGUGGGAUUGGCUGACACGGUCAUGGAGGACUAUUGAUACCGACCGGGCUCCAUCCCCCUUGGUCGAGCGGAGCCUAUGGUCGAUGUAUCAAUAGGGGGGAAAAGGAGUGCGUUCAUGAUCGACACUGGUGCUGAACAUUCGGUGGUGACUAAUCAAGUUGCUCCUCCAUCUGGAAGAACUAUUACUGUAAUAGGAGCAACUGGAAGAAGUGCUGAAAAACCGGUUCUUAAAAGUCGACUCUGUACAUUGGGAGGCCACGUAGUAAAACAUCAAUUCCUUUAUAUGCCUGAGUGUCCAGUCCAAUUGCUGGGGCGUGAUAUGCUAUCCAAAUUACAAGCGCAGAUUACGUUCCUACCAAAUGGAACAACAUCCUUAAAGUUUAAUGGACCCUCAGGUAUUAUGACAUUGUCCGUACCAAAGGAAGAAGAGUGGCGACUUUAUACAGUGUUGACUAGCCAAAACCCGAGGAGUGAUGAAUCCUUAUUUAACAUACCAGGAGUUUGGGCAGAGAACAACCCACCAGGACUGGCCCGCAAUAUUCCACCUAUUAAAAUCGAACUAAAACUUGGGGUUUAUCCAGUAAGCCUGAGACAAUAUCAUAUUCCGCAGAAGGCUAAGAAGAACAUCCAAUCUUAUCUGGAUAAGUUCAUACGGUAUGGUAUCCUAAAAUUCUGUACUUCCCCUGGAACACCCCAUUGCUGCCUGUUCAAAAGCCCGGUACAGAUGAGUAUCGACCUGUGCAGGACUUGAGAGCAGUCAAUGAUGCGGUUGUUAGUAUACAUCCAGUCGUGCCCAAUCCAUAUAACCUGCUUGCUUUAAUUCCGGGCGGGGCUACUUACUUUACAGUCUUAGAUCUCAAAGAUGCCUUCUUUUGCCUCCGAAUUGCCGCAGAAAGCCAAUGUAUCUUCGCUUUCCAAUGGGAAAAUGCUGUAACGGGCUCGAAACGCCAAAUGACCUGGACAAGAUUGCCCCAGGGGUUUAAAAAUUCACCUACCCUAUUUGGUUCAGCUCUAAGUCAAGAUCUACUAGAUUUCGAGUCUAUCCCAGGAGAGUGUGUAUUAUUACAAUAUGUAGAUGACUUGUUGAUAGCAGCAGUUACAAAGGAAGUAUGUCAGCAAGCAACGCACGAUCUACUACACAUUCUCUGGAAGGCAGGAUACAAGGUGUCAAGAAGGAAGGCUCAGUUGUGUUUGCCAACUGUCAAAUAUCUGGGAUUCCAUAUCUCUGAAGGUCAAAGAAUUAUGGGGCCAGAGAGAAAAGAAGCUGUGUGCCAAAUACCGAUACCCAGGAAUAGAAGACAAGUGCGAGAAUUCUUGGGGGCAGCAGGCUUCUGUAGGAUAUGGAUUCCCAGCUACGCGAUACUGGCAAAACCUCUGUAUGCAGCUAUCAAAGGUACAGAGCACGACCCCUUCUUAUGGACUCAAGAACAGCAAACGGCAUUCGAAGAUGUGAAGAGGGCUUUGAUGAGUGCCCCAGCAUUAGGUCUACCUGACCACACACGGCCAUUCUACCUGUAUGUACAUGAGCAAAGAAGAAUGGCUGUGGGAGUAUUGACACAGUACUUGGGAUCAUGGCAAAGACCUGUUGCCUACAUGUCUAAGCAACUGGAUGCAGUGGCCAGCGGACUUCCACCUUGUCUAAGAGCUGUAGCUGCAGCCGCCCUGCUAGUAGCUGAAGCCGAUAAACUCACUCUGGGUCAAGAACUUUAUGUACGAGUUCCACAUGCAGUACAGACGUUGUUGGAUUACAAAGGAAAUCAUUGGUUUAGUAACAGCCGUAUGACCAAGUAUCAAGCAAUGUUGUGUGAAAACCAAAGAGUGCAUUUAGAGACUGUAAAUACCUUAAAUCCAGCUACCCUUUUGCCACAACCUACUGAAAGUCAACAUGAUUGUUUGGAAGUAAUGGAUGAAGUAUUUUCAAGUAGACCAGAUCUUCGUGAUUUUCCCAUCCAGAACCCUGAUGUUCAAUAUUACACCGGCGGCAGUAGUUAUGUAAAAGAAGGGAUCCGCUAUGCAGGAUAUGCAGUAACAACGAUAGACAAGGUGAUAGAAGCUCGGCCACUGGCAAAAGGAACAUCAGCACAAAAGGCAGAAUUGAUAGCACUGACACGAGCGUUACAAUUGGCUGAAGGUUUAAGAGUGAACAUCUACACGGACUCCAAGUAUGCGUUUUUAACCACUCAUGCCCACGGAGCUUUGUAUAAAGAAAGAGGACUAUUGAAUUCAGAAGGCAAAGAAAUCAAAUACGCAGCUGAGAUCCUACAACUAUUGGAAGCAGUGUGGGAGCCGAAAGAAGUCGGUAUUAUACAUUGUCGGGCGCAUCUGAGAGGAGAUGGUGAUGUAACCAAAGGGAAUCGGAUGGCAGAUAGUGCAGCUAAGCGUGCUGCUGAAUCAGGAAGACAGGAAUAUGUGGGGCAUAUAGCUGCUCUUAUACCAACUCCACUGUCUCAAUGGACUCCAAUUUAUACAGCUCAAGAAGAGGAGUGGUUAAGGACUGAACCUGGAAAGUAUUUGGAGAACAAAUGGUAUCAGUUAGAAGAUGGAAGAAUAGUUAUUCCAGCAUCACUAGCGGUAGAAAUUGUCCAAAACUAUCAUAACGGGACACAUUCUGGGAGAGACAGUACAGAAGAAUCUCUCAGAAAACAUUUCUACAUACCAAGAUUGUCCAACUUGACUCAGGCCAUUGUACGUAGAUGUGUAACGUGUGCUAAAAAUAAUGCAAGACAAGGACCAGUAAAGCCACCAGGAGUCCAGUUUAUGGGGGACUUCCCAUGUCCGAUUUACAAAUUGACUAUACAGUGAUGCCUAAAUCGGGUGGACAUCGCUACCUGCUGGUAGUGGUGUGCACCUAUUCAGGCUGGGUAGAAGCAUAUCCUACUCGUACAGAGAAAGCAGGAGAAGUCGUGAGAUUCCUGCUACGAGAAAUAAUACCCCGAUAUGGACUACCCUGCUCUAUAGGAUCGGACAAUGGUCCAGCUUUGUUCAUCAGUGCCUACAACAAUUGACUCAUAUGCUUGGUAUAAAGUGGAGGCUUCAUACGGCAUAUAGACCCCAGAGUUCUGGUAAGGUAGAGAGAAUGAAUAGAACUAUUAAGAAUCAGUUGGCUAAAUGUGUCAGGAAACCCAACUUAAGUGGAACGUUCUCUUGCCCAUAGCUCUAUUGCGAAUCCGUAGUACACCUACCAGAAGGAUGGGCCUCUCUCCUUUGAAAUCAUGUACGGGCGACCACCUCCCGUGCUUGGUAACUUAAGGGGGGAUUUGAGUCAGUUGGGAGAAGGAAUUACCCGGCAGCAGGUUGUAGAGUUGGGUAAGACUAUGGAGGAGGUACAGAAAUGGGUACAAGAUAGAUUACCUGCGAAUAUUUAUCCCCCAAUUCAUAGUUACCACCCAGGCGACCAAGUGUGGAUUAAAGAGUGGAAUAAUGUGCCGUUAGGGCCCAAGUGGAGAGGUCCUUAUGUUGUUCUUUUGUCUACCCCUACAGCGAUAAAAGUAGCCGAAGUGGCUCCGUGGAUACAUCACUCCAGGGUUAAACCAGCAGCAGCCGAUUCCUGGCAAGUUACAGCAAAUACAGAGAAUCCCUGCAAGAUCCGGUUAAAACGCACGACUCAGUCGGAGUGACGAGGAACCUUGUGGAUUACAAAUUUUAUUGUUUCAGAGACUUGGUAAGUGAGUGAGAAGGCCAUAAUAAAGCCUGUCCACUCACCAACGAGUGUAUAAGUCAGGGAAAGUCUUGAGGGGACCCUUGUGAAGACGAGCAGAACUCCAUUCCCUGCAGUCCUUACAUCCUGGAAGCUGAGGUGCCUUCACACGGACGAAGACUGAGGAUGACGAUGAAAGAUGUAUUUUUAAUAAUGUUUAUUUAUGUGUAUUUUUAUAUUCAGGAAG